CCGAGCGUGGAGACAGACGGCGCCUCUUCCGUCUUCCCAGCCGACGUCGACACUGCGAAAGGCCUCGCCGGACGGGUCCCGGACGGAGCGGGGGCCAUGAGGGGGGCUCCGCCGGCGCCUCCGGGGUCCGGCAGCUCAGAAAUGAGAUCCCCGCGAGGCCCCGACGCCGGAGACCCCCGCGCCGAGGCGGCCAGAGCAUCGGAGGGAGCAGCAGCAGCCGCAGCCGCCCCGUCGGACCCACAUUCCUCCUCCUCCUCGUGAUGCACCGCUGGGCCUCGGGACCCGCGGGGGGAUACUGAGGCAGGGCUCUGGAGAGCCUCCACUCCUCCCCCCUCCACGCCCAACAUUUGCCAGCCGGGUUUUGUAUCUCUUUCUCUCGCUCGCCUCGCAACGAGGACCGUCCCUUCGUGCCAAAGCAGCGCGGGCCCUGGAGCGGCCAGCUGUUGCGGGGCUCGCAUCUGGAGAGGUUCCGGAGGGGCGUCGGGGCCCUGGACAAGGCGCCUGGCCAGCCUGCCGACGGAGAGCCCCUGCCGUCGGACCUUCCCCCGAGCGGAGGCAGCGCGGGAGGGAGGCGAGCAGAGGCGUCUUUUCCCCCCAGCCUCUGGGCUGGGGGGGAGGCGGAGAGGAGCAGGGGGUCUCUGCUGGGGGCCCGGACUUUCGGGGUGGGGGGCUUGCGCCGAAGAUGGGGAGCCGUCGAGCGGGCGAUGAGGGCUAGCGGCCUGUGACUGCUGCUGCUGCCGCCGCCGCCCGCCCCGUCCGGCCAUGGCCGCGGCCAUCGCCAGCUCGCUGAUCCGGCAGAAGCGGCAGGCCCGCGAGUCCAACAGCGACCGCGUCUCCGCCUCCAAGCGCCGCUCCAGCCCCAGCAAGGACGGCCGCUCCCUCUGCGAGAGGCACGUCUUGGGCGUCUUCAGCAAGGUCCGCUUCUGCAGCGGCAGGAAGAGGCACGUCCGGCGGAGACCAGGUCAGUGGCGGGCGCGCGCGCGCCAGGGGGGCGCCCUGGGGGGCCAGACCCAGAAGCAGCGACCCUGGGCGUGUGCUGAGGGAGUGCGGGUGCCCCUGGGGAUUGCCCUUGCAGGGGGGCCUCGGGGCAUGUGCAGAGUGCUUCCCUUGUUUUGAGCAGUCCAGGCCGUGAGUCCUCUUAGCUCAGCGCCUGGUUCCUCGCAGUUUGCAGGGUGCUGUCCAGCUCCACCUCGACAGAUCGGCAACCGAGGUAGACUGCCCCUAAACCUGGAGCUCUGUUUAUCCACCAGAGCUACUAGGCAUUUAUAGACCUAGCUGCCACAUAUGAAGCUUUUACAUUUUGAUGCCACUCUGACUGCGACUAAGGUGGGGCCAUUAGUCCUGCCACAGGGUUCAGCUGAAUGCCUCUGGGGUGCCCGUAGCAGGGCUUGACGUCAAGAGCCGUCUCUUGCUCUUUGCCCCACACCAACUGGAAUUCAGGCUUAGGCUGCCCCCCUCCUAUUGCCAUUGUGACGAAAAGCAAAUAAACUGAGCGUGUGCAGAGGGCCACUUAAGAACUGCAAACCCCCAUUUAGAAGGCAGACCCAGGGGCUGUGUUUCCCGGGUGUUGAUUUUCAAUACUAGGAGCCAGGCCCGCAGCGUCUGAGGCAGGGAGGGUGGCAAGAGUUCUCCUGCACAAGUGCAGAGUGCUCCCUCAUAGGCAGCACCACAGCAGGGAUGUCUGUGGAUAUUCUGCAGCUUGUUACCAUUAUUAUUUGCAGCCUGUCUGUCAGAAUACGGAUCCUUCAAAGGUAGCUUAUAAAGGACUCUGAAAUGUAGUCCCCCCCCAACACAUGAUAAGCAAUUUCAACAUAUAAUAAGUCAGAUCAUUGGUGGUAGAUUGAUCCCUGAAUUUCUCCCAGGCUCAGGGCUGCCCCCCCUUUUCUUCAUAUUUUGAAAUCUCUUCCCUUUUCCCUUUUAAUUUUUUUCCUUGCUGUAUUUGCAUAACAGUUCCCAGAUUAAUUGUCCCACAUUGCAGCCUUUUAUUCUGGAUUCAGGUGGUUUCCAGCAAGUCCUGCCCGCCCGCCCCCCCCCCCACUUCUGGUUCUGCGCUUCCAGUAACUAAAAGGUGUAGGAUCCUUAGUUCCUCCCAGUCCAUAUAUGCUUUGAACCACAGGGAGCAAAAUCCGUUCUCUUCUAGCUGUAAUGUUCACAGGUACUUGGGUCAAGUGUGCGGAACUGACCCGGGCCCGCAAUUAUCCCGGGCCCGCAAUUAUCACCCGAGGCCCAUCUUCAUCUCCCUCCCUUCUGGAGGGCAGCAGCAGCAGCAGGAGAAGGGGCCUUUUCUGUGGUGGCUCCCCACUUGUGGGAUGCUCUCCCCAGGGAGACUCCCCUGGCACCUUCAUGGCAUGUUUUCUGGGCACCAUUUCUCUAUAACCAGGACUUUGGUUGAUGAACAUCAGUAUCCGAAAUUCACCAGGUGCCAAGGGCAUUUUACACCUGGCUAUCUGCCCAAGUGAAGAUGACUGUGUGGCAGGAUGACACCUGGACGUCUCCACCACCUGGAGCUGCCUACCUGGGGAUCGUGGGCUCUUCUGUUUUCUCAUGUUAGCAAAAUGUCCCGUGGAAUUCUAUCCAUUACAUUUUAUCUGCGCAAUCACAAUGAAUUUCAGGAACCCUAAAGUCGUAUUGAAAAAUGUGACUUUCGAGCCGCCUGGGCCCCAAAUGGCAACUAGGCAUUCUGUUUUGGCUGGUUUAAGGAGCCAUUUGGCACCCAGCUUAAAUAUCUCAGUUUCUAACCCUGAUUAACAUUGCAUGUCCUUUUAAAUGUGUUUGUGGGGUGCGGGAUAUUGGCUUGUCAUUGUUUUUCAUAGAAUCACAGAAUUGUAGAGUUGGAAGGAACCUCAGGGGUCAUUUAGUCCAACCCUCUGCAAUGCAGGAAUUUUAACUAGAUCAUACAUGACCAAUGGCCACCCAACCUCUACUUAAAAACCUCCAAGGAAGGAGAGUCAACCACCAUCCAAGGUAGUCUGUUCUACAGUACAGUGGUACCUCAGUUUACGAACUUAAUCCGUUCCAGAAGUCUGUUCUUAAACCAAAACUGUUCUCAAGCCGAGGUGUGCCUUCCCAAAUGAGGCCUCCCGCUGCUGGUGCCCUUCAACCGUUUGGAUUCCAUUCUCAGACCGAGGUAAAGUUCUCAAACUGGGACACUACUCCAGUUUUGCAGAGCUAUUAAACCAAAUCAUUUGUAAACAGGACUGUUCUUAAACCGAAGUACCACUGUAAACCUUAGUUGAAAGACACCCAUAGUGUUUUGCACUCCCAGAUUUCAGAUUUUUAUCAAAUAUUCAGUGACUGGAGUCUGAUAGCUGAUCCCAAGUGUUCUCAUGUGUUUUUAACCCCAGGCAGAGCUGUGGCAGCAAAAUGUGGCUGACUUUAUAACACCCUCCCCCCGAAAAUGGACUAAUUUUUUUUACAUGCUAAUAUCCACUGUCCCUUCUUCCUCUUGCAUGUCAAUCGGAUUUGAACAGGACACAUUCCCCGAAUCGUGCCCAUUGGCACCAAAGGUUUGCCUCCUUGCUCUCAAGAGCCUCAGCUCUGCCAAGUGGUUCAAAAGGAAAGCUGCCGAUGCACAGGAUUUGCUCUGGCCACUGGUUUCCCCAGCUGUGCUACUACUGAUGCUCCUCUCUGUGUGACGGAGCAAUGGGAUGUUGCAUUGAAACGGACACAGACUCUGGUGCUCAAGUCAGCCCAGAAAGCACAUCUUGUGAAGAGCUGGAAAAGGGGUUUGCACACUGAGCUUCUAGCGUGGCUCCGACAUCCCAGCACUCUUCCCUGUGGAUGGCACCAGACAUUACAGGCCUCCACUAAUGAAUUUGUCCUUAUGUAACAGAGAAGGGGGAUGUCUACAGCGCACAGGGAGUAGGAAGAACACGUUCUCCUGCUCUUUGCAUGCGCACGCCUCUGCUUCCCAUUUCACAAGGAAUCUGUGCUCCACAGAACAUAAGAAGUUAGGUAAGAGCCUGUGCUGGAUCAGGCCCUUGGCUCAUCCAGUCCAGCAUCCUGUUCUUACAGGGGCCAACCAGACGCCCAAAGGGAAAACCCACAAGCAGGAUUCAAGCAUGAGAGCCCUCUCCUCAUUGCUUGUACCAAUUAAUAGUCCUCUCCUUUGUGAAUGUGCCUGUUCCUCUCUUACAGCCAUCCAAGUUGCUGGCCAUCACUGCCUCCUGUGGCAGGGAGUUCCAUAGUUCUGUGCUGUGUGAAGAAGGGUUUUCCUUUAUCUGCCUUAACCUUCCGCCAUUCAGCUUCCCUGGAGAUCCACAAGCUCUAGAGAGAUGGAGAAGAACUUUUCUCUCUCUGCUUUCUCCACGCCAAGCAGAAUUUCAUAAACUGUCAUGUCGUCUCUUCCUUGCCUUUUCUCUAAAUGAAGAAGUCCCAAACGUUGCCGCCUUUCUUCAUAGAGGUAGGCUAGGCUGAGAGCCAGUGACUGGCCCAAGAUCACCCAGGGAGAACUUCACGGUCGAGAACCCUGGUCUCCCAGUUGCUAGUCCAACACUCUAACCACUACACCACGCUGUCUGCAGAUACAUCAUUUCAGGGACUUGUGAAUCGUCUUAUCGGAAUAGGCCGCAACCAAUCCCUCUCAGCUGGGAUUCAGCUGUCAGGAGGCCCUUCUCUCUCUCUCUCUCUCUCUCUCUCUCUCUCCCCCCCCCCCCCCGCACUCUACUGGCAUGUAGCUUGGCUUGCUUCCCUGAGAGGUCUGAAAUUCACAUCUGCUGUGUCUGGCCCAAUUCAAGCACUAACCGAGUGCUCUCCCUCCACUCACCCAACAUAGGCCUUAUACCGAGUCAGAUUGGUGCUCCACCUAGCUUAGUGGGGGGGGGGGGGGCUUGGACCUAUAAACUCACCCCAGUGCCCCCUACUGUACCCUAUUGAAAAAGCAUUAUUUCAGAGCGGCGGUUUGCACGACCCACUAAUGUGACACAAUGCAAUUUGAGAAAGCAACAAUUAAUUUCACAUUUAUUCAAAAUCCGAUUCAAGCCAUUGAGUUCAAUUAAAUCAGCAAAACUGAUGAAGCUGAUACAGGGAUGCCCCCACAAUGAGAGCCCCUGAUCUAGCUGUUGUCUACACUGACUGGCAGCAGCUGGCCAGGAUAUCCUACAGGAGACUUCCCAACUGGGGAACUGAACCCGUGACUCCUCUAGGCAAGGCAGGUGCUCUGCCCCUGAAAGGUGGGUGCUUGUUUGUGUGGUCCGACCCUGCCUGCAAGGAGCAGAUGGAGCAAAGUCAAUAUAUGAUGAAAAGGUAGCUGAUCAAUUGAUGGAGUGGCAGGCAGUCUGCUGCCACACCUGAGCUGUGACUGCUGCCCUGGCCACUGUGGGCAGUGAGAUUCCUGGGUGAGGUCUGGCAUUAUGCCCAGUAUGGCCUCCUUAGCAGUCCCGUUUAAACCAAGAGCUGCCAAGCUUCAGAUCUGUCAGCCAUACUGUCUAAACUUUGGUGGCUAAGAGCAACCUUUGAUGCCUUGGUUUGGAAAUGGCAUGCACUCUGUGCGGGCUCAGAGGCACAUCUCUGCCAAGCACAGAGAGGGCACACAGUUACCUGAGGGCCGCCUAACGAUGGCUUACUCUCUGCCCUGCUAGACUUCCAAAGUUUGUUCCUUUUUUUUUAAAGUACCCAAGAGGAAGGGGGAGUUGCUGGCUUUGCACAGCCCACCUCAGCCAGAUAUUGAACUGAACGAUGUAGCUUGCCUUUUCAAGAUCCGCCCUUUGGGUCUGGAAUUGUCAUCCCUGUAGGAUAGUUUGCUUUGCAGAGUCUCUUUUCCACCUUGCAAGGUGGAAAGCCAAACUGUCCAAGAAUUUCCAUCCAAGAAAGUUGGGUCCGGAAGUUUUGCACUUCCUUAGAAACACACUUUGGGGGGGGGGCAGUGGGAGGGCAAAACAUCCUUUCUGGCAGCCUCAAGGUGCAGCCUUAAGGUGAUGUGAAGCAGCCUUAUUGGCCCACCUAGGCCUAGAGGCAAACCAAGGUCAGGUUUUUGUCACCCCCCCAUGUUGCAAUUUUUGGGUACGUUGCCCAAAGUUGUUGAGCUCUUUUUAAAGGAGGGCUGGCUGCAAAACAGAUAUGCCCACUGUUUGCGAAAGUCCGACCGAGGAUAGCAUAAAACCGCCUGGGGGGGGUGUGAACGCCGCCGACCGGGGGGGUGCCAGGCUGAUCACCAGCCAUAUUUGUGCAAUCAGCAGGUGGAUUUUCACAACAACAAUUGUGCCAAUCGUGGAAAUCCGCCCACUGAAUGUGUGAGUGCCACCACGCCAAGCGUGGUGUAGUGGUUAAGAGCGGUGGACUCGUAAUCUGGUGAACCGGGUUUGCUUCCCCGCUCCUCCACCUGCAGCUGCUGGGUGACCUUGGGGGCCAGUCACACUUCUCUGAAUUCUCUCAGCCCCACUCACCUCACAGGGAAAGGAGAAUGUUAGCCGCUUGGAGACUCCUUCGGGUAGUGAUAAAGCGGGAUAUCAAAUCCAAACUCUUCUUCUUCUUCUUCCUCCCAGGGGGAUUUUGUCACCCCCCUAGGCAUGACACCCAGGGUGAACCGCACCCCCCCACCUCCUUGUGACGCCCCUGCCUAGGCCAGUGCCAUCCACACUCCAGAGCCUCUGCCUGUGUUGCUCCUGAGCUCCCUUUGGCCAUUCCUGCCAGAGGACGGAACCUGGGGGCUCCAGUGGUUUGCCCAGCCACUGAACUACCAUUUCCCAAUUUGCAAAGGGGGGGGGGCAGGAAUGGAGAUGGCUUGGAUGGAAAUUCUUGGACAGCUUGGCUCGUGACAUUGGCGUGCUGGAAUCUAGCCGUUGCCGAGUAAGCGACUCUUGCAGGACAGACCAUUCCAGGCCUAGAAGCAGAAGUCAACUCGUGGGAUUGUGUUGGACAGACGAGCCCGUAAAAGCACUUUGCAAAUUAAAAAAUGCAAAUGAAAGAGGCCAUAAAGUAAUGACCCUUUUUGCAGUAUAGGAACAUAGGGAGCUGCCUGGUACUAAGUCAGACCGGUUGGUCCAGCCGAGCUCGGCGCCACCAGCAGCUCUCCAGGGCCCCAGGCGGGGGUCUCUCCUGGCCCUCCCAGGACAUGCCAGGGAUUGGAUCUGGGAAGCUCUGCACGCAAAGCCCCACUGCUGGUGAGAAAGAUUCCCCUGCCCCUCCUCACAAGCACCCCCUAGAGAUAACGGCUAAGGCAGGCUUGGCGUGAGGGUCCUAUGUUCACCUUCUCCAACCCCCCCCCUUUUGUUUUGCAAAGUUUCUUCCUGGCUUCCUACACUUCCUGCCCCCCAGCCGCAGACUGCCGUUCUGCCAAAAGCUUUUCCUACAGAGCCGUGUUGCACAAAUCUCUGUCCCGCUGUUUUAUAAGUCUUUGUAACUGUCGUCACUGGGCUUUUUAAUUGUUGCGAAUCCUUUUGCCUCGCCUUAUUCCAAUUAUUUGAGAUCCUUGUUUUUAUUGUGCUUUUAACUAUGGUGCUGGCCACCUCGGGUGGGCUUUGCCCCAAAAGGCAGCAUAUAAACGAUUUUAUAGCGCAAGCAAAAUCAAUACUGAUAUGGCAGCUUCGGGAGAGGGGGAGGUGUGGCAGUGGUUUUCGGGUGGGUGGGAGGAGCAACACUAAAGCUGUUGGUGGCAUCCAGCUAAGGUGAAGAUUCAUGCUUUUUGUAGAGAACAACCCUGUGCACCCCCUAAACCUGUUGUUGGGGUUUCCCAACCCUUGGGGUUAGAUUUGGGAAGGGCAUGGGAAGAGGGGAGGAAGUUAUGUUGCGCAAGCGUGAACCCAUGCGCUGAUGGGACAUAUUAGUUGGGCGGUGCUCAUAGUGUGGCCCAAGACAUGCGCCCCUCAAUGUCAUCUGUGGUGUGGGGUCUUGGGGUUCCUCGCUUGGCAGUGCUCAGAACCACCACAUCUUUAGGGCGAGGCUUACGGACGACUUUUGGAAGAGGCCUCUCGUCCUCCUCCUCCUCUCUCACUCUUGCAACUUGCAAUGCCUGUCACUCCACUCCUGGUGGUGUCUGAAUAUCCAUUUAUUUAUUUAUUUUAUAUAUAUAUUUAAAUGCUAUAUUGAUUGAAAACUGUAUAACAAAAAAGAUCAACAGAUACUAAAGGCAAAAUAAAAAAUAAGCAAUCAUUCAUUCCUUAAUUGAUACUUGCUUUCUGCAUCAUUUUGCAAUUCAGUUUAACAUUACCUCCAAUCUUCCCAUUAAGUUCCCAAAUUAAAUUCCUUGAAUACGCACUUAGCUUUAUUUUCUCCAUGUUGUCUGACUUACUUUAAGUUUUAUCAAAUUAUCCUACUUACACACAGAAGUUCAAUCAAAACUCCUGCCAAUGGAUCGAUAUUUCGACAGUCUUCUUUUACAUAGACUCUGUAUAUGUCCCACUCUUUGAUAAAUUCUUCAUCUGUAACGUCUCGUAACCUUGCUGAUAAUCUCUCGCCAGUUCAGCGUACUCUCUUAAUUUGUUUCGCCAGUCUGAAUAUCAAUUUAAGCGGCAGGUGCAGAUCCUGAGGACAGAAGUCGGGAGUUUGAAAGGGCUCAAGGUGAAGCCAAAGCAGACUCCUUGCACUUGUCUGAUUCUGCAUAUUGGAGCCCUUCCGACAGGUGGAGCUGAAUUAAUUGUGGAGCUUGAUCACCAGAGAGCAGCUUGGUCUGUUGAGUGCAAAUUGCAAAUUCUGCCUCUGCACAGAGUUGUGUGUGCUACAGACCCUCAUCCCCGCUCCUUCAAUACUUUCUUGUCUCCCACUCUGGCUGGCUGAAUCCGCUCUUCAUCCUGUAGCUCCUCUACUUUGCCUUCCAGCUUCAGCAGAGGAGGGAAAAGGAUCGUGUCCCCCUCUUUGUGCAGAGCUAUGGAUAGGUGGGCUGGGCUGCCGGUCAGGAGAAAGACUGGGCUUCAGAAGCACUCAAAAAGCCCUUGAAACGCCCAAGGAGUUGUCUCUCUUUAAUCAGCAUCUUUCAGGCUUGAAUUUUUAAUAGACAGCUUUUGUGCAAACCCGCGCCUUGUUUUGGGGGCCGAGAAAGAGCCGGAGCAGGAUGCGGCUCAUUUUUUUCACAAGGAGUUUUUGCAGCUCAGCUGAAGAGCUUUUUAUGGUUCUGCAGGUGGAGGGCAAGGGAGGAGGCCGGUCAGCCUGCAGGGAGAGCGCAAGAGAGACCCCCUCUGUACCGCAACCCCCCCCCCAUGCCCUGGGAAGGAUGCAACAUUUGCAGCUCUCUUUUUCCGUCAGUUUCCUGCUGAGCUGUUCCCGGCCUGCCAGGAGCGUGGGCGAUGUUGCUGGGGUGUGUGUGUGUGUGUGCAUGUGUGAAACCUGCAGUUCCAAGGAAGGCGGCGGGCAUGUGUGUGGGGGGGGGGGGGAGGUUUGCAUGCAAUAAUCCCUCAUGAGUGAAAUGUGUUGCUGGAGAAUUAAAAGCCUUUUGCUUUGUGAAGUUGUCUCCUCCGCCAUCAUUAAAAGAGCUCAUUCAGGUCUCAGAACAGUCUUCCCUAGCCCCCAAACCUGGUGCCUUCGAGAUGAAUUCCCAUCUGCCCCAGCCAGCAUGGCCCAUUGGAGUUGUGGAACCGUAGCUGGAAGGGUCAAUAAUCCCUGACAGGUGGCCAUCCAGCCUCUGUUUAAAAGCCUCCAAGGAAGAAGGGUCCACCGCUUUCUGAAGGAGUCCAAAAGACCUGGAGGGCACCAGGUUGCGGAAGCCUGUCCCAGAGCAACAAAACUUUUCAGAGCCUUCUUCUUCGUCUUGUGGACAAGUCACCAUCCCAGGCAUGAUUUCUACGUUCCGCUGCUAUUGAGUGGGAUUUUUGGGGAAAGGGCCACAACUGGGUGGGCAGAGCAUCUAUCUUGCAUGCAGGAGAUACCAGGAUCAGUCCCCAAAGACAUCUCCAGGAAGGGCUGGGAGAGAGGCUCCUGUCUGAGACCCUGGAGAGCCAUUGCUGGCAGUCAGUGCAGGUGCUACUGGGCUGGACCAGGGCCUGACUUGGAAUAAGGCGGCUUCCUGCGACCCUGGGAUUAAGACCACUGUGUCCCUCUUCUGGUUGUAAUGGCUUUGGAUAUCAUCAACAGCUCUAAUGCUAGUAUCCUUUGUUGUUGUUUAGUCGUUUAGUCGUGUCUGACUCUUCAUGACCUCAUGGACCAGAGCAUGCCAGGCACUCCUGUCUUCCACUGCCUCCCACAGUUUGGUCAAACUCAUGCUGGUAGCUUCGAGAACUCUGUCCCACCAUCUCGUCCUCUGUCAUCCCCUUCUCCUUGUGCCCUCCAUCUUUCCCAACAUCAGGGUCUUUCCCAGGGAGUCUUCUCUUCUCAUGAGGAGGCCAAAGUAAUGGAGCCUCAGCUUCAGGAUCUGUCCUUCCAGUGAACACUCAGGGCUGAUUUCCUUCAGAAUGGAGAGGUUGGAUCUUCUUGCAGUCCAUGGGACUCUCAAGAGUCUCCUCCAGCACCAGAAUUCAAAAGCAUCAAUUCUUCAGCGAUCAGCCUUUUUUAUGGUCCAGCUCUCACUUCCGUACAUCACUACUGGGAAAACCAUAACUUUAACUGUACGGACCUUUGUGGGCAAGGUGAUGUCUCUGCUUUUUAAGAUGCUGUCUAGGUUUGUCAUUGCAUUGUCAUUGUCAUUUGUCAGUGUGAGGAUGCUUAUCGAAGCAUCUCAGAGGGCUUAGUGUGCUGCGUGCCACCAGCAGCCCUUCCGCCCCCCCUGCAGGGUAGGCCAGUAUUCAUCCUAAGCAGCAGGUGGAGGCAGGGCAGGGCACUGGGUUCGUGAUGGAGGUAGAGGUUGAACUCAGCCCUUCUGCUGCUCCUGGUUUUGCUUUCUGCUUUAAACCUCGGGGCUGCUGGGCUGACUGCUCCAAAGCAUCUUGAAAGCACUAAGAUGGAAAAGUAGUGUGAUGUAGUGGUCAGAGUGUCAGACGAGGACCUGGGAGACCAGGGUUCAAAUCCCGCACUCAGCCUUGAAGCCCACUGGCAUGACCUUGGGCCAGUGGCUGCCUCUCAGCCAAACCUCUACCUCUCAGGGGUGUCGUGGGGAUUGGAGAACCCUAAGUGCCACCUUGAGGGGGAAAAAGCACCGUGCUUCCGUUCCUUCGGGGCUGGCUGAGCCACGCCGGGCCGCCUGAGCGAAGAGACGGGUGUUGUUGCUGCCGAGCAGCUGUGCGCUCAGCCAGGGAGCGCAUGGCUGACCGCACAUGUUUGCAUGGGGAAGCACCUUUUGGUUAAUGUGUAUUAUUCGCAGAAAGGCACAGCAGGCAGCCAUUUCAAAAUCUGAGUGAUAGUCCCUGGGAAUAUGGCUCUUAAAUUCAAAUGAUCUGGUGGGUGGGUGUUGCUCUGCUUCUCUGCACAGAUGUUGAAUGCAAAUGGCAAAAUGCAGGGCGGAGAUCUGCCAGCUCUUGGCUCACGUGUUUAGGUGCCAACAUUGGGACGCAGCUGCUGAAAGCGGAAAAGAAGAGCGCAGCUGAGCCCAUGUUUUUUAGUGAUUAUUUUUGGGAGGGCGGGUAUGUGUUUGUGUGUGAAGGGAACUUGCCACGAGCUGAAUGGGACUUCAGCCAAGAGCUGUGACCCAUAACUGAGAAGAGCCUACUGGAUCAGGCCAGUCGUCCAUCUAUUCUUGUUCCCACAGUGGCCAGGGUUAGGGAACGCUGCUCUCAGGGGCUGGCAGGGAGGAAUUUCCAUCUCAGCAUAGCCCUGGUGGUUUCAUUGUUCUAACGCAAUUGAUAACUCAGCUUUUUCCAAGAGGUGCCUGUCUGGUCCAAGUCCUGGGUGGUGAUUGAAAUCAUCUUUAUUCUUCUUUUGCUGGAUCCAGCCCAGAUAAAUGGUUCUAGAAAGUCUUUUAAAUGGAAGAAGGAAAUUCUGGUGGCACCAGAGCCAGCAGGCUGGGCACGCAUUCUGCCCGCUGGCCUUGGCGACUCACUUCCUACAACGCGCCCUCCCCUUGCCUCCCGUUCGGUUGCAUCUUUAUUGAUUUGCACACCACUUGAUUGAUUUUAAAAAGACACUUAAUGUGGUUUACAAAAAAAGAUAAGGCAAUGGAAUCAGCAGUACAAGAAAAUGACAGCAAUAGUUUAAGGAUUUUGAAAAGUUAAAAGAAGAAUGUUCUAAAAGCAGAGGAAAACUCUCAUCCAUUUCUAAACAUUUGGAUAGUCUUGUCUAAACAAAUAUGUUUUUAGCAGGUGCCGAAAAGAGUACAUUGAAGGUGCUUGCCUGGUAUCAAGAGGCAGGGAGUUCCAACAGAACCGCUCUUAAAUAAAUACAGAGACCUCUAUAGCUCAGUUGGUAGAACUCUAACCAUGGGUUAGAGCCCCACAUUGGGCAAAAGAUUCCUGCAUUGCAGCGAGUUGGACUAGCUGACCCUUGUGGUCCCUUCCAACUCUGCAAUCCUACCAUACCAUCAGAAAAUUCUUCCUAAUGUUUUGUUGGAAUUUCCUUUCUUGUCAUUUGAAUCCAUUGGUUUGCAUCCUGCCCUCUGGAGCAGCAGCAGAAACCAUCUUCCAUGGGGCAGCCCUUCAUGUACGUAUUUGAAGAUGACUAUCCUAUCCACUCCUCCAGGCUAAACAUACCCAUCUCACUCACCCCUCCCCCAUCCUCUCACAGCUUGCUCCAAGCCCCUCCCCUCUCACCCCAUGCCUCUCCCCUCUUAACAGAGGGCAGGUGCUCUGUGGGGCAAUCUCUGUUUGAAGGGCCCCUACACCCUCCUCCCUUAAACAGCUCGCCUGGGCCUGCCAGCCAUUCCUCACUCUGCAGACUGCAGAGCAUGACGACACCUUACAUUUUUAUUAUAUAGGGAGAUAUUCCAAAGUUCAUUCGUCCUUUCUUUCUUUCUUUCUUUCUUUCUUUCUUUCUUUCUUUCUUUCUCUUAGCAUACCCAAGCCUCUGAAUAUAUCCCCAUUCCCCCACCCCCCCACCAAUGAUGGAAAGCAAACUGUUUAGGAUUCAACCCAGAUGGGCUUGUGAUAAUUGCCCACACCAGCUGAACAAUAGUCUCCACACUGGAGAUCAAAGAUGACAGUUCACAGCAGCUUUGCGAAACCAGGGCAGCCUUGGGACUGCCUGUCUCCCGCAGACUCUAUUUGUGUGUCGGUUCCGCCUCUUCUUUCAUUUUCGCCGUGUUGCAUCUGGCUGCGAGCUGCAGGUCGCCUGCAAACAUCCACUCCCGCAAGCCAGCUCCUGCAUCUGAUGGAGAGACGGAGAGUUCUGGCUAUCCUUAAUGCGACAGGCCCUGUCACUAAAGGUGCUCAGCCUCAUCACGACUGCAGCGCUAGCGAGAGACGCAGGACUGGGCAGAGGAACAUCAGCCAGGAGGGUCUUUUUCAGCUGGUUAAAAGGGUUAAUUGUAAAUGGUUUUAUCGCUUUUGCAACCACGUUUCACACUGCUUAGGAAAAACAAAAACGGUGUUAGGUGAUGCUUCAGUUGUUGAAACAUAACAUGCAUAAAUAAGAAGGUAGAUUAAGGACAUAUGCGGGGCCUGCUGGAUCAGGCCCAUGGUCCAUCUAGCCCAGGAUCCUGUUCUCACAGGGGCCAACCAGACGCCGGUGGGAAAACCACAAACAGGAUCUGAGCACAAGAGCAACUCUCCCCUCCUGGAAAAAGGUAAAGGGACCUCUGACCGUUAGGUCCAGUCAUGGCUGACUCUGGGGUUGCAGCGCUCAUCUCGCUUUAUUGGCCGAGGGAGCCGGCGUACAGCUUCCAGGUCAUGUGGCCAGCAGGAGUAAGCCGCUUCUGGCGAACCAGAGCAGCACACGGAAACGCUGUUUACAUUCCCGCCGGAGCGGUACCUAUUUAUCUACUUGCACUUUGACGUGCUUUCGAACUGCUAGGUUGGCAGGAGCUGGGACCGAGCAACGGGAGCUCACCCCGUCGCGGGGAUUCGAACCGCCGACCUUCCGAACGGCAAGUCCUAGGCUCUGUGGUUUAACCCAUAGCGCCACCCACAUGGCUUCCACCAAUUCAGAAGCAUUUCUGCCUCUGACUGUGGAGUCAUCGUGGCUGGUAGAUAUCGAUAGCCCUCUCCUCCUCCAUGAAUUUGUCUAAUCCUCUGUUAAAGCCACCCAGAUUGGUGGCCAUUCCUGCCUCCUGUGGCAGGGAGUUCCACCGUUUAACUAUAUGCUUCAUAAAGAAAUAAUUAAUUUUAUCGGUCCUGAAUCUUCCAGCAUCAAUCUCCACGAGUUUGAGUGUUAUGAGAGAGGGAGAAAGACAUUUUUCCAUCAACUUUCUCCAUGCUAAGCAUAAUUCUGUAAACUUCUAUGAUGUCUCUUCUGGCUCACCUUUUCUCCAAACGAAAAAGAAAAGUUUGAUCUUUCUUCUGCUACUCUUUUUACCAUUUAUUUGUUGCAUUCGUGUCCUGCCCUUUUCUCCACGGAGCUCAAAGUGGCCCACACGAUUCUCCUGCUCCUUAUUUGAUCCCAGUGAAUUUCAUGGGCAGAGUGGGAAUAUGAACCUGCGUCUCCACCAGGCCCUAGCCUGACCCACUAACCACUACACCACACUGCCCCAAGACACGUGUGAGUUUUCUUGGCAAUUGCCGGCUUGGGCCUCAAACGUACGAAUCAGGGCCACAUCCACCCCCUCGUUUGCAGCUGCCAUUUAGUCAGAGAGCCCCCCCCCCCCCGGUUCCCUGGUGAUGCAUCUGAGUGUGGCAUUGGAGUGUGGGUGGAGGAAAUCGCUCUUUAAAAUUUAAGUGCUGGGCGGAAAAAAGCUUUGCUAUUGGGGUUUGAACUAGGUUCCUCACCAUGGAAGUAGUAGCUGAGCUGCCCGUUUGUUAAUGGAUGGAUCAGGGCCAGAUUUAGGUUUGAUGAGGCCCUAAGCUCCUGAAAGUAAUGGGGCCCUUUAUCUGUCCAGCUGUCCUUUGUCAACAACAAAUUGCUGCUGUUUUUUGUGUUGAAUAUAUGCUCUAUGGUAGUUGAUGGACCUCAUAGGUCCAUGCACAACACAAAACACUGUUCCUGUAUGUAGGUUUUAUUUUACAGUGGUACCUCAGGUUAAGUACUUAAUUCAAUCCGGAGGUCUGUUCUUAACCUGAAACUGUUCUUAACCUGAAGCACCACUUUAGCUAAUGGGGCUUCCCACUGCUGCCGCACCACUGGAGCACGAUUUCUGUUCUCAUGCUGAAGCAAAGUUCUUAACCUGAAGCACUAUUUCUGGGUUAGCGGAGUCUGUAACCUGAAGCGUAUGUAACCUGAAGCGUAUGUAACCCGAGGUACCGCUGUAUUUGUUUUUUAUCUUAUAUUUUGGAAAUGUACAUCCCAGUUUUUUUGUUCCUUUAAAAAUUUUUGGGGGCCCCAAGAGAGCGGGGCCCUAAGCUACAGCUUGUUUAGCUUAGACAUAAAUCCGGCACCGGGGUGAAUUACGGCUUAUAGAUUUUGGAAAAUUGCAAGAGGGCAAUUCACUCUGCAGGGAGCAAGUUGUCUUGGGCAGGGACUGUGUUGCAAAAUGGAAUUUCCUUUGACAAUGUAACAGGCUCCCUCAGAAGGUGGGCUCUCCUACCUUGGAAGUGUUUAAGCAGAGGUUGGGUGGCCAUCUGUCAUGGAUGCUUGAGCUGAGAUUCCUGCAUUGCCGGGGGUUGGACUGGAUGACCCCCGGGGUCCCUUCCAAGUCUACAAUUCUAGGGUAUAAAAAGCCCAGCCCUUUCACAGCCCAAAGGAGGGUCAGCAGAAGAGUGCCUGCUUUGCAUGUAGAAGAAGCUCCCAGGUUCAACCCCUGGAGUUUUCAGCUUGGCCUGAAACGAUGGAGAAUUAGCAAAUUUUGAAUACUAGAAAACUUGGUGGAAGUUUGUUUGGUCCUCAGGACCUCCCGGCCAGUGCAGAGACCUCUUAUUUUACCAGCUGAUUCAGUGUACAGAAUCAGGCACGCUGAUCAUUGCUUAGAGAGGAAGGACUCCAAUACGGAGCAUUUUGGGGGGGUGAAAAGGAACCGUCUCCUUUUGCCCAUGUGCUGGCCCACAUUCCGCUUUGCCAGGAAGUGCCAAAUUGAGAGCCAGUGGCCCAACUAGUCCAGCAGCUUCUCCUCCCCAUGGCCAACAUGAUGUCCUAGUGGGAAGAACCCCCCAAGCAGGAUCCAAGAGAAUUCUCCCCUUCUGUGGUCCCCAGAAACUGGUAUUUGGAAGCCUUGCUGCCUCCAGCUGUGAAGGACAGAGCAGAGCCAUCCUGGCCAGGAGCCAUCAAUCACCCUCUCCUCCUCCGUGAAUCUCUCUGAUCCUCCUUUAAAGCCAUCUAGCUUGGUACCAAUCACUGUCUCCUGUGGCAGGGAGUUCCAUAGUUCAACUCUGUGCUGUGUGAAGAAGGACUUUAUCUGCCCUGAAUCUUCCAAUGUUCAGCUUCAUUGAAUGUUCACAAGUAGUUGUGUAAUGGGAGAUGGAGACAAACGUUUCUUUGUGCCAGGCAUAAUUUUUAUAAACUUCCAUCAGGACAUCUCUUUCUCACUUUUCCUCUGAAGUUCCCCUUCUGGUGUCCCAGGAAGUGCUGAAUUGAGAAAGCUGCACAAAAUAUCUGAAUGGGCUUCCGUUUCCCCCUUUGCAUUACCGAAUCCUUUUCUCUAUGGCGGAUCCUGAUCAUUAAACCCCAAACUCCCUGUCUUGUUCAUAUCUACAAUGUUCCUUCCCACACAGGCCCAGUCUGGUUCAUGCCAUCUUCAGAGCUAGAAACUUGAAUUCUCCACUGGAGAUAUCAAACUCCACUUUUGUAGGCAAAAGAGCUGCAGAGCCCAGCGAGGGGCUUAGAAUGCUACCAUGUGUGGCAACCGCGCCAAACAUGAUCCACAGAGACGGCUUUCUGGGCACAGUUGUUUAAGAGAACAACUGGCAUCUGGCGGGCUGCUGUGAGAACAGGGUCCUGGGCUGGAUGGGCCUUUGGCCAAAUCCUGCAGGGCUCUCCAUAUGGACAUUUACAGUCAUAGCAGAACCUCCAUGCCUAGGGGCAGGCUAUAUCGGAACACCAGCUGCUGGGAAUCAGAAUCACAAAAGUUGUAGAGCUGGAGCUUGGAAGGAACCCUGUGGUGUAGUGGUUAAGACCAGUGGACUCGUAAUCUGGUGAACCGGGUUCGAUUCCCCGCUCCUCCACAUGCAGCUGCUGGGUGACCUUGGGCCAGUCACACUUCUCUGAAGUCUCUCAGCCUCACUCACCUCACAGAGUGUUUGUUGUGGGGGAGGAAGGGAAAGAAGAUUGUGAGCCGCUUUGAGACUCCUUAAAGGUAAAGGUAAAGGGACCCCUGACCAUUAGGUCCAGUUGUGACCAACCCUGGGGUUGCGGCGCUCAUCUCGCUUUAUUGGCCGAGGGAGCCGGCGUACAGCUUCCGGGUCAUGUGGCCAGCAGGACUAAGCCGCUUCUGGAGAACCAGAGCAGCGCACGGAAACGCCGUUUACCUUCCCGCCAGAGCGGUACCUAUUUAUCUACUUUGACAGUCCUCGGCUCUGUGGUUUAACCCACAGCGCCACCCACAUCCCUUUUGAGACUCCUUAGGGUAGUGAUAAAGGAGGAUAUCAAGUCCAAACUUCAUCUAGUCCAACUUCCUGCAGGAAUCACAGCUACACCAUGGAAGUAGCUGGUUGGCUGUUGUGAAAACAGGAUCCUGGGCCAGAGGGGCCCCCACUGGCCUGAUCCAGCAGGCUCUUCUUUUAUGUUCAUAUGUAGGAACUGUUUUUAGUGGUGUCUCCUCUGCUGAGGAGGAUUCUGAAGCUCGGACUCCGAAGACUCCGGCGCCAGAGGCUUUGCUUCUGCCAAAAAGGGGCUUGAAAGCCUCUGUUUGUGUUGAUUCAAUGCUUCCUGCCUGGGAUGUUGAGCUUGCCAAUCUUCUUCCUCUGUGUUCAGGCUGGAGCUGCCAGGUGGGGGUGAGGGGCUGAUUGAUGAGUCAGCUGAGAAGCCUUCAUCUCCCGAACACAGCCGCUGCCAUUCAAACGCCCGAGAGUAAACAGCUAGUAAUUUGAUUAAAUUAACUCCAAAGCGUUUGCCUUGUGGAACGUUCCAGAGCUUGUGAGGCUGCCCAACAGAGGGUGCAGCGGCUAAGGGACCCCUCCCCAAAGAAGCGCGGGGGGGGAGCGGAGGAGCAUAUGCCCGUACUGCCCGGGGCAGGUGCAUGGGGUGCGCCCCCGAGGAGGGUGGGGCGCAAAGGGUGCCCUCCCACGUGCCACAGUUCAGGGUAGGAGAGGGGCAGGGAAGCUGCUGUUCAUUCUUCCCCUGCUCUCUGCUACCAGGUCAGACAUGACCCAAUGAUGGAGUUACUGCAGCUGGACGUGAGGCCCCAGCGCCAUGGAGGGUGGGCAUCAGCAUUGCUGUGCUGGGCCUGGGGGUAACCCAAGCAACGCGGUCCAGGUUCGGUCCCGAAUCCAAGGAUUCCACGAGGAGUCAGUCCGACAGGGCCAAGGCAGGAAACCAAGCUAGGUCAGGCACAGGGUAACAGGCCAGUUCCAGCAAGCAGCAAUGUUGCUCCCACAACCUGGGGCGGGGUCCGACAGCCUUUUAUCUCUGUCGGGGUAGCAGCUGGUCCUGAUCCCCUGGCGACUCACAUCCCUGUUUCGCCUGAAGGUGAGCACUCCUCCUGCGAGUACUCAGGUCUCUCCUUCUCUCAGACCUCAGUCUCUGCAGCUCGGGAGACGUCGGUGGGUGACUAGACCCAGAGGCCGCCUCAGCCUCCCCUGACCCAACCGGUAGUGGAGCAGCUGUAAGUGAUGGCCCAGCUGGAGGCAACGAGGUCAUCCCCACAUCUGGAGCCAGGGCAGGCUCAGGCCCCUGACUCGGCCAACUGGUGUUUGCUGCAAGGGAACCUGUGCAGACUGGGACUCUUCAGGAUCAGGCCCCAGGCUUGGUUCAGAUGAUGCCUGAGGCAGAGGAUCCAGUGCGGACUGAGACUCCUCCGGUUCUGAGUCCGAGCCCGAGUCCCAGGCCAUCACAAUUGCUGCUGACCUUCCUGCUCUCUGCCACCAGGUCAAAGCUGACCCAGCAAUGGAGCUGCUGCAGCCGGGUGCGCUCGCCCCGGCUGACUGACGAGGGCUGCUCUCUACCGCCAGGUCAGAAGAGCAGCUGCUGCCAGGCGUGAGGUGUGCCAUGGCCGAGGAAGGUGGGCAGCAGCGGUGCCGUCCCCUUGCUUGCUCUUCGCCCCAGGUUCAGGACAGAGCUGUGCCAGGCCCAAGCGCUCCAGCCAAGGCACAGCACCUUCUGGCACAGAGCCAGGCUCCAAUGAAGGAGUCCGCGGUUUGCGCCCAGACGCAUUUCAUUGCAUUUCUUGGCUGAACUAAAAAGUUUCAGUACGUGUUAUGUUGACUUGCUGAGGUUCAUUCAUUGUCAGACCAAGUUAUUAAACUCAUUUUAAAUAAUAUUUUUUCGAGAAAAGUGUCAUGAGCCCCAAUUUUUUAAUUUUAUUUUAAAAAUACAUAUUUUUGCCAUUUUUCACCCCCCUCAGUGAUGACACCCGGGGCGGCCCGCACGCACCGCCCCUCCCUUCCUAUGACGCCGGGAGGGAGGCAGGGGGGGCAGUCCAGUAGCAGACCCAUCUCCAUUUUGUCAACCUGUCAAUCACAGUCAGAGGUCUCCGCUGUUCCAGAACUCCAAAUCAGCGGGAUUCCCUAACUAAUAAUAAUAAUAAUAAUAAUAAUAAUAAUAAUAAUAAAAUUUUAUUUAUACCCUGCCCUUCCCGGUUUAAAAACUGGGCUCAGGGCAGCUAACAGAAAAUAUAAAACAUUAAAAUGCAACUUAAAAACAGCAUAAAACAGCAUAGAAUACAACAUAAAAUGCAGCAUCAAUAUCAAUACAAUUCAAAAAUUCAGGGGUCAUUUUUUUUGGGGGGGGGACAAAACCCAGUCAGAAGACAUCGAAUGAUCACCAGGGCUAACUGGCCAAGCUGGUCCUACUAGGGCCAGCAAGGAGGUAUGUGAAUAAGAAUUUAAAUGUGGGGUCCUGGAAAGGGUCCAAGAGCAAAGGGGCACUCAAUAAGCUGAGAUUCUUGCGUCGCAGGGGGUUGGACUAGAUGAUCCUUGGCGCCCCUUCCAACUUUCCAAUUCCAUGAUUCAUUGGAGGUUUUUAAAGAGAUGUUGGAUGGCCAUCUGUCAAGGAUUCUUGAGCUGCGAUUCCUGCAUUGCAGGGGACUUGGCCAGGUUCCUGUGGAGGGGGGUGUCCCAAUUCUGCAAUUCUAUGAUUUGAAGUACCAAUGGAGACUUGCUCCCAAGUAAUCCUUUGUGUGAGAGUUGAGGGGUUUCAGGUGUCCCCGAUUACACUUUGUGUUGGUGUCUUUGGGAUGAAGGUCAUUGAAGGCCGGUAGCGUUUUCUGUGACAAUAAAACGCUUUUGCUUAGUAUCACACACACAUGAGAAGCGCAUGGGAUGGAAGGGCUCACAGCAUCCGCACCCCAAGGGUUCUGCUCCCUCAUUUUUUUUCUAGCAGGAGGAAUGAACCCCACCCCCACCCCAUCUAUGCAUUUGGAUUCUCACAAAGAGCGAGUCAGCUGUGUCCAUUUUCCAAGACUGCUAGAUUCUUUCUCUCCUCGCUCUGCCCCACAAUGGAUAUUAUUGCUUCUGGUCAGGGGUUGGGGAGACAAGCCCCUUUCCAAACACCUUCCAAUAGCUGGGUCUCCGGCUAUUAGCUGCCAGGGCAACUCUCCUAUUUGUGUUAUUUAUUUCAUAAAAUUCAUAAAAUUCAUAUGCCAAUUGAUUCUCUUUAAAAAACCCACUCAAAGCUGUUUACAAAAAAGAUAAAGCAACAACAUUAUCAACAAGAAAACGGUAAGAAUCUAAACAAUUGAAAAGUUAAAAUGACAGUACUGUAGGCUGAAAACAGAUUAAAAUUCACACCAACUUUCUAAACAUCUUGUCUAAACAAGGAUGUUUUUAGCAGGCACUGGAAAGAGUGCAGUUAAGGUUCCUGCCUGGUGUCAAGUGGCAGGGAGUUCCACCACACUAAAAAAAUCGAGUUCAUACGAAUGCAGUUGUGAAGAAUAUUCUUAUGUUAUGAAUGGUCCAUUAAGAAAGAGAGCUUGGAAUAGGUCAAUAUUUAUGUGGACUGUCCCUGGAUCAAGGGACUUUCCUUCUUUAAGUUCUCUUGAGUUCUUAACUUAGCUCAAUGUUGUCAUCUGAACUAGCCAGAUGUUUAACUGAGAAUCAAUCACAGUCAGUCCAUCAUUUGAAAAAUAAGACUUUAGAGAUGUCUUACCUGUCAAAACCAGGAAUUGGGGGGGGGCAGUUAAAUAACUACCCAAAAAUCCCAAGUCCCCACCACAGCCUCGAACUAAGUCCAGGACAAUGACCGUUUACACAAGCACCAGAUAUACAGAACAGCAAAGAGGCUCAGAAAAGCAGUCUAUAAAAUUGUAGCCAUAAGCAGAUACCAUGUAUCGAACUGUUUCCUCUGAUAAUCCAAUAUGGAGAACUGUAGAAACUUCACAAAUAAUCUCCAGAAUUCAACGGUUUGACCAAUUUCCUUGGUUCCUCUGGAAGAGGAGAAUCCAGGUCUCCGCUGCCUCCAUAAUCCCUUAAGCAUAAGGUCACAUUCUCCUUCCCCUCCACAAGGUGUGAACUUAGCCCAGGGGUCAACAAACUUUCAGCCAUGGGCUGGUCCACUGUCCCUCAGAGCUUGUGGGGGGCCAAACUAUAUUUUGAAAAAUAAAAUAAAAAUGAACAAAUUCCUAUGCCCCACAAAUAACCCAGAGAUGCCUUUUAAAUAAAAGCACACAUUCUACUCAUGUAAAAACACCACGCAGGCCCCACAAAUAACCCAGAAAUGCAUUUUAAAUAAAAGGAUUCCUGGACUGUCUGCAGGCUGGAUUGAGAAGGCGAUUGGGCCACAUUUGGCCCACGGGCCUUAGCUUGCCUACCCCUUGUUGGCUAUUUGCAGUAUGGUAGUGCUGCAAAGAGCUUGCUGGGGAGACCAUGCAUUAAAAAGGGACUCAAAAAUAACUUAAAGAAGGUUUUAAUAAGAAAAACAAAAACUCCAUUUACACUAAAUACAUCAACAAACCAGACCCAACCACCAACCCAUCCCCCAGGGUAAUGGGAGAGCUAGGUGCUGCUCCUUAUAUACCGUAUUUUUUGCUCUAUAAGACUCACUUUUUCUCUCCUAAAAAGUAAGGGGAAAUGUGUGUGCGUCUUAUGGAGCGAAUGCAGGCUGUGCAGCUAUCCCAGAAGCCAGAACAGCAAGAGGGAUUGCUGCUUUCACUGUGCAGCGAUCCCUCUUGCUGCUCUGGCUUCUGAGAUUCAGAACAUUUUUUUUCUUGUUUUCCUCCUCUAAAAACUAGGUGCGUCUUGUGGUCUGGUGCGUCUUAUAGAACGAAAAAUACGGUACUACACCCAAUUGCCGACACAGCUUAAUCAAUACAACUCAGCAGCACCUGCUAUGUUUCACAGCUGUAAAGCUGGGUCUCGUUAUUUUGCUCUGGCCCCUUAAAGACAUACACAUCGGGUGGAACAAUGAUGAACCCUUACAUUUAAAGAAACCAUUCAACACCCCUGACUUAGCCUCACAAUAGGAGGCAGGAGGGAGUCAAGGGCAGCGCAUACCCCAGGAAGAACCCCAUCGGGAUGGUGGAGUGGAUCCUGAUCCUUUCAGAGGAGAAGUGCAGGAAAGCCUUGCAUCUAAGGCAGUGGUGUCCCAACUUUGUUCAAAGAGGGCCAGAUUUGAUGAAGUGAAGGGCCUUGAGGGCCAGCCAAAGGACUGGCCGAAGUCUUUGAGCUUUUUUUAGGGUUGAAGUUGUUGAGGGUUUUUUUUUUUUGAGAAUUUUACCCCAUUUUUACCCUGGAUUAGGCCCCCGAAACGGACUUUGGACAUGGGCAUGUGUAAAUACUCUUAUUGUUCUUUGGGGAAGAGGGUAGUUAAAAGGUGUCGGGAACUGGGGUGAUUGACAGGGGUGGAUGACAGUUUCAUGUUUCUUCAUGCCAAACAAGCCUACUUUGUGACAUAUCUGUGAUGUAUUGAUGAUGAUGCUGGAAAUGUAUUAUGGGAAAGGGGAGGAAGUCUUAAAAGUUCAUGCCAGGCCAUGCUGGGGGUUCCUACUCUUUGUGUGUUUGAACCUUAUUGCAACAAGAAGGACCAGGUCUACUGACUGUUGUUUUGCUUCUGUAACUUGGUGGGAGAUUCCUCCUUUUGCUGACUGGGGAGACCAAUGGGGAGUGCACCCCAACCAGCUGGCCAGUGGAGUAAAUCUGUACCCCAGGACUUCUUUUUCCCUUAUCAUACCCCAAAAUGGCAAUUAGACAUUCCAUUUUGGCGACUUCAGCCUUGGUUUAAGGAGCCAUUUGGCCCCUAGUUUAUAUAUCUGAGUUUGUUUGUUUUUUAAAUAACUUUUAUUCAAAAUUAAAACAAAACAUAUUAUCCAGAAACAUAUCAUCCUUAUUUCCCCCCCAUUUUUCCUCCCUCCCCCCACAUAGUAUGCUGUAUGCGGCCUUCAGUAAUUUCACUUUCCCUUCGAUCACUUCCUUUUGAAACCUAGAUCUUGUAUAACUAAAUCCUUUCUUGCUGUCUUCCUUAUGUGUUUCAUAUAGUUGUCGAUAAUUCAACCAACUCUGAAAGUGGUCUUUGAUCACAUCAUAAUCUCUUAAUUUCCAUUUUCCAUCAUGUUCCUUUAUAUAUCUGAGUUUUUAACACUGUGAGUCGUGAGCAAAAUCCCACCAAUUUCAAUGGCGCUUACCCCCAAAGCAGUGGGGGGGGUGGGGGGCGCCGGUUGCAGCCUUGGUUCUCUGCUGAGCUUGUAGUGCGAUCAUGACAAGGGAAGCGCUGACUGCAGAAUGAAGCAAACACGACAGGUUUGGAUGUGCCAAAGGGCCGCUGCCACUGCUUUCUGCCUUGGCAUCAGAGGCCUUUGCGAUCCCUCUCCACAGAGAUGCCUCCAGUUAACCGUUACCUAAUAACAUCCAUCUUGGCCCAGGAAGGAAAAGCUCUGCACAAUGUUAUCGCAUUUAAUCCGUUCCGCAGUCCUGUUCCGCGCGGCAGUUACCGGCAGAGAUGCCACCGGCAAUCUGUGCAAGUCGGUAAAUAAAUGAUGUGGGAUGAAGCCUCUGGUGAGCCAGCGGAGGAGAACGCAGGGAGCUCGCUCUAGUGAGAGAGAGCCUGAGACAGAGUCAGGGCCUAGGUGGAGAAGGUCAGGUGGGGAGCAGGAGCGAAGCUUGGCGGUCUUUGGCUGUCCCAUGGGAGGUGGAGCAAGGUUGUUUUCUGCUUCCCCAGAACCAAUGGAUUCAAGUGGCAAGCAAGGAGAUUCCCAUUAAACAUUGGGAAGAACUUUUUUUUUUUAGUUUUUUUUAUUCAAAAUUAAAACAAGACACAUUAUCCUAAAACAUAUCAUCCUUGUUUCCCCCCCAUUUUUCCUCCCUCCCCCCUCCCACACAAAACCCAUCCGCCCCCACCCACCGACUUCCCUCAGUUCCAGUCUUUGGUUUCUCUAAAAGUGCUGUUUUCUGCAUGUUACAAAGUUGUAUAGAUCCUCAAACUAUUUAGCUGAUUAUUAUCAAUAAAAAGUCUGCGAAUGUUUAUUCAAAACCAGCCAAGGAGUUCGCUUUGUUGCUUCUUCUCAUACUUUGUAAAGGGUUCCCAUUCAUCCUUAAAGUCACAGUUAUCCUUGUCCCGUAGCUUAUAUGUCAGUUUUGCCAGUUCUGCAUAGUCCAUCAAUUUUUCUUGCCAUGAUUCUUUAGUUGGGGUUUCUUCAGUCUUCCAUCCUUUGGCUACCAGAACUCUCGCGGCCGUUGUCGCAUACAUGAACAUUAGGAAGAACUUUCUGGCAGUAAGAGCCUUUCAGCCGUGGAACGGUCUCCCUCGGAAGGUGGUGGACUUCAUGGGAGAUCCUUAAGCAGAGAAUGGAUGGGAUUCUUCAGCUGAGAUUCCUACAUUGCACGGGGCUGGACUAGGUGGUCCCUGAGGUCCCUUCCAACUCUACAAUUCUGUGAUUCUGUGUUCUCCUGAUGUGCUCUUUUGCCAUAUACAGUGCCAUAUACAGGUUACAGACACUUCAGGUUAUAGACGCUUCAGGUUACAGUCUCCACUAACCCAGAAAUAGUACCUCGGGUUAAGAACUUUGCUUCAGGAUGAGAACAGAAAUCGUGCUCUGGCGGCACAGCAGCAGCGGGAGGCCCCAUUGGCUAAAGUGGUACCUCAGGUUAAGAACAGUUUCAGGUUUAGAAUGGACCUCCAGAACGAAUUAAGUUCUUAACCCGAGGUACCACUGUAAACAUGCCUCCUAGCCAUCUUCUGCAGCAUUUUUCUCUAUCCAAGCCUCUCCAUAGCUUUUGAAUCUUUCCUAGAGUUGACUGCUUCAGUGUGUGUGUGUGUGUGUGUGUGUGUGUGUGAGAGAGAGAGAGAGAGCGAGAGAGAGAGAGCGAGAGAGAUAUGAAUGUUUCCUCUUCUGUUUCAUCCAGAACAGCAGGGGUUAAACAUAUGCUAGUACUUGGAAUACUGUGUACAGUUCUGGUCACCUCCUCAAAAAAGGAUAAUGUAGAAUUGCAAAAGGUUCAGAAAAGGACAGCCUUAGUGAUAAAGGGGAUGGAGCGACCCACACACCCCUUUGAAGAAACUUUUUACUCAGGUGAAUGCGGGCACACCUGUGUAGCCGUUUGUGCAGAGACUGCAUACCAUACAGGGACUCUCUUAGGAGGAAAGGUUGCAAUGUUUACGGCUUUUUAGUUUAGAGAAAAGGCAAGCAAGAGGUGUCAUGACAGAACUUUAUAAAAUUAGGAAGUGGACAGAGAAAAGUUUGUCUCCAAACGUGGACAUCCAAGAAGCUGGAUGUUGGAAGAUUCAGCAAUAAUAAUAAUAAUAAUAAUAAUAAUAAUAAUAAUUUGUUAUUUAUACCCCGCCCACCUGGCUGGGUUUCCCCAACCACCCUGGGCAACAUACAGCAUAUCUAAAAACAUAAUAAAAACAUCAAACAAUAAAAACCUCCCAAUACAGGGAUGCUUUCUAAAAGUUGUGUAAUGUUUUAUAUCCUUGACAUCUGCUGGAAGGGCAUUCCACAGGGCGGGCGCCACUACUGAGAAGGCCCUCUGCCUGGUUCUCUGUAACUUGGCUUCUUGCAGGGAGGGAACAGCCAGAAGGCCCUUGGAGCUGGACCUCAGUGUCUGGGCUGAAGGAUGGGGGUGGAGACGCUCCUUCAGGUAUACUGGGCCGAGGCCGUUUAGGGCUUUAAAGGUCAGCACCAACACUUUGAAUUGUGCUCGGAAACGUACUGGGAACCAGUGUAGGUCUUUCAAGACCGGUGUUAUGUGGUCUCGGCGGCCGCUCCCAGUUACCAGUCUAGCUGCCGCAUUCUGGAUUAGUUGUAGUUUCUGGAUCACCUUCAAAGGUAGCCCCCACAUACAGGGUGUUGCAGUGGUGUUGUUGUUUAGUCGUUUAGUCGUGUCUGCCUCUUUGUGACCCCCUGGACCAGAGCACGCCAGGCACUCCUGUCUUCCACUGCCUCCCGCAGUUUGGUCAAACUCAUGCUGGUAGCUUCGAGAACACUGUCCAACCAUCUCGUCCUCUGUCGUCCCCUUCUCCUUGUGCCCUCCAUCUUCCCCAACAUCAGGGUCCUUUCCAGGGAGUCUUCUCUUCUCAUGAGGUGGCAAAAGUACUGGAGUCUCAGCUUCAGGAUCUGUCCUUCCAGUGAGCACUCAGGGCUGAUUUCCUUCAGAAUGGAGAGGUUUGUUCUUCUUGCAGUCCAUGGGACUCUCAAGAGUCUCCUCCAGCACCAGAAUUCAAAAGCAUCAAUUCUUCAGUGAUCAGCCUUCUUUAUGGUCCAGCUCUCACUUCCGUACAUCACUGCUGGGAAAGCCAUAGCUUGUAGUAGUCCAAGUAGUCCAAGUUAAAAGAAAGUCCUUCUUCACUCCCUCAGGAGGCAGUGAUGACUACCAACUUGGAUGGCUUUCAUAGAGGAUUGGACAAAUCCAUGGCUAUUGACGGCAAGCGAUGGCUACCAGCCACAAUGGCUGUGUUUUGCUUCCACUGCUGGAGCCUGCAGUGCCUCCAAAUGCCAGUUUCUGGAGACCUUAAGAGAGGGGAGAACUUCAUGUGUGGAAAACCUGCUUGCAGGUUCCCCACAGUAAGCACCUUGGAUGGGACAUCCCAUUUGGUUUCACUGCAAAACUUCUGGGGCUGGUGGGAAUUGUCUUCCAACAUAUUUUGAGGUCCCCCAGGUCUGAGAAGGCCACUGCAGAGUGCUCCUUCUUCACACAGCUCUGGAUUUGCAAGGCAAGUCUAGCCCAGAGCAAGCGAAGGAGCGUUUCAGAUUCUGGAGAGGAUCUGUUCCUUUGGCACACAAUGUGUUAUACACAGAGCCUGUUUCACCGCUUGCAGUGACAAUGACUCAGUGUGUAGCCAGGGACUUGGCCAGACACCAGGGGAUUCUCUCAGACCCACUGCCUGCAUUGGGUUCAGGUUCUGUGCCAGCUCUGCUGUCACCCUGGCCAAUAUUGAGGUUGCUUGCCACAAGCUUCCCGUGCACAGCUGCAGGUUAGACCAGGAAGUUAAGUGGGGCUGGUGGGUCUUCUAUGCCAGGCACGUCAACUCCCAAGAGACUGCAAUCUACUCACAGUAUAAAAAGACUCAUUGCCAGGAGUUGUUGAGCCAUUCCAUGAUCUACCUGGGACACCCCUGCAAUCUACCAGUAGAUCAUGAUGUUAACGGAGGAAUCCGAGGACUCCCUUGGGCAAAAAAACAAAGACACCAAUCAGGACAAUUUGGAGCAAAACAGCAGCCUGUAGGCUUGGCCUUUAUUGGAAACUGUUGCGACAGGAUUCCCACCCACAACAAGAUGAAGCAAAAUGGAAGCCCAGAACAAAAGAAGACCCCAACUUUUAUUACUUACUAAUCCCCCAAACUACACCCCUAAGACUACAUCACAACUACAUCACAAAAAGGAGGGGUUGAGGGAGGAAUUGUGGUGGUAACCUGAGUGUCUUGGCACCUGGCUGGUUCCCCCUUUCCCCCUCCCCCUGAGUACUUUCCAGGUGACAAAGGGGAGUUGGCAGUUUCCUGCCCCCAGAGGGAAGAUCUGAUUAUUGUCCUUCGUUCCAGUCCGUGCUGAAUCCACUCCCAUAUGCAAGUCCUUUGUGACCUUAAUGGUCUUCUGUCUAGGACCAUCAGGGUUGGCAUAGCAACUGGGCAGGGCUCCUGUGGAUGUGCUGGUAUGCUGAAGGGAUUAUGGCUGCCCUGUAUCAAACCUUCCCCAUUUUGUAGUCCUUCCUUCAUGGAGUGAAAUAAAAGUGGAACGGUGCAGAUCCGAUGUAUGGUUGAUUUUCUAUGAAUUUAUAACAGAAGCAUAGCGUAUGUAGUGUGUGAGUGUACAAACUGAAUGAUUGGGGGGGGGGUUCCUGCGACAACGAUCUACCUGUUGGAAAUGCCUGAUCUAUGCUAUGAACAUAAGAGGAGCCUGCUAGAUGAGGUCAAUGGCCCAUCUAGUUAGUUCCCAUCUUGUUCUCGCAGUGGCCAACAAACCAGAUGUCAGUGGGAAACCUGCAAGCAGGAUUCAAGCACGAGAGCCCUCUCUACUCCUGUGGCUUCCAGCAGCUGAUAGUAGUGUUGUUGUUGUUGUUUAGUCAUUUAGUCCUGUUCACCUCUUUGUGACCCCCUGGACCAGAGCAUGCCAGGCACUCCUGUCUUCCACUGCCUCCCACAGUUUGGUCAAACUCAUGCUGGUAGCUUCGAGAACACUGUCCAACCAUCUCGUCCUCUGUCGUCCCCUUCUCCUUGUGCCCUCCAUCUUUCCCAACAUCAGGGUCUUUUCCAGGGUCUUCUCUUCUCAUGAGGUGGCCAAAGUCUUGGAGCCUCAGCUUCAGGAUCUGUCCUUCCAGUGAGCACUCAGGGCUGAUUUCCUUCAGAAUGGAGAGGUUUGAUCUUCUUGCAGUCCAUGGGACUCUCAAGAGUCUCCUCCAGCACCAGAAUUCAAAAGCAGCAAUUCUUCAGUGAUCAGCCUUCUUGAUCGUCCAGCUCUCACUUCCAUACAUCACUACAGGGAAAACCAUAGCUUUAACUAUACGGACCUUUGUCGGCAAGGUGAUGUCACUGCUUUUUAAGAUGCUGUCUAGUUUCAUUUUAUACCAACAAACAAAGUACAGUAAUAUUCAACAGUCAUUUACCCACAUUCUUUCCCAACACUCUGCUGAGCAUUGACUUCCUUCCCUCCCUCCAACAGGUUUUCUUGCUUCAGUCACCUUUCCACAGUUUCUUAUUAUAUCCAGUCAGUCUACACCGUAAGAUUUAUUUCACUCCUGCCAGAGUCUUCAAAUCUCUACAGUUAUAUAAUCAAUAAACCUACUCCAAUCUCUUUGGAAUUUUGUUUCCUCCUGAUUUUGGAUUCUACAGGUCAGUUUUGCUAGUUCCACAUAAUCCACCAUCUUCAUCUGUCGCUCCUCUAUUGUUGGUAAUUCCGGUACUUUCCAUUUUUGGGCUAACAAAGUUCUGGCAGCAGUCAUAGCAUACAUAAAUAACCUUUGAUCUGCUUUUUUUAUUUCCUCUCCCAUCAAGCCUAGCAAGAAAGCUUCUGGCUUUUUCAGGAAAGUGUAUUUGAAUAUCUUUUUCAAUUCGUUAUAAAUCCUUUCCCAAAACGGUUUCAUUUUCUCACAUGUCCACCACAUGUGAUAAAAAUCUCCAUCUUUAUCUUUACAUUUCCAACAUGUCUUACUACUCAUCCUAUACAUUCUUGCCAAUUUAACAGGUGCCAAAUACCAGCGAUACACAUUUUCAUUGUAUUCUCUCUUAAGGUAGUACAUGCUGUAAAUUUUAUACUCUCAUUCCACAGUUUUACACAAGCAUCAUACUCAAUGUUAUGCCCAAAAUCCAUCGCCCAUUUUAUCAUCUCCUCCUUUGUCUGUUUUGUAUACCAUUCUAAUAAGAAAUUGCACAUUUUAGACAAUAAUUUGGUCCUGCCUUCUAGUAAUUUGAUUUGGAAUUUAGAUUUUUUUAUCAUUAAAUCCUACUUUCUUGUCACAUCUAAACACAUCAUUCACUUGAUGGUAUUGCAGCCAUCCUCCCCCGAGAUUCCUCUAGUCUAAUGCCCUGCAAUGCAGGAAUCACGGCUAAAGCGUCCACGGCAGAUGGCCAUAUAAUCUCUGCUUUAAAAUCCUGAAUGAUGGAGAUUCCACCACCUUCUGAGGUUGUCCACCCCGCUGUCAAACAGCUUUUACCCUCAGAAAGUUCUUCCUGAUGUUCAGUUGGCAUCUCCUUCCUUGUAACUUGAAAUAAUCGGUUUAGGUCCUCCCCUCCAGACCGGAAGAAAAUAAGCUUGCACCAUCUUCCAUGGGGGGGGGGGCAGCCCUUGAGAUAUUUGAAGAUGGAUCUCAUAUCACCUCUCAGUCUUCUCUUCUCUAUCAUCCUGUUUUGUAUGAGUCUUUUUUUAAUGUUUAAAUAAAUGUUAUUUUAUUAAUAAACAAAGAUAAGAUGCAUAAAGAAGUACUGUUAGUGCAGGUUGAAAGCAGCCUAAGGUUGGGCAUGGUCGUUCAACUUCACACACACACACACACACACACACACACACACACUUUUAUUAAUUUUUUGACAUCAGUUCCAACAGUCAUACAACAUAGCUUCUCAUUUUAUACAAUAUUUUUAGACUUCCAUCAACACCUCUGAUGAUUUUCUGCUCUUUAUCACUUAUUAUGCAUUUCUUAAUUUUUAUUUUACAUUUAAUUAUCCUUAACUAAUAAUUCUCUUCAUUGUCUUUCUUGCAAUAUUUCAAAUAAUCCUCCUUACAGAACUUCUUGCAGUGCUACUAGCAUAAUCUGUUCAUCACAGUUAUUUUCCAGAUAGUUCAUAUAUUUACUCCAGUCUUCUAAGAAUCUCUGAUCUCGCAGGUUUCGAAUCCUUCCUGUUCAUUUAUCUAAUUCUGCGUAGUCCAUCAACUUCAUCCUCCAGUCUUCUGGUCAUUCAACUUCUUGUUCCAAAACAUUACAAAAAAAAAUGUCAGUUUUCACAUAAACCUGUGAGGCUGGUUUAUAUGUAUUCUUUUGCAAUAAGUCAGCUUAAUCAUAAUUACUUUGGAUCAAUUUUUCUCAAACAGAGCAGGAUGUGUGCUUUUGCCUCUAUGCUCUUCUUUGCCCCAUAGGAGAGAAAGAGAGCCAUUCACUUCUGCAGGGGAAAGCUGGUUUGGGGGUGCUAGAGGAGCCCCCAAGACUCCUUCUAGACCAGGCAUCCAUCCCCACACUCAGCCCUCCAGAUGUUUUGGGACUCCCAACUCCCAUCAUCCCUAGCUAACAGGACCAGUGGUCAGGGAUGAUGGGAGUUGUAGUCCCAAAACAUCUGGAGGGCCGAGUGUGGGGCAGCCUGGUCUAGACAGUGGGAGCAGAGUCCUCUCCCCUCUGUGUGACCUUAUCCCUUCUCUCCUGGGUCCUUGGUCACGCUGGGAUGUGACAGAAUGUUGAGGUCCAGAGGUCAGCAAACUUUUUCAGCCGUGGGCCGGUCCACUGUCCCUCAGACGUUGUGGGGGACCGGACUAUAUUUUGGAAGCAAAAAAAAUGAACGGAUUCCUGUACCCCACAAAUAACCCAGAGAUGCAUUUUAAAUAAAAGGACACAUUCUACUCAGGUAAAAACACACUGAUUCCUGGACUGUCCAUGGGCCGCAUUUAGAAGGCAGUUGGGCCAGAUCUAGCCCACAGGCCUUAGGUUGCCUACCCAUGGUUGAGGAGCUUCCUCCUCCUUUGGGCUGGUGCUUCCCCCACUGGGUGGGGAGCGGUGGGAUUACUCAGGGGAUACUAAGAGGCAAGGGGGAGCUGGAGGUAUAAAUGCCUAUCAGACUUUGACAUCCAGCAUCGCUGGAUCAACUCCAUCCAUUUUGUGGCAUUAAUUAAGCUAAAUAGUUUUAAUUGGAUUCUGGAUAAAUGUGCAGUCAGCUGUUGCUGUUUUGAAUUUUAUUGGGUUAUAAUCGUAUAACCUUUUGAAGCAGAGGUUGGCUGGCCAUCUGUUGGGGGUUCUUUCGCUGUGGCUUUCCAGGGGGUUGGGCUAGAUGGCCGCUUGGGGUCCCUUCCAACACUACAGUUCUGUGGUUUUAUGAUUCCUUAAUGAGUCAGGCCAGGCACUGCUCGGAAUAAUGUGGGGUUUUUUUAAUCAGUUUGGGAUGAAUUUAUGGAACCAAGGGGGACGGUGGCCUGAAUGUUUGGGAGCUGGACAAACGCCUGGGUUAACACCUCCCCUCUUUGUCUCCCUUCCUCCUUGCAGAACCCCAGCUGAAAGGAAUUGUGACAAGGUUAUUCAGCCAGCAGGAAUUCUUCCUGCAGAUGCACCCAGAUGGGACGAUUGAUGGGACGAAGGACGAGAACAGCGACUACAGUGAGUCUCUCUCUCUCUUUCCUUUAGCUACCUGGUUAUAAAUCACACCCAUUGCCUGGCCACCCUCACAAACAGGCUCUUCACGGUGGUCCCCCCCCCCUUUUCAGGCAAAGUGUUAAAUUACAGCUAAGGCAGCUGUUCCCUGCGCUGGGUCCCCUGUCAGCGCUUCCCCUUUAAAUAAAUCUCUCCUGCAUUGCUAUUCUCACUCCUUUCUUUCUUUCUUUUUUGCCCCUGACGCUGCAGCUGCUGUCUGGGGGUGGCGGGGAGAACAAAACUCUUGCUUCCCAAGGAGGGAUGCCAAGGGAGGAAGCGAGAGAGAUUUAUUUGGAUGGCAGAUUGACUGGCUGGGGAGAGGAGGAGGAGGAGGAGGAGGGUGAGAGGAAGCAGGGUGCUGCUGCUCCUGUCUCUCUGCUAGGAGGUAGGAAGAAUAUUCUUGCAGCAACACCCCCGGGGAAAAAGAGACUUAGGCUUUGCUGGUCCAUAAAGAAGGCUGAUUGCCGAAGAAUAGAUGCUUUUGAAUUCUGGUGCUGGAGGAGACUCUUGAGAGUCCCAUGGACUGCAAGAAGAUCAGACCUCUCCAUUCUGAAGGAAAUCAGCCCUGAGUGCUCACUGGAAGGACAGAUCCUGAAGCUGAGGCUCCAAGACUUUGGCCACCUCCUGAGAAGAGAAGACUCCCUGGAAAAGACCCUGAUGUUGGGAAAGAUGGAGGGCACAAGGAGAAGGGGACGACAGAGGACGAGAUGGUGGGACAGUGUUCUCGAAGCUACCGGCAUGAGUCUGACCAAACUGUGGGAGGCAGUGGAAGACAGGAGUGCCUGGCAUGCUCUGGUUCAUGGGGUCACGAGGAGGCGGACAUGACUAAACAACAACAACAACAAAACAUGGAAAUUGGGCAAAGACUGGGGUCGGGGAAGCAGUGAGAUGCUCAGGAGUCCUUUGUCCUUCCAGCAUCCGAUAAUGAAGUCCCAGUCUGGGUCUGGGUCAUUUCAAGGCUCAGAUCAUCUCCAGAAAACCUUUUUAGUGUGCAUUCAUAAGAACAUAGGCUGGCCUCAACCACAGCCAGGGAUUUUUUGGUUGUGGCCCCAAUCUGGUGGAACGCUCUGUCCCAAGAGACUAGGGCCCUGCGGGACUUGACAUCUUUCCGCAGGGCCUGCAAGACGGAGCUGUUCCACCAGGCCUUUGGCCAAGGCACAGCCUGACCCCCUCCUUUGGUAAUCAUCACAGAACUCUAGCCAAAUGGUUGCCAUUAAUUUGAUUUUGAAUUGAUUCUAUGAUGACUUGAUAUUAGAACGCUGUGUUACUUUUAUUGUUGUUAGCCGCUCUGAGCCUGGCUUUGGCUGGGGAGGGCGGGAUAUUAUUAUUAUUAUUAUUAUUAUUAUUAUUAUUAUUAUUAUUAACAUAAGGAGACAUAAGGAGACAUUAACAUAAGGCCAACCAAAUAUCCAUUAUGGGAAACCCACAGGUGGGAUCCGAGCACAGGAGAAAUCUCCUCUCCUGCUGUUUCAAGCAAGAAGCACUCAAAAAUACUUCUGCCUCCAAAUGAGGAGGAAGAGAAUGUCCAGUCCUCUUUUAAUAAGAAGAGUUUGGGUUUGAUAUCCCCCUUUAUCACUCCCCUAAGGAGUCUCAAAGCGGCUCACAAUCUCCUUUCCCUUCUUCCCCCACAACAAACACUCUGUGAGGUGAGUGGGGCUGAGAGACUUCAAAGAAGCGUGACUGGCCCAAGGUCACCCAGCAGCUGCAGGUGGAGGAGCGGGGAAUCAAACCCAGUUCACCAGAUUACGAGUCCACCGCUCUUAACCACUACACCACACUGGCUCUCUUUUACAGCCAGCCAAGCUGUUGGCCAUCACUGCCUCCUGUGGGAGGGAGUUCCACAGAUUAACCAUGUGCUGCAAUGAAGAAGGACUUUCUUUUCCUGUCCUAAAUCUUCCAGCCUUCAGCUUCAUUGAAUGUUCAAGAGUUCUAGGGCAAUGAGAGGGGAAGAAAAGCAUUUUUUCCCCUAUCUGCUUUCUGCAUAGGCUUCUAUCACAGCUCCUCUUCCUUCCUGUUCUCUAAAAUAGGAAGUCCCCCAGCUGCAAUCUUUCAUUUUAAGGGAGUCUCUUCAGCCCCAGAAAUGCUGGAUGGCAGGAAGGGGGAAUCUGCAGGCAAGGCCACCUCAGAGAAGCAGCCCUACAGACCUCUUACAGAUCAAGCUUUCGAAGUGUCCUGGAGGCCACCUGCUCUAGCAGAAGCAUGUUCUGGAAAACUGCCUUGAGCUUGUCUUACAUCUCCACGAACAGGCAGCUCGCCCUCCCCAGCCAUGCCCCAAACUAGGCUUUUGCCAAAUUAUCUCUCAUCAUUUAAACGCAGAAACAACCUAGUUGCAUUUUUUAAUGUAUUUAUUUUUUUGUAGAGGGGAAUGCAUUAAUUCAUGUUGAGGGACCCCCAGGGCAAGCCGGUGCUUUCACUGGAGGAGUCUCUAGAGCAAGGCAAGGCUGACUCCUUGCGUGGGCUACACUCCCCCCCCCAUCUCUGUGAAUAACACUCGGAUCGCGUGUUAACAUGAUGGAGCCAGAGUGCGUCUUCAAGACCUCUGAACACCUUCACCAGCCUAGUGCCCUCCAGAUGUUUCGGUGAAGGCUGGCUGAAGCACGUCUUGUCGGAGAAUCUGUUGGAAAUUAUGGAACAAAAACUGAAAUGUGUGGGAAGGCUGUGCUUGCAAGAGAACCAUGUAAGCAGGAGGAGCUGGUGGAGGAGGAAGAAGAGAAGGCUGAAUGGUUGCCAUUUGCUUAAAGUCUAAAUGCUGCUGUGUCUUGCAUCCACCGUGGCACUUUCCUUUCUGCCCCAAGCAGGUUCAGUGGUCCUGUUGUCUAGGCUCUGGUAACCUCAAGGUUAGAUUACUGCAAUGCAUUAUAUGUAGGGCUGCCUCUGAAGACGGUUUGGAAACCUCAGCUAGUGCAGAAUUCAGCAACCAGGUUGCACACUGGAGCAAGUCGGUUUGCGCCUAUUACAUCGAUCCUGGUCUGACUGCACUGACUUCAAAUUAGUUUCCGGGCCCAAUUUGAAGUGCUGGUUUUGACCUAUAAAAUCUUAAAUGGCUCAGGACCACAAUACCUCAAGCACCACCCCUCCCCAUAUGAACCUACCCUGAGAUCAUCUUCGUGUACCCCUUCCUUGAGAGGUUCAGAGGGCGGCAACACGAGAACAGGGCCUUCUCUGCAGUGGCACCCCUUCUGUGGAAUGCUCUCCCCAGGGAAGUUCGCCUGGUGCCUUCAUUACACACAUUUAGGCACUAGGCAAACCAUUCCUUUUUAACAAGGCCUUUGGUUUACCUUCCUGACAUCCAACACACUUUUAGAAAGUGGGGUUUUUUGGGGGGUUAUUGAUUUUGGUUUGACUUUAUAUGUUGUGGUCUUGUUGUGAACUGCCCUGAGACCUCUGGGCAUAGGGUGGUGUAUAAGUUGUCUGAACGAAUAAAUAAAAGUUUCCAGGCCCUGAUUUGGAAAGGGAGGAAUAACAUCGCUGGAGGGAGCUUAGAAAUUUGAUUCCGCGGCGAGGUUCUCCUUGUUGAUCUUGAGGAGGGUUACCCUUCCUCUUCCCUGUCGUCUCUGAGACAGCCCUUCACCGCAAGACAAAUGGAUUGCAGAGAAUGAGUGAUGGCAGCCAUUUACCUUCAUUAUCCGUAGUGAUGUGCUCCAUUUUUUCCCAGUCAAAAGUGCUUAUAAAUAGACUUGUUAAUUGCAAGGUUUCAGCGCACUGAUGUGGCACCAAAGGUUUAGAAAUAGUUUUCUGCCUCGACUGGCAGAGCUAGAUAGGAAGGUCGCCCAUCUCUCCCAGAGGAGCCAGAGAUGAGACUCACCAGUUUCAGUUUACAUAUUUAAAUUGGAGAUUCCCCCACCCCUCGCAUUUUGAAUUCUUCAGUUGUCCAUGGUCCAUUCUCCAGAGGCAGCUUAAGCUGGUUUUUGGGGGUGGGGGCAGUGGGAUUCCCUAGGGGCAAGGGAGUAUAGACCACUUAUAAAGGCCAUCUCCAACUCCUCAAAAGAUUCCAUCAACGGUGUCUCUGAAAAUUUUUACACAUCACUUGGGAAGACAGGUGAACUAAUUUCAGUGUUCUGGAAGGAGCAAAGAUCACCAGAGUUGAAGCAAUGAUUCUUCAAUGUCAACUUCGUUGGACUGGUCAUGUUGUGCAGUUGCCUGAUGAUCGUCUUCCAAAGCAACUACUCUAUUCCGAACUUAAAAAUGGAAAGUGUAAUGCUGGUGGUCAACAAAAGAGAUUCAAAGACUGUCUCAAGGCAAAUCUUUAAAAAUGUAAUAUAAACACUGACAACUGGGAAACACUGGCCUGCGAGUGCUCCAGUUGGAGAACAGCCUUGACCAAAGGUGUCAUGGGCUUUGAAGACACUCGAACUCAGGACACAAGGGAGAAACAUGCUAAGAGGAAGGCACGCUUGGCGUGACCAACUCCCGCCUGGAAACCCAUCUCCCCACUGUGGAAGGACGUGUGGAUCCAGAAUUGGCCUCCACAGUCACUUACGGACUCAUUGUUAAAACCAUGUUUAUGGAAGACGAUCUUACUCUGCUACGAGGGAUCACCAAAGAAGGAGGAGGAGGUAUAGAUGCCUACCAGACUUUGAAAAGCUGCCUCUGGUUCAUCAGUUUUGUUGACUAAAUUAAACUAAAUAGUUUCAACUGGAUUUUGAAUAAAGGUGCAAUUCAUUGUUACUGUUUUGAAUUUUAGGGUGUUAUUAUCUUCCUUAGCCGGUUGUGCAGAUUGCUAUUUUGUACAAUGUUUUUUUGUAGGGUAGAGGGCCCUGGGGGUGAGUUGAUGGAAGCUAGGGGGGUCAGUGGCCCCCAAAAGUACCACUGAUUUAAAACAAUGAUGACGCAUAUAUAAAAAAUCGGCACGAACCCAAGGCAGAAACCAAUUGGGAUAAAGAUUGCAUUUCUUUCUUUAUUUCAUAAAAGUUAUAUACUUGUUCGAAGUCCAGCAAAAGUCCAAAACAUCUGGAGAGUGCCAGGUUGACAGAGGCUGAUAGGGAGGUGAGCGCAGGGAGCCUGAGACGUCUUGGACUGGAGCACUGGACUCAACGGCUUUCUCCUUCGUCUUGCUCCUCCUAGCAAUUUAAGCUAAUUUCCCCCUCUCUCUCCUUCCAUCCUCCAGCUCUCUUCAAUCUAAUCCCCGUGGGUCUUCGUGUGGUGGCGAUUCAGGGGGUGAAGGCUGGCCUCUACGUGGCCAUGAACGCCGAGGGCUAUCUCUACAGCUCAGUAAGUUCACAGCGUGGCUUUGACCUUGUCUCUGGGGCUGGUGGGAUCGGACCAGGGUGUUUUUGUUGAGCAUUCGUGGGCAGGGACAGGGCCAGAUUGAGGUUUGAUGAGGCCCUCAGCUCCUGAAGGUAAUGGGGCUCUUUCUAUGUCCAGCUGUCCUUUGUCAACAACAAAUUGUCACUGUUUUUGUGUUGAAUAUAUGCUAUAUGGUAAUUGAUGGACCUAAUAGGUAUCUCAAGCCAUUUGCACAUGCAGAAUGUAGGCACCCAAUAUAUAGAAAGGAGCAAACCAGAGAUAUUUGAGGGAGCAGGCUAGCAGACAGAGCCCAUGACUUACAUCAUAGGAGCCUACAGAACACAAAACACUGUUGCUGCAUGUAGGUUUUCUUUUCUUUUAAUCUUAUAUUUUGGAAAUGUACAUCCAGGUUUUUUUUGCCUUUAAAUUUUUUUAGGGGGCCCAAGAGAGUGGGGCCCUAAGCUAUAGAUUGUUUAGAUUAUAUGUAAAUCCAGCAGUGGGCAGGACAAAGGCAGACACAAUAUUUUUAAUACAGAAGAUUUUUUCCCCUUCUGUGGUGUGAACGUGGGCUUCACCUAGGCUCUCUGCCUUAAAAAGAAAUUAAACAAGCUCAUAUAUGUUAAAGACAUACUAUAUAUACUGUAUUGCAAAGCUGCUUGGGGUAGGGGGAAGGUGUGUCGGUGAUGUCACAGGUGCUGGCCAGGGCUGCCUUUCCCUGGGUCUUCUUGCUGAAAACAUGUCGAGUGGUUUGCAGAGGAGGCCAGUCGGUUAGGACAAAGGGGGCGCUGCCCCACCAACCUUGGCCUCCCCUUGUCAUGCCAGCAUCUGCCUGCCUUCUUCCUUACAACCAAUCCUGGGUGGGGGGCAGGGGAGCACUGCCUGUCUGUAUCCUCUUCCUUAGUCUCAGUGUUGACCUUGAAUAACUCAGUAGGGUUGUCAGCCCCCAGGUCUGAGAUGGUGUCCCGGUUUGCCUGGUAGAUGGAGGGCUUGAAUAAUGAUGGUCGUUAUGAUUAUUACCAUCCAUGGAGUUUGCAAGCUUCAGCUCAACAGGAGCUGGCUGCAAAUUCUAGCAAAGACACUCCCCUCUCCCAAUUAACCUCCGUCUCCAGAUCAAAUUAUAGCAUGGACACUUGGGGGGUGGGUGCGUUUGCUGUCCUCUGCUUUGCUGUCCCAUUUAACCUCCAUCUGCAGGGCCCACCCCUGUGACCUCAUCACCACCCACACCCAUGACAUCAUCAGGGGUUCCCCCUAGGUUUCAGAUUUGGGCCCUGAAAUUUCUGGGUCUUUCUCGUUCUUGACCUGGUAACCUAAAAACAUUGGAAUUAUUGGGCUCUGUCCGCACGGGCACCAAGCUCUGCUAAGUGUUUUUCCCCAGCUGCUCCUGGCAGAGAAGAAGGUGACACUUUUCCACCUGACCUAAGUACAAAAGGGAAGGCAGAGGCAAUGUUGUAUAUGAGAUAAAGAGCUGAGAGUUGAGCAAAAGGUCCUGCCAGCCUUAUGUCACAGCUCCAGGGGAACCCUGGCAGAAGCUGCCUGGCAGUUGCCCAGACCUCGUUCCCUGGGCUUGAACCCCAAGGCCUGGCCCGACUCUUGCAGAAGAUGAUGUCUCUGUGACAGAUCAUGGUCCCGGGAUGCAUUUGUGGCCGGGCCGUAUUCUGUAUGCAGAGGAGCCACCUUGAAUUAGCAUAUAGAUUGAUUAUAAUCUGGAGGAGUUCUGUACAGGGAUCAGAACAAUUGGAGCUGGUCCUUUCCAGGAAGCAACAGGAAGUGGGCACCUCAGGUGGGGGUUCUGCAAGUGCCUCUCAAUGUUCAGUAGUGCGAGCACAGAAAAAGCAAAAUCCCCAGUGAAACGAGAUCUGUUUUUAAUGAGUGCCAAGGGUGUGUUUGUCUACUGUUUCAUCUCGCUCUGCCCCGCACUGAAAGCGACUUGUGAACAUUUAUUGUGCAAACCAGUGGGUUCCAAAAUGGGUGGGAUUCUUAGUGGGGUGCUAAGGGGCAGCGGGAAGUCGCUGGGGGUGCAAAUGACUCUCAGACUUUGAAAAGCUGGCAUCGCCAGGCCAGACCACGUUCACCAGCCCUUGGUUUAAUAGUUUUAACUGGCUUUGAAUAAACUUGUAAUUAACUGCUCCUCUUCUGAAUUCUUUGUGCUCUGUUCUUCUUUAGUGGACCAUGCAGACCACUGUUCUGAAUGAUGCUUUUUAUAGGGUAGUGGGAACUGGGGGGGGGGGGGAUGAGUUGAUGGAACCAAGGGGGCGGGAAUCCACAUGGUAUAAAUCUUAUUUUUGCAGCGUGUGAUGCAUCCAGCAUGGGGUUCUCUGUGUCUGGAUGGACUGAUGGAAGAAGGGUUUGUCUUGUGCCAAAAUUUACCCAGAUCCGAUGUUCAUUGUGGGGAAGGAGGUGGGAUGGCAAGGGGCAGGCGUUGCAAGGUGGGAAAUUGGAGCAAGGAGAGGCUUUAAAUCUUCCUGUUUGACGGAUUCCAGCACAAUUGCUUUUUAAAAUGGCGUGGAAGGGCAGAGAGAGGUUAACUGCCAGGGGACUCAUUUAAAAUAAAUAAUUGAUCCUUGCUGAUUUAUUAAAUAGGACCGGUAGUUUGCUAGCGGUGUGUUCAUGCUUGACUUUAUUCCGCUUGAUUGCUGCCUCAUUAAAAGCCGUCAUUAAGGUGUGCCUUUCGUCCCGUCCUGCAUUUGAGGCGCAAAAUGCAGCUGGGAAAGAUCUUGGCUCUAUCGUUUUGCAUUGUGGGGCAUCCAGCACUGUGCAUGGGCACAGUCCCCUGGCAUACACUUAUUUAACUGCCCAUCCUGCUGGAUGUAAGCCUUAUACACAGAAAGGCCUUCGGUUGCCCACCCAUGUCUUAAAUCUUCUCUGGCGCACGUAAGAAGUGGCCCAUCCUGGCUGGGAGCCAUUGAUCGUUCUCUCUCCCCCUCCAUGGAUUUGUCCAAUCGUCUUUGAAAGCUAGUGGUGGACCUCACUGCCUCUUGUGGGAGCCAGUUGCAUACUUAGUUAUGUGCCGGACGAAGGACGUUCUCUUCUCCAGAUGAAACAUAUGUGGCUCUUUCAACCCCUCCCUGUGGUUUUCAGACCCCCUCCCUGUCCCAACUGCCUUCCCCUGUUCAUCCUCCAGUUUCUCCUUACUACAGAGUGUGGCGAUCACACAGGGUCCCCGGACGUUUAACGGUCUAUUGAUCCCUGCGCCACCACUGUGCUCGCUUCCCCGCUGCCACCAACCAGUUACUCUCAGGUAAAACACUGAGUCCAGUCAGUUGUUAAAAGUGAACAACAAACAAAAAAAAAACAAGCUUAUUUUACAAACAUUAACAAGUUUAUGGUGUCUCAGAUAAUAUUCCUGUCAGUAUCUUACCUUCAGUUUCUUUACCAGCUUAUAUCUUCCUAAUACGUUCUGACUGAUUAUCUCAACUGUGUGACUGACUCCUCUUAACAAAUUUUCUCCCUCUCUCACACCAGACUAGCCCAGCCCACAGACUUAUCUUCUCUGUCUCUUCUAACUCCAGACUGUCAUCUCAACAACUCUAACUCCCUCAAAAAACCUCUGUGCUUAAACUUAUACACUGUUAACUCUGCCCCCUGGGUUCCCAUUAGUUAGUCAUUUUACAAUUAGUUAACCCUUUCCCUAUGAACCCAGUAUGAUGUCACACACAUAGGAGGGCAAACGCCACACAGAGGUUUUCAAGUUUUGGGGGUUCACGGCUCCCUUGACCAACUACCUUCUUUCUGUGACAUCCUGUGGGGCUCAGGAGUCCAGUUAUGCCACCCCAUGCCUUCAGAGCUGGCAUCCCCUCACCCUUUUCGAACACCCUCCCUUGUGGAGAGUUCCUUCAGCCUCCUCUCCUCUCCUUGGGAGUCCUCUGGGCAGCCGCUGCUGCCGCCUCUGGUCUCUGAGCUGCCCCACAGAGAGGUGCCUCCUCACACUGCCCCACAGGGGCCUUGGAAGCACCCCCUGGCCAGCCCCAAAGGCACCAUUCGCCUGCAGCGCUUGUAGCCAUGGCUGCUGCAACAAACAGCUGUGCAAGCCUUUGGGAGGCAGAGAUACAAGAGGGCAUCAGAGGAGGGGGGGAAGCAAAGAGGGCCCACCAGUCAAGGCACCCCAGGGUACCACGGCACACUGGUUGGAAACCACUGCCUUCCUAUAUGGGGUGUAGAGCUGGGCCCAGGAGCCUUUUCCAGGAUUUAGGUCUCCUCCGUCCCCAUCCUUUCAAAAUCCGGAUCUGCUUUGCCGCUGACAAGGAAGUCCCUCGCUGCUUAACUCUGGCUCUUCAUUCCCUUUCAGUAGGCAAGGGAUAAUUAAAUUAUUUACUGGAAGUGGUUUGGAAAGCAAAGAGUGCAGUCUUCAAUAUUUAAAAUCUCAUCUCCUUGCAGCGGGGAAGGGAGUCUGCGCAGCUGAUAGUUUGGGAUGCAGGAGUUACAGCUUCGUGUUGCACAUCAAAGCUGAUUGCUAAUAAAGGCAAGGAAUCGUUAUGCAAAAGUUGUUGAGGGUUUUUAUAUGUAUUUUUAAAAAACUCUAAACCAGGAGUAGGCAACCUAAGGCCCAGGGGCCAGAUCCGGUCCAAUCGCCUUCUAAAUCCGGCCCGCAGACGGUCCGGGAAUCAGCGUGUUUUUACAUGAGCUGAAUGUGUCCUUUUAUUUAAAAUGCAUCUCUGGGUUAUUUGUGGGGCAUAGGAAUUCGUUCAUUUCCCCCCCAAAAAUAUAGUCCGCCCCCCCUCCAAGGUCUGAGGGACAGUGGACUGGCUCACAGCUGAAAAAGGUUGCUGCCCCCUGUUCUAAACAGUGUUCUCUCCCCACCCCCCAGUAAAACAGCUCAUGUCCCUUUAGGAUCAUUUUAAUUUCCUGUCUCAGCUUGGCCUCUUUAUUCUGCUCCAUCACUUUGCAGGAUAAUAAGCAGUCAGGAGUGGCCCCCUCCCCGUGUCUUGGCGGAGGACUCCCCCCUCUCCCAGCUGUGUUGGAAGUAAAUCAUUGCUGCCUCUCCACCUGGUCCAAUUUCAUCUCUGUUGGUUCAAGGUCCUUGCUUGGAAUUGGGCAGGAGAUGCGAUGUUAGCAAGCUUGGUGAGCUCCUGGGGCUUAGCACUGACAGGGUGCUAUAUCAUAGGAUUGUCGUGUGGGGAAGGGACCCCCAAAGGCCCUCCAGUCCAACCCCCUGCAAUGCAGGAAUCACAGCUAAAGCAUUCCUGAAAGGUGGCCACCCAACCUCUACUGAAAAACUUCCAAGGAAGGAGAGGCCACCACCUUGUGAGGGAAUCUGUCCCACUGCUGAACAGCUCUCACAGCCAGAAGGUUCUUCCUGGUGUUUAGUCAGAAUCUCCAUUCUUGUGACUUGAGUCAUUUAAUCGUGUCCGCCUCUUCGUGACCCCCUGGACCAGAGCACGCCAGGCACUUCUGUCUUCCACUGCCUCCUGCAGUUUGGUCAAACUCAUGCUGGUAGCUUUGAGAACACUGUCCCACCAUCUCGUCCUCUGUCGUCCCCUUCUCCUUGUGCCCUCCAUCUUUCCCAACAUCAGGGUCUUUUCCAGGGAGUCUUCUCUUCUCCUGAGGUGGCCAAAGUCUUGGAGCCUCAGCUUCAGGAUCUGUCCUUCCAGUGAGCACUCAGGGCUGAUUUCCUUCAGAAUUGAGAGGUUUGAUCUUCUUGCAGUCCAUGGGACUCUCAAGAGUCUCCUCCAGCACCAUAAUUCAAAAGCAUCCAUUCUUCGGCGAUCAGCCUUCUUUAUGGUCCAGCUCUCACUUCCAUCCAUCACUACUGGGAAAACCAGAGCUUGAACUAUACGGACCUUAGACCCUAGAAGGGAUGUGUAUCUGUGUUUGCACUGAAAAAAAUACAUCCAGCCUGUUCACUGGGCCUCCAAUGUGCAACAUGAUGAGGAUUCGGAUUGGCACUGAGGAACUGCAGAUGGCUCUUCCCUUUUUCCUUUUUUCCUCGAGGCCCAGAGAGCCUUUGGGGUUUGGAAUUGUAGUGGCCUUCUCCAGUCAGGUGCCCUCCAGAUAUUUUGGACUGCAUCUUCCAUCAUCCACAGCCAACGCCACUGUUGCCGAAUGGGGCAGAUGGGAACCUUAGUCCGAAACGUCUGGAAAGCACCAGGCUGGGGGAGGCUGGAUUAGUGCCAGGGAGAUCUAGAUGUAGCUGGAAGAUGCGGAGCCGCUGAAACAGAUGCUCCGCUCUGAGCAAGUGGGUAAUUGCUGAAUCCUGUUCUUGGCAGGGACGCCAGCAAGAUAAAUUGGGUAGAAAGCAAAGCCAUAGAUUCCUUCUUCCCACCUCAGGCCUGCCCAUAUUAUGGGGAAUUGACAUGUCUCUGGUGUCCUAGAACUCUGGGAUUUCCAUUACGAGGCGGUUGAUGCUCGCUGCUGAAAUCGCGGCGCUUGCAAGCCGGCACGUCCUUUUGCACAGAAGCCCUGAAUGAUCCUGGGGCGCUCGAUUUCCCACUCUAAAGAGUGACAUGACACCAAUUAUUAUUUGCGGUGAUUUCCAAGCUGGACCCAGUAUCACAGUUUUAUCAAAGUCUCCUUUUAUCAGAGGACAAAUUGUGUUCCGAACACGAGAGAAUCUCCACUCAGACAGCUGCAUGUCAGAGUAUUGUUGUGGGAUUAUUAUUAUUUUUGGGGGGUCAGUCUGGAUGAACCCCUGAGUCCCUUCCCAUUCUUUGGGUGCUGCACCCAGUGAGGGUUAGACUCUAACAAAGGGUUUGAUGGCUGAACUAGUCAGACAAGCUUCUUUGUAAGGCAAGGACCUUAGCUGGCCACUUGGAUGUCUGCAUCAGCCCCCCCCCCCCCCCGAAUGAAUUGAGCUAGUUUGCAAGAGCUGCAAGUAAGUGGUGGGGCCCUCCAGACUAGGGAACGGGGCAACUUUCCUCCCGCUUGGAUCCUGCUUGUGGGUUCCCCAUGGGCGUCACUGUGAGAACAGGAUGUUGGACUCCAAGGGCAGGCCCCCUUUGGCCUGAUCCAGCAAAGCCUUCCUAUGUCUGAGGCCUCUUCAUUGAAGGUUUGGGGCGACAGUGUCGACAACGCUCACAGAUGAGAGUCUCUUGGAACGGUAACAAAGACUCCUUUCCUCCCCUCCUGUUUACUUGGCAGGGAAUAAAUCUGUUUCAGAAUGUUAAUUGCCGCAGUGAUUGUCUGUGUCGAGGGCAUAAAACUCAGCAGCCUGCCAGCUAUGGCAUUUCCCUGUGCAAUUCAGGAUCCGCAGUAUAUUCCGAGAGGGAUUUGAGAGGCAGAAUGAUAUGCGGUAAUUGUGCCACGUCUGUAAACACCGACUUUGCAAUGGGAGAUGUUUUUCUUUUUCUCUUUCCUUAAAGCACAUGGCUGAUAUAUGACCGGCCGUUGCAAAGUGUGAUGGCUUCAGGGAAGUUUUGGAAAGCAGGGAGACCCCGGAGGGGUGGCUGCGUGACAAGCGAACCAGGGCAGCUCUGGAGGGUCACAAUAUUUGGGGGGAAAUCAGAUGCAUCCGGCUCAAUCGUUCAGAUUUUUUUUUCAAAAUAUUGUCCGGCCCCCCACAAGGUCUGAGGGACAGUGGAUCGGCCCCCUGCUGAAAAAUUUUGCUGAAAGAGAGAGAAUGGUGUAAUGGUUAGAGUACUGGACUAGGAUUUGGGGGAGAUCAGGGUUCAGCUCCCUCCACUGGGCGAUCUGGGUGGCCAUUCACUGCCUCUCUCAGCCUACCUCACAGGGUUGAUGUUGAGGGGGUCAAAUGAGGAGGGGGAGAACCAUGUACAGGCCACCUUGAACUCCUCAGUGGGGGGAAAUGGUGGGGUAUAAAGGUAAAGGGACCCCUGACCAUUAGGUCCAGUCGUGGCCGACUCUGGGGUUGCGGCGCUCAUCUCGCUUUAUUGGCCGAGGGAGCCGGCGUACAUCUUCAGGUCAUGUGGCCAGCAUGACUAAGCCACUUCUGGCGAACCAGAGCAGCGCAUGGAAACGCCGUUUACCUUCCUGCCGGAGUGAUACCUAUUUAUCUACUUGCACUUGGACGUGCUUUUGAACUGCUAGGUUGGCAGGAGCAGGGACCAAGCAACUGGAGUUCACUCCGUCGUGGGGAUUCGAACCGCCGACUUUCUGACCGGCAAGCCCUAGGCUCUGUGGCUUAACCCACAGCGCCACCCGCGUCCCAUGGUGGGGUAUAAAUAGCAGUAAAUAACAACAACUACUCAGGUUUAUCAUUUAUUCAUUUGAUUGAUUUAUACCCCAGCUUUCAUCUAAGGAGGUCAAGGUGGUGGGCUUGGCCUCCCCCCCACCCCAUUUUUAUCCUCAUGACAACCCUGUGAGGUAGGUCAGGCUGAGGGUUCGAGUGACUGGCCCAAGUGGAUUAACGUGCUCCAUUUCCCGAAGCGUAACAGAGCCUCUGUUACAAAUCAGAACGGCCCUGUGAUCUGUGGGUGAAAGGCGGCAUGUGAAUUUACUAAAGAAGAAAAAUUGCUCAGCUCAGCCAAGAGCGGAGACAGUCUUAGGCACAGUGGAAUGGGCUCCACUGGGAAUUCUUCAGCUGAGAUCCUGGCAUUUCAGGGGGUUGGGCUGGAUGACCCUUGAGGGUCCCUUUGAACUCUACAGUUCCAUGAUUCACCACCUAAACUUUGCAAAGCAAAUCAGGAUGUACACCCAAGAAAGGGUUUGUCAGGAGGAGCCAUCAGGUAACGGUUUGCCACAAACGGAGAGCUUGGGCUUCAUUCAUUCAUUGAAUUUAUAUACAGUGGUACCUCGGGUUAAGUACUUAAUUCGUUCCGGAGGUCCGUUCUUAACCUGAAACUGUUCUUAACCUGAAGCACCACUUUAGCUAAUGGGGCCUCCUUCUGCUGCCGUUGCACCGCCGCUGCACUAUUUCUCUUCUCAUCCUGAAGCAGAGUUCUUAACCCGAGGUACUAUUUCUGGGUUAGCGGAGUCUGUAACCUAAAGCGUCUGUAACCUGAAGCAUCUGUAACCCGAGGUACCACUGUACCGCCCUGUACCUGGAGGUCUCAGGGCUCCUUCACCUGUGUGGGAGGUGAGCGGAAGGUGUCUUCUGCAAGCCAAGCGUUUAUGCUGAUCAGAUUUCUUCCAGGAGAGCCGUCCUCUCAAAACAAAACUGAAGCACCCUCUCUCGAUUCCUCAACAUGAGUGCAUGGUGCGCUGGCUUGGAUGUGAGCCAUUGCUGCCAUUAACAAAGCAGAGAGGAGCUUUUUUCCCAGGUCCUUUCUUCCCAGCUCCAUUGCAGGAUGCUGGCACUGCUCCCUGCUUUGGAGGGAUGCUGCUCCAGAGAUAUGGAGAGGCUUUCCUAAAUCCUGGUCUGUUAUUUCCUCCCCCUCCCCACUGCCUCUCUCUCCAGCUCUGCCCCAGAUGCUCAGUCCGUGUUAAAAGCUUUCUGGCCUGUGGAAGUCGCUCUCUUGAUGGAAAUGAGAGGUGACAGGGAGAAGGCAAAUCUUGCUGCGUCUUCCUUGCCUCCCUCUCGAGAAAGUGGGGCUUUUCCCUUCUUGAGGGGCUGAGGGCUCCGUGCAGGAUGCAUUAUUGAUCGUGGUGCGUGGGCGUCCUGCCUCUGCCCGUGUUUGCAGGAACCACCGUCUUUGAGACCCACCUGGCAAUUUCAGAACCCAGAAUCAGGAACACCUCGCCGCUCCGAGAUUUGUAUUUUUGCAUUAAAACAUUCAGAUUAUUCAUCGUUGAGUUUCUGAAUAUCCGCAGACACAAAAAGGAGAAAGCAAGCGUCUUGUGCAUAAAAGAACUAAAGAAAAUAAAAGCCAUUGGGAUGGAAAAGCUCAGUCAGAAAUUUAGGAAAUCUCAUUUCAAUAUUAGGAACUAAGGGUGUAAAAAUAAGGACAUAAGGAGAGUCUCACAGAUUCUCACAACAACAACAACAACAACUAUUAUUAAUUAAUUAAUUAAUUAAUUAAUUAUACCCUGCCCAUCUGGCUGGGUUUUCCCAGCCACUCUGGGAAGCUUCCAACAGAAUAUUAAAAGACAAUAAAAGAUCAAACAUUAAAAACUUUCCUAAACAGGGUUGCCUUCAGAUGUCUUCUAAAAAUCAGAUAGUUGUUUAUUUCCUUGACAUCUGAUGGGAGAGUGUUCCGCAGGGCAGGCGCCACCACCGAGAAGGCCUUCUACCUGGUUACUUGUAGCUUCACUUCUCACAGUGAGGGAACCGCCAGAAGGCCCUCGGCUCUGGACCUCAGUGUCUGGGCAGAACGAUGGGGGUGGAGACGCUCCUUCAGGUCUACUGGGCCGAGGCCGUUUAGGGCUUUCCAGGUCAGCACCAGCACUUUGAAUUGUGCUCGGAAACGUACUGGGAGCCAACAUAGGUCUUUCAGGACCAGUGUUAUGUGGUCUCAGCGGCCACUCCCAGUCACCAGCCUGGCUGCCACAUUCUGGAUCAGUUGUAGUUUCUGUCAGGAGCUCACCCUACUCUCAAGUAGGACCCUGGCAAAGACACAUGCCCGACUGGCAUGUUCUCUCCCUUCUAGUCGUUCAUUCGGGAGCUUCAAAAGCUUUCUUCAGCCCGAACAUCACAGCGACCGAUACCAACAGACACUGGCACACUUAGGGAUCUGCAGAGGCUUAACAGACCUCAGCAACUCAGCAUUUUGGCUAAUCUACUUUAUUUACAUAUAAACACACACGGAGCACAGCAACAUGGCUCCCUCUCUCUCUAGCAUCAGACUGCAAAGAGAGAAAUAGUCCCAAUUCAUGGAACACAGUAACACAAACAUCCUGUCUCCGUCACUUCCCACUCUGCGGAGUCAAAACAUACACCGUCAUGUGAUAGACAACAAUCCCAUGACUGCAGUCAUGGAGCAGGAAUUCUAACAGUUUCCAGGUCACCUUCCAAGGUAGCCCCAUGUAGAGCGCAUUGCAGUAGUCUAAGCGGGAGAUAACCAGAGCAUGCACCACUCUGUCAAGACAGUCCAUGGCCAACCAGAUGCCCCCCAGUGGAAAACCAGGGCUGUGAAGGUGGCAGGACGGAGAGAAGGACCUCGCCUGAAGGUCGCUGAGCCCAGGCAGGUUCAUAUGGGGGAAAUAUGGUCCUUCAGAUGGCCUCAGCUUCAUAAGAGAAGGAGAAGAGAGCAGCUUUGGGGAGCAUCCAAGUACCAGCGAGCUCAGGGAGGCAGCUUGCUGGCUUGUGAAGCUGUAUGGGUGCUUUAUACUGGGGCUUUCCAAAUGUUUAGGGGCCACUGCCCCCUUGCUUCCAUCGACAUGGAAAGCUCCGUUAGAGCGUGGGGCUGCAGGUUGAGUCCUUGUAUGGGACAGCUGCAUAUUCCUGCAUUUCAGGGGUUGGACCAGAUGAUUCUCAGGGUCCCUUCUAAUUCUGAAAUUCUGCGACUCAUCCCCAGUUGCCUCUACCCUGGGAAAAAAAUCAGAAUAGACUCUUGCAUGACCAACCCCCCAAGGAAGAUAAUAACUCAGUGCAAUUCAAAAGCAUAACAAUUAAUUGCACGUUUAUUGAAAAUCCAAUUAAAAGUGUUUAAUUAAUUCAACAAAAUUGAUUAACUUGCUGCAGUGAUGCCACUAGAAGUCGUGGACACUCAGUGAAGCUGAAUGUGGGAAGAAUCAAGGCAGCACAAAAUUAAACGAUGGAACUCCCUCCCUCAGGAGGCAGUGUGGUUGCAAAAGAGGAGGAGGCAAAAUCGAGGGAGGAGGGGGCUAUCGAUGUUUGCUAGCCACAGUCGGAGGCAGCAAUGCUUUGGAAUCUCAGUUGCUGGAAACCACAGAGAACCACAAUUUGGAAAUACAUAAACAUUCAAUAGAAAAGAUAAUCAGUCUUGGAGUCACAACAAAAAAUUGCAAGAGUUUUCUGCACCAGAAGGGGGAAAUGAGAAAACAGCUCAGAUCAACUGUCAUAACAUUGAAGGAUUUAAAUCCAAGACUGGGAGCCUUUCAUGUUGCAAAAUACUUUUGCUUUGGUGUUUCCUACCAUAAAGAAGGCUGAUCGCCGAAGAAUGGAUGCUUUUGAAUUAUGGUGCUGGAGGAGACUCUUGAGAGUCCCAUGGACUGCAAGAAGAUCCAACCUCUCCAUUCUGAAGGAAAUCAGCCCUGAGUGCUCACUGGAAGGACAGAUCCUGAAGCUGAGGCUCCAAGACUUUGGCUGCCUCAUGAGAAGAGAAGACUCCCUGGAAAAGACCCUGAUGCUGGGAAAGAUGGAGGGCGCAAGGAGAAGGGGACGACAGAGGACGAGAUGGUGGGACAGUGUUCUCGAAGCUAUGAACAUGAGUUUGACCAAAUUGCAGGAGGCAGUGGAAGACAGGAGGGCCUGGCGUGCUCUGGUCCAGGGGGUCACGAAGAGUCGGACAUGACUAAAUGAUUAAACAACAACAACAACUAGAAUGGGUGGUUUUGGGGGUGCUACUAUUUGCAGUUGCUCUGUUGUCAGAGACAGACUGCUGCCUGGCAGGGCUUUGGGUUUUGGGAAUGCCGGCUUCUGUUAAGGAUGGGAGAUGCAUCGAGAUGGUAUGUCUUCUCCUCCAAAAAACUGUUGGAUUCUGAUCAAUUCCUGGGAGAGUUUCCUUUUGCCAGUAGGGACAGUCCUGCUGAAGCCCACGGAGGAAGGUGGGCUGGGUGGCUGCUGCUAUCAUGAAAGCCUUCAUCUUUCUCAGCCUUGAAACUAUGGAGAGCCAGCAGUGGUUAGACUAGGACCUGGGAGGGACAAGAGUUCAAAUCCCCACUUGGUCACGAAGCUCACUGAAUGACUUUGGGGGCCGGUUGCUGCCUCUCCACCCAACCUACCUCACAGGGUUGUUGUGCGGGGACCGCCUCUCCUGGUCUGCCCCGCAGAGAACCUUAAGGUCCAUGAAUAAUCACAUUUUAGAGGUUCCGGGCCCUAAGGAAGUCAGAAUAUCCUCUACCAGGGCCAGGGCCUUCUCAGUGAUGGCUCCGACCUGGUGGAAUGCUCUGUCCCAGGAGACCAGGGCCCUGCAGGAUUUAACUUCCUUCCGCAGGGCCUGUAAGACAGAGCUAUUCCACCUGGCUUUCAAUUUGAACUUAGCCUGAUCUUUUAUUCCCCUUCCUUCCCUCCUUCUCCCCUUUAAUGAAGAUCACCCGCUCUGGGAUCCCACAGCUAAUUCUCCCCGGUCUCCUUGCUGGCCCAAAGAGGACUAAUUUAGCCAGCUAGCCCUGGUGACUAUCUAAUGUUUAUUGGAUGGAUUUCCCCCCUAAAUUGAUUUUUGAAUUCUGAAUUUAUUUUUAUUCACAUUUUAUACUGUAUUUUAUGUUGUUUUUUUGUUGCCUCAAUUAAGUGUUUUAAAUUUGUUGUUAGCCGUCCUGAGCCUGGUUUUCUGAACCGGGAAGGGCAGGGUAUAAAUAAAAAUAUUAUUAUUAUUAUUAUUGGAGGGAGAACCACAUACAGCACCUUGCCUUCAUAAAAUCAUGGAACUGUAGAAUUGGAAGGGACCUCCAAGAGCCAUCUAGUCCAAUCCCCUGCAAUGCAGGAACCACAGCGAAAGAAUCCCCUGGCAGGUGGCCAUCUAACCUCGGUUGAAAAACCUCCAAGGAAGGAGACUCCACCACCUUCGGAGCUCACAGAAUCAUAGAGUUGAAAGGGACUCCAAAGGCCAUCUAGUGCACCCCACCACUACUGAAAUGAAGGAAUCACAACUAAGAAUCUCUGGCUCCUGGGGAAAAUGGCCUCAUAGGUCUAAUGGGGAGACCUGAUGGACCAAGUCUGGCACACGGACUAGAGUUCCCCCACCCCUGCUCUAACUGGGUUUGAACCCGGAGCCGCCUGCCGCUCUGUAGAGCCCUGACUUUGCUCAUGAGCGACUGUGCCCAGUUGCAAAAGGCACAAGGCCUUGGUUCCCCUUGCAUCUGGUCACCUUGGCUCUGAGACUGGCCGGCCGGUCAGGUCAACGCGGAUCCCUCCCCGAGACCCAAACGCCAUUUGUCUGUGUUUUAUAUGAUCGCCAGCUUCGUUUUCCGGCAGCCGCCAUCAAUCAGGUGCUUGGAGUAACAAGUUCUAAUCAGCCUUCGGCGAGUAGACCUUUUAAUUGUAAAAUAUAUUAUAGGGCCUUGGUAAUUACUUGCCUCUUCGUGGGCUGAGCAUCAAUCUUCCUCCCACACCACCUGCGACGGAAGGAUGGAGAGUUCAAGUUAUCCAGCCACCGGGCGCUGCAGGAUUCGGAUGUCCUUUCAGGGAAUGGCCUGUGAUCCGUCCCUGACACAAUCGUGUGUCAGUGCUGGAUUUGUGCAGCACAUAGUUAAGCCAUGGGACUGUGGAACUCCCUGCCACAGGCAGCGAUGCUUCUGAAUGCCAGCUGCUGGAAACCGCAAGAGGAAAGAGCGUUGCCCUUGUGUUCAAAUCCUGAUCGCCGGCUUCCUUUUGGGGUAUCUGGUUGGGCACUGUGAGAACAGAAUGCUGGACCUCCUUAGUUUGAAGCUGCCUUCUGGUCUUAGCAAACCUUGGGGGUUGGACUAGAUGACCCUCAGAGUCCCUUCCAACUCUACGAUUCCAUGAAAUUAAUGGAUGUGACUAACUUAGGUCCAUUAAUUUACAAGGCUUCUCUGAGUUCAACCCAGUGGAUCAUGUUUCUGAUUUGUUGUGCAGCUGGGAAGCCUGAUCUUCCCAUUUGCACCUCCAGUCCAGGCAAACAUCUGGGAGUGUGUGGGGCUGAGUGUUGUGUUUGUGGUUGUGCGAAGAAACCCUUUGAGAAUCGCAUUUAUUUAUUUUUACCGAGCUGCUUACUAUUUUGUUUUAUCUCGGAGAGGUAAAGAGCUAUUAAUUUUUAAAGCCCCUGAAGGAAUCUUUAAUAACCCUGCACUUAAACAUCUUGUUCUGCCUUAAAACUGGCAGAAUCAUGCAUCUUAAAAGUUUCCAGUAUUAGUGCACUUUCCAUUGGGUUUUUUUUUAGGAAAAGAUGUGCUAAAAUCAGCCCUGUAAAACCUGUGAUUGGACAAACUAAACACAUCCCGGUGGACGAGCAAAGACUCGACAAAUGUCCUGGUUUUGCAGCAUCAGGGUUGUACUCUGCAUAUAGAGAAACAGAAUUGUAGGGUUGGAAGGGGAACCCAAAGGACAUCCAGCCCAGCCCCCUGCAACACGAAAACCUUUAGUCUUCAAGAUGUCACAAGGCGCUUUGUUGGUUUGACUCUUUCUUUGUGCACCAAGGACCAGUCCGCUCCCCAUGUUGACACCUGGGGAAGAAGUCCCCCCAGUCCUGUGUCAGUGUAGUGGGAGAGCCAGUGUGGUGUAGUGGUUAGAGCAUUGGACUCGGAGCUCAGAGGCCAGGGUUCAAAUCCCCACUCGGCCAUGAAGCUCUCCCUGGGCGACCUUGGGGGCAAGUCGCUCGCUCUCAGCCCAGCCUACCUCAUGGGGGUAUUGUUGUGGGGAUUAAAUGAGGAGGGGGUGAACCACAUAGGCCACCUUGAGCUCCAUGGGAUAUAAAUGAAACAAAUAAAUAAAACAAUUUUGGGCCCAAAGACACAUCCAGAAAUCUAAGAAGCUGUUGUGGGUGCUGCGAGAUACUCAUUUUGCCAAAGAUAAUCCCACUCUGGCAUAAAUGGUUCAGUUUCUUUUGAGUGAGAAUAAUAGCUUCGUGAUACAGGAUGAUUCUCUCUGCGCUGGCAGGAAAAAGAAAUCAGGAACAAUGUGUUAAUCACUAUAAAUUGUUGAUUCAGAGGUUUGAUCUGAAAUCGAGCAGGAUUUGGGUAUGUUGGUGUCUCUGUCAACUUCUCUCUCUUACAUCAUGGAAGUUGGCUUCUAUAUUACAGUCAUACCUUGGUUGCCGAACGCUUUGGAACUCGUACGUUUUGGCUCCCAAACGAUUGAAAACCGGAAGUGAGUGUUCCAGUUUUUGAACGAUUUUCAGAGGCCGAAUGUCUGGUGCAGCUUCCGAUUAACUGCAGGACGCUCCUGCAGCCCAUCAGAAGCUGUGACUUGGUUUUCGAACAGUUCCGGAAGUCAAAUGAACUCCCCAAACAGAUUCUGUUCGAGAACCAAGGUACAGCUGUUUGGGUGGAUGUUCCAUAUUAUGUUAUUAAUACUAUUGCUGCAAGUUUGUCAUGGCCUUUAGCUAGAACAAUAAACUUAUAAACUUUGAACAAGGAAAAACUGGCAAUGCCCAGAAUUAUAUUAAUAUUACUAUUAUUAUUAUUAUUAUAUUAGAAUUUAUAUACCACCCUAUACCUGGAGGUCUAUACCCAGAAUCUGCUCCCUAAAAGAAAAAAAUGCCAAAAAUGUUAGUCAAAAGCAAACAAUAACCCCCCAAAGGAUACCUGAACCCCACACUUUAAAAAAAUUAGAGGCAGCAGAUGUUGGCAGGUUCCCCAGGAAGCCAGGGUGCAGUGGGGUGCCAUGAUGGGGACCCCAGACCUUGGUCUGGCUUGAAAAAUCCAGACCCAGAGGGUCUGUAUCCUGAGACUGAGGGGAUGUUCAAAGCAUGCAUCCAAGGUUGCUGUCCCUGAUACUUUCAGGGAAUAGUGAGCUCUUCUCACCUGGACGACAACCUUGCCCUGCUCCACAUGUUCACGGUGACAAUGAGCUUAGCUAUUAUUAUUUUUGAAUUAUGAUGCUGGAGGAGACUCUUGAGAGUCCCAUGGACUGCAAGACGAUCAAACCUCUCCAUUCGGAAGGAAAUCAGCCCUGAGUGCUCCCUGGAAGGACAGAUCCUGAAGCUGAGGCUCCAAGACUUUGGCCACCUCAUGAGAAGAGAAGACUCCCUGGAAAAGACCCUGAUGUUGGGAAAGAUGGAGGGCGCAAGGAGAAGGGGACGACAGAGGACGAGAUGGUGGGACAGUGUUCUUGAAGCUACCAGCAUGAGGGAGGCAGUGGAAGACAGGAGGGCCUGGCAUGCUCUGGUCCAGGGGGGUCACGAAGAGUCGGACACGACUAAAUGACUAAACAACAACAACAACAAAUUAUUAUUUUAUUUAUUGCUGUUAAAUCCCAGCUUUUCCUCCAAGCAGCUUAAGGUGGCGCAAGUGGUUCUUCCCCUUCUCAAUCCCUGCAACAACAACCCUGUGAGGUAGGUAGGUUAGGCUGAGAGAAGGCAGCGACUGGCCCCCAAGCACAUCGGUGAGCUUCAUGGCUGAGUUGGGAAUUUGAACCCUUGUCUCCCAGUGCCUAGUCCUCAUUUAAUCUGCACAACAACCCUUUGAGGGAGGCAGGUUUGUGAGGAAGCAGGACCUACUCCCAAGGGGAGCUGCAUGACCAAGUGGGGAUAAUCGCCUCCUUGAGGAAUCCUUGGGAAGCUUUCGAGAAUCUGCUGGGUUCUCCAAAAAUGGAAAAAUGGAUGGGUUGGCUCAGUUAAUAAAAUACAGUGGUACCUUGGUUUGCAUAUGUCUUGGUUUGCAUACAUUUUGGAUUACAAACACGUCAAACCCGGAAGUGCGUGUCCUGGUUUGCAACCUUUUUUGGGAUCACAACCCAUUUUGGGGGGAUUAUGAACCAAAAAAUUUUGGAGGCCCCAUUGGUGAAAGCGUGCCUUGGGUUACAAGCUGUUUUGGUUUAGAAACGGACCUCCAGAACGGAUUAUGGUUGUAAACCAAGGUACCACUGUUAAGUAAAAUAAAAGUGCAAGCAAGGAUCCCUGCCGAGAUAUUAAACCCACAACCCCUUUUUCACCAUCCUAUCCUGUUUGCUGUGGUUAUUGGAAAGACAUAAUGCAGGGAGGGCUUUUUUUGCAGAGAUGGUUGUGUUUCAGGGAGGGCCUUUGGGCGCUGGGGGCCAUCAAAGCCAACAAAUGUCUCUUUGAGUGGGUAACUGUGGAAUCAGCAAGAAGGAGGUGUUGGGAGGAAAGGGACUGAUUUCAUCCGUCCUUUCCCUUGCGUUGAAUAAAUGAAGAGGCGAAAUGCGUCUCUCUGGACGUUUUCUGCCCGUAGCAACUCGAUAAGCUUUCUUGGCCGCCCCUUGAGCUGGACGAGGAUGAACAGCCCCUCGCAAAGGAUGCUAUUAGAGGUUGUUCGGGCUUGUAAGAAAUGGAGACCUCUCUCUGUGUGUGUCAGCACAAUGCGGAGUUAACAGAGCUGUCCAUCAGUCGAUCCGGUAAUUGCACCCAAGUUGCAUGUGAGCUUUCGUGGCCCUGUUAGUUCCACAGAAAAUUAGGGGGGGGGAGGAAGGUAACGGAAGAGAUUGUUUUGCGUCUGGCUACAUUUAAAGCUACAUCAUCUUAAAAAGCAGAGACAUCACCUUGCCAACAAAGGUCCAUAUAGUUCAAGCUAUGGUUUUCCCAGUAGUGAUGCAUGGAAGUGAGAGCUGGACCAUAAAGAAGGCUGAUCGCUGAGGAAUGGAUGCUUUUGAAUUCUGGUGCUCUUGAGAGUACCUCAUGAGAAGAGAAGAUUCCCUGGAAAAGACCCUGAUGUUGGGAAAGAUGGAGGGCACAAGGAGAAGGGGACGACGGAGGACGAGAUGGUGGGACAGUGUUCUCGAAGCUACCAGCAUGAGUUUGACCAAACUGCGGGAGGCAGUGGAAGACAGAAGGGCCUGGCGUGCUCUGGUCCAGGGGGUCACGAAGAGUCAGACUAAACGACUAAACAACAACAAUAUUUAAAGCACUGACCCAGCUGGAGGAGAGGGCUAGCAAGGGCUAUCAGCCGUGGUUGUCAUGCUCUGCCUCCACAACUGGAACCCAUAAUGCAUCAAAUGCCAGUUGCUCGGAACUGCAGGAAGGGAGAGUUACUCUUGUGUUCGAAUCCUGCUUGCAGGCUUCCCAUAAUGGGCACUGUGGUUGGCCACUGUGAGAACAGGAUGCUGGACUAGAUGGGCCACUGGCCUCAUCCAGCAUGCUCUACUUGUUAGAAUUCCUGCUCCAUGAUUGCAGUCAUGGGAUUGCUGUCUAUCACAUGACGGUGUACGUUUUGACUCCACAAAGUGGGAAGUGACUGAGACAGGGUGUUUGUGUUGUGUGUUCAGUGAAGGGGGACUGUUGUCCUUUGUUCUUUCUCUCUUUGCUGUCUGAUGCUAGAGAGAAGCAGCCAUGUUGUGGUGCUCUGUGUGUGUUUAUAUGUAAAUAAAGUAGAAUAGCCAAAGUGCUGAUGUUGCUGAGGUCUGUCACGCAAGCUGCGAAGACUCUGCGGAUCCCUAGGUGUGCCGGUGUCUGUUGGUACCGGUCGCUGUGAUGUUCAGGCAGAAGAAAGCUUUUGAAGCUCCCGAACGAUCGACCAGGAGGGAGGGAACAUGCCAGUCGCGCAUGUGUCUCUGCCAGGGUCCUCCUUGAGUGUAGGACGAGCUCCUGACACUUCUUAGGCUGGACUAGAUGGCCCCCAGGAACCCUCUUCCACAUCUUUGAUUCUGGGAUUGCUGGUGUGCUGUCUGGAGACGAGCUUUGCCAAAAGCAAAGAGCAGAAAGGACCUUCUGACAGUAAGGGCCGUUCAGCAAUGGAGCAGAGUUCCUCAGAAGGUGCUGGACCCGCCUUCAUGGGAGGUUUCGAAGCCAAUGUUGGGUGGCCCCCUGUCAGGGAUGCUUCAGUUGAAAUUCCUGCAUUGCAGGGGGCUUGGAAUAGAUGUCCCCAACUCUCCGAUUCUAUGAUUUUAUAAGGUCCCAAGACAGGCGUCCCAGUUCUGUUCUGUUGCUGAGUUAAUUUUGAUGAGAAAACAGCUGGAAUUUUUUUUCUUCUGGUGGGCAAGGGAGAGAAAGAGAGGAGCAUAUGCUGUGAGCCAAGUGGUUUGUUGUUUCAGAGCAGGGACUGAAGGCCAGAUGAAAGGGGCUGGCAGUGAGCUGGACGUGUUCCUGGCAGCAAACCCUCUAAAGCCGUCUUUUGGGCACCCAGUAGCAGCAGAGGAGUGUGCCUGACGAUGGCAGAGCAGGAGAAAACAAGCUUGCUCCAUCUUCCAUGCGACGGCCCUUGAGAUAUUUGAAGGUGGCUCUCAUAUCUCCUCUCAGCCUUCUCUUUUCCAGGCUAAACAUCCUCAGUUCCUUCAACCGCUCCCCACAAGGCCUUGUUUCCAGGCCCUUGAUCAUUCUGGUUGCCCUCUCCUGCACACCUUCCAGCUUGUCAAUAUCCUUCUUCAAUGGAGGCAUCCAGAACUGGACAAGGAAUCCCGGUGGGGUCUGACAAAGGGACCUUUGGGUCCUUUCCAGUUCUACGAAUCUAUGAUUCUGUGAAAUGAACCUUUACUUUUUUCCUAGCUGGUUCAGUAUUUGGAAACAUUCCUUACACCUCAUCAGCUGGAUAACAUUCUGUGACACCACAGAAGCCGAGCCAAUGGCAUUGGGUGAUGCAAUUGCCCUCUGCCAAUGGCAGUCAGGAGGUUUCUGCCCCCUAUUGGUCUCUACAAUCUCAGCAGACGCUGUAACCUUCCAACGGAGAUGUACUCCUCCAUUGUCUCCCCAGACAGAAACCAACAGAAAGGGGGGCAACCCAUGUUCCAGACAUCCAAGAACUCAGCCUAGAUUCCUUCCAGCCAUGUUUUCCACACCAUUGUCAACGAAGCAUUAAAAUGUACAGUGGGCGGCCUUAUUAAUAAUGAAGCUGGAGCACGAUAAAUCCCCAAACUUAUCUUGUUCUUCCAGAGAGAUGGAAUUCAGAUAAGGUCAGUGGAGUGAUUAAUCACACCCUGUGCCAGCUGAAAAUUAGGAGCCAUCUAAGAGAAGGCCUUUAAUUCACUGCAGAUUGAAUCCAGGAUGGAAAGCCGAUUCUGCGGGAUUCACCUGGACUGGUGAGCUUUCCUGAAGGGAAGCAAUUGUCUUAUUGGCGACGGAUUUAUACUGGACCGUCCACACACAAUUGUGAUUUUAUUUACUAUUUAUUAAUUUCAUAAAAUUUAUACGCCAUUUGAAGUUAAAUAUCAAAUGUACUUCAAAGUGGCUUACAAAACAGAGGGUUGGUUUCUUUUACUUUUUGCUUUUUGAGUGAUGCUCUGAGCUCCAAACACACAUUGAAGGCGGGCAGGAGCUGAUCAGUGAGACACGGUGAUCUCGCCCGCUGACAAAGGCAACCUGUAGCGCUGAACAAUACAGUGGGACCUCAGGUUAAGAACUUAAUUCGUUCUGGAGGUCUGUUCUUAACCUGAAACUGUUCUUAAGUUGAGAUACCACUUUAGCUAAUGGGGCCUCCUGCUGCCACCGCUGGAGCACCAUUUCUGUUCUCAUCCUGAAGCAAAGUUCUUAACCCGAGGUACUGUUUCUGGAUCAGCUGAGUCUGUAACCUGAAGCGUAUGUAACCUGAAGUGUCUGUAACCUGAAGAGUCUCUAACCCGAGGUACCACUGUACAAACCAUUGAGAGCAAUAAUUUAAGACUUUUGAAAACUUAAGAGAACAGCAGAGUAAAAGCAGGUUAAUACUCGUAUCAGCUUUCUAAACAUCUGGGUUGUCAAUGUUGAGUCAUUUAGUCGUGUCUGACUCUGCGUGACCCCAUGAACCAGAGCACGCCAGGCACUCCUGUCUUCUUUCUUGUUUUUUCCUUCUUUUUCUCUUUUUUUUUUUGUAAUUUUAAAAUUCUCAAUAAACAUCAUUUAAAAAAACCAAAAAAACCCCCACAAGAACACUGUCCCACCAUCUCAUCCUCUGUCGUCCCCUUCUCCUUGUGCCCUCCAUCUUUCCCAACAUCAAGGUCUUUUCCAGGGAGUCUUCUCUUCUCAUGACCUCAUCUAAAGGUAAAGGUAAAGGGACCCCUGACCAUUAGGUCCAGUCGUGACCGACUCUGGGGUUGCGGCACUCAUCUCGCUUUAUUGGCCGAGGGAGCCGGCGUACAGCUUCCGGGUCAUGUGGCCAACAUGACUAAGCCGCUUCUGGAAAACCAGAGUAGCGCACGGAAACGCCGUUUACCUUCCCACCGGAGCAGUACCUAUUGAUCUACUUGCACUUUGACAUGCUUUCGAACUGCAGGAGCUGGGACUGAGCAGGGACUGAGCGGGGAUUCGAACCGCCAACCUUCUGAUCGGCAAGUCCUAGGCUCUGUGGUUUAACCCACAGCGCCACCCGCGUCCCUACUAAAUUGAUUUAUUAAUUGCCUUCUAAAAUUCUGUCUCCAGGCAAUUGUCAUAGAAUCAAAGAAUUGUUGCUUUGGAAUGGGUCCUGAGGGUCAUCUAGUCCAACCCCCAACAUUUCAAAGAAGACUAAAACACUCGAGGUAAAGGGCUGCUUAUCCAUCUGGGAGCUGAAUGGGUCACAGGUGUGGAAGAUGUCUCUUUGUGUGGCGGAGGGUGGCCCUCUGCCCUUAAAGAGGCAGUACUGCGUCCACUUGUUUAAAUCCCCAGACUAGACCCAAUGGAGUGUAGCAACUAUGGAACUGCCCGCCUCAGGAGACAGGGAUGGCCACCAACCUGGGCCGCUUUGAAAGAGGAUUGGGCAAGUUCAUGGAAGAGGAGAGGGCUAUUAGCCUUGCUGGCUCUGCUCUGCCUCCACAGUCGAAAGCAGAAAUGCUUCUGAAUACCAUUUGCUGGAAACCACAGAAGGAGAGAGCUGCUCUUGGGUUCGAAUCCUGCUUGCUGGUUUCCCACAGGGGCAUCUGGUUGGCCACUGUCAGAGCAGGAGGCUGGAGCAGAUGGGCCACUGGACUGAUCCAGCUGCCUGGCUCUUUUGGUGAAUGUCCAUUGCGAUAACAGAACCUCCAUGCCCAGGUACAGUCUACCUCUGAAUGCUAGAUCAUGGGGAAAAACAACUUCAUUCCAGCCCUGCUUGCUGGUUUCCCCCUGGGACAUCUGGUUGGCUACUGGCCUGAUCCAGUGUUCUUACGGGGGGGGGGGGUGUUUACUUUCCUUGCUUGGCCUCUCGCCUCCCCCUUUGGAUGUGCAAAGACUGUUUUGGGGGGGAGGCCUCGGGGGGGGGCAAAUAUGAUGGGUGCCAAGACAGGAGCUGCUUUGAUGUUUUCUCACCCUCCUCACGGAGGCCGCUGCAGUCUAUUAAAAUGAAAUAUAACCCCCCCCCCCUUCUCCCAGCCCUAGACUCCCUGGGGCGUAGUUAAGAAGGCUUUUGUAUUAAUGUAGCCCAGGUUUUGCUCUGUGGCCUUGGAUUCCUAUUAUCUGUACUGACACCCGUUGUUUUAUUCGCUUUUUAUUCCGAGCAGAGCAUGGAUAUUGGGGCUGCCAGGGCCUCUGGCUUCCAAUGAAUGCUGAUGGGACUCUGGCUAUUCUCUCCCUGACCUGAACAGACACAGGCUGCUAGAAUUACAGAAUUCUUGAGUUGGAAGGGUACCCCAAAGGUCAUCCAGCCCAACCCGCUGCAGUGGAAGGAUUGCAGCUCGGAAAUCCAUGACAGAUGCCAACCCAACUUCUGCUCAAAACCUCCAUUUGUCAGCAUGGAUUGAGUAGGGUUUUCAGUCAUUGGGGGGGUACAGCAGUUCUUGAGUUGGGGAGCAGGCCUGCAGAGGACCAAGUAGGAAGGGGCAGUUUGCACCCUUUCCCCAGGCUGCUCUCACAGCCAGCGAGAGUGUGUGUGUGUGUGCCAUUUACAUCUGUCCGUCUGCUUCUCCUGUAGGAUAUCUGGCUGCAGGUGAGAUCUGCGGUGCCACACAGUCCCUGUUCCACAUUUGUAAGGUCGUGAUCUUUGGAACUCCCUGCCUGUUGAUGCCAGCCCAGGUGCUUCCACUGUACGUUUUUUGGCACUUGCUAAGAGUUCCUUAAAAAGAGUUCUUAAAAAGUAGAGACAUCACCUUACCAACAAAGGUCCGUAUAGUAAAAGCUCUGGUUUUCCCAAUAGUGAUGUAUGGAAGUGAGAGCUGGACCAUGAAGAAGGCUGAUCGCCGAAGAAUUGAUGCUUUUGAAUUAUGGUGCUGGAGGAGACUCUUGAGAGUCCCAUGGACUGCAAGAAGAUCCAACCUCUCCAUUCUGAAGGAAAUCAGCCCUGGAAGGACAGAUCCUGAAGCUGAGGCUCCAAGACUUUGGCCACCUCAUGAGAAGAGAAGACUCCCUGGAAAAGACCCUGAUGUUGGGAAAGAUGGAGGGCACAAGGAGAAGGGGAUGACAGAGGACAAGAUGGUGGGACAGUGUUCUCGAAGCGACCAGCAUGAGUUUGACCAAACUGCGGGAGGCAGUGGAAGACAGGAGUGCCUGGCGUGCUCUGGUCCAGGGGGUCACGAAGAGGCGGACACGACUAAACGACUAAACAACAACAACUAGAGUUCCUUUUACUAUAAUGUUCUGGUUUUAUUCUCUUUGUAAACCACUUUGAGUUGUUGUUCUCUUAAACAGUCAAGAGGUGUAACAAAUUUCAUGAAAUAAAGUUACACAUCCUCCUUGUCUGCAAUCCCCCUCCAGAUUCUGCGGUGGGAAAAGCUGGGUUCUGCGAUCUGCCCAAACUCCGCAUACAAAUAUUUGAGUCUUUGGCAUGCGGUGGAGUUUGCCAGUUGUCAGAGGGAGGACCAAGAAAGGAUCUGGGCAACAGAUGUCCUGCUUUCAAAGCCCUGGAACGAAACACACAAAGAGAUUCUGAAAUAUCUCCCAGGCCUGAUGUCUCAGCUGCAAAGGACAGAUGCUUUGCUAUGUUGGAAGGCUGAUGAGUUGCAUGAUGCAGUGAUGAAAUAUCCACAGCUAUAUGCAUUAUCCCGCGUAAUCUGGGCAUAAACCCCCCAGACAGGGACAAAUUCUAGAGAGAUACAGUGGUACCUUGGAAGUCAAACAGAAUCUAUUCCGGAAGUCCAUUCGACUUCCAAAACAAGGCACGGCUUCUGAUUGGCUGCAGGAAGCUCCUGCAGCCAAUUGGAAGCCGUGGAAGCCACGUCGGACAUUCGAGUUCCAAAGAACGUUCGAAAGCUGGAACAAUCGCUUACGGUUUUUCCAUCGUUUGGGAGCCAAAACGUUCAACUCCCAAGGCGUUUGAAAACCAAGGCACAACUGCAUUGUGCUUCCAGAUGACCAGUUUUUUACGAAUCCUCCCAGUUAAGUUGCAGGGAGCUUAGACGAGGCUAUCUAUUUGAGCCGGAUGAAAGAAAGACCUUCUUCACACACAGAGCAGAGUUAAACUUUGGAACUCCCUGCCACAGGAGGAAGAGAUGGCCUCCAACUUGGGCGGCUCUCAAAGAGGUUUGGGCAAAUUCAUGGAGGAGCAGGAGGCUUCUGGCUAUGUUAGUUCUACUCUGCUUCCAUGCUACCCCAUUGCUGGAAACCACAGGGAUGGAGAGUUACUCUGCUGCUCAUCUUCAGCUUGCAGGUUUCCCACUGAGGGGCGUCUGGUUGGCCACCGUGAUGCUGGCCUAGAGGGACUACAGGCCCCAUCCAGCAACCUCUUCUUAUGAUACUUACUACGUACUACCUUGCAUUUACAUUCCACCUUGGAUGGUCCUCUGUCAUGGAUGCUUUAGUUGAGAUUCCUGCAUUGCAGGGGGUCAGGCUGGAUGACCCCCAAGGUCCCUUCCCACUCUGCAAUUCCAUGAUUUUUCCUCAAAGGAGCUCGAGCUGUCAUGGUUCUCCUGCUCCUCAUUUUAUCCUCACAACAGCCCUGUGAGGCAGGUUACGCUGAGAGGCAGCAACUGGCCCAGUGAGCUUUAUGGUCUAGUGGUAGGAUUUGAACCCGAGUCUCCGAGAUCCUAGUCUGACACUCUGACCACUACACCCCGCUGCCUCUUGCUCUGAUUUACAUGCAGGGAGUUUGGGUGACUGUUGCCUCAAAGCAAGUAUUAGCACACACUUCCCAGUGUGUGCAUGGUGUUGUUGUUGUUUUUGGUCACUUAUUGCAAAAAAAAAUAAAUCUAUCUUUGGGGUUUGCUGCUAAUUGACCAUAAUUGUGCAACCUGAGUUUUGAGCCUCCAAAAUAGCAGCAGCGUGGAAGUCCCACUUAGUCUGAUGCAGCAGAGAUGACAAGGAACCACUAAAGACCGACAGAUUUAUUGUUGCGUGGGUCUUGGUGGGCUGGAGCCCAUGCAAUUUCCACACAGAAAUGUCAGAAGCUGCACCUCUUGUGUUUCACGGGCUUUUGACUCCACUAUUUACCACUUGUUUUACACUCUGCACCAAUAUAUAUCUGCCAACCAACGGUAGUACGUAAUUGAUGCAAGCUGACUAACUGGGCUCUACCCUACACAAGCACUUGCCAUAGAAAACGGCUUUGGGUUUAGGAGGCUGCAGAUUUCUAAGCCCCUAAAAGGGUUUCCUGGCCAAGCCGCCCCCCCCCCCAGCGCUGAAUUUCCCAGGAGACUGAAAUUCAGUAAAACACGCAACUCAGAAAGGCCCCAUUAUUUUAUUAAGGACAAGCAUUUUCUUUGCUAGUUUAAUCUGUGAAGCUGUACUACUAGAAAAGCAAUGACAAACCUAGACAGCAUCUUAAAAAGCAGAGGCAUCACCUUGCCAACAAAGGUCCGUAUAGUGAAAGCUCUGGUUUUCCCAGUAGUGAUGUAUGGAAGUGAGAGCUGGACCAUAAAAAAGGCUGAUCGCCAAAGAAUGGAUGCUUUUGAAUUCUGGUGCUGGAGGAGACUCUUGAGAGCCCCGUGGACUGCAAGAAGAUCAAACCUCUUCAUUCUGAAGGAAAUCAGCCCUGAGUGCUCACUGGAAGGACAAAUCCUGAAGCUGAGGCUCCAAGACUUUGGCCGCCUCAUGAGAAGAGAAGACUCCCUGGAAAAGACCCUGAUGCUGGGAAAGAUGGAGGGCACAAGGAGAAGGGGACGACAGAGGACGAGAUGGUGGGACAGUGUUCUCGAAGCUACGAGCAUGAGUUUGACCAAAUUGCAGGAGGCAGUGGAAGACAGGAGUGCCUGGCGUGCUCUGGUCCAUGGAGUCACGAAGAGUCGGACACGACUAAACAACAACAACAACUACUAGAAUCAUAGAACUGUAGGCUUGGAAGGGACCCUGAGGGUCAUCUAGGUCAACCCACUGCAAUGUAGGAAUCAUAGGAAUAGCUGGCUGGAGCCAGCCAAUGACACAUCCAUUCUCAGGUUCAUUUAAAAGAACAACAACCAGCAGAGUCGCUGGGGUGUCAUUUGGGCUCUCAGAUUAAUAGGGAUUUCUCUCUUAGACCAUUGUAGGCACCCUGCUGGAAUCCCCUGAGAAUCAAAACUCUCCUAAUUGGGUAUUUAGUAAGGGCUGAUAAACAACUUUCAUCCCUCGUGAGAGUAGUUUGAACAUAUACUACCAUGGGGCACAUUGCGCAUUAUUUACGUUUGCCAGCUCAGUUGCAGGAGAACUUUGUUCUGUGUUUGAGCCAACAGCAUCUGGAGAUCACAAGGUUGGUGGUGGCUGCUGUACAAUGGUGAUUUAUCAAGAUUACCGUUGUUGCAUUUGCCCCGUGGCCUUUGCCCUGUUGGUAGCAUCAGAUGCACCUUUUAGUGGGGGAAGGGAGCUGAAAGAAAGAAAAAAAAUCACCUCUGGCAACCAAGGCACCCUCUUGAUUUCAGAUAGUACAUGGAUAGACGAGUCUAAAAAGCCCAGGACACAAAUUUUCACAGCCCUCUAGCAGAUAUGGUGGCUCAUUGGCCAGAAGUGAUAUAUUUAGCGUUAACUCUGGGAAAGUGUCUACUUGAUUCUGACUAAACUAAGCCUCCUAGGGUUAGGGUUAGGGGGUGGGUUAGGGUUAGGGGGCUUUUGCUCUGGGAGGUCAGAACUGAGUCUACACAUCCAGAGUUAACGCUAAAUAUAUUACUUCUGGUAGAUGAGCCACCAUAGUUCCUUUGUCCUCAUCCAGCAGGCUUUUCUUAUGUUCUAAAGGUGGUGCAAGGGCCAAUGCUUCACUGAGCUUGUGCCAGGUGUCUAGCAUGGGAAUGACAGGUGGUGUUACAGAAAAAGGAGGGUUGGCUUUUGAAGCCCAACUCUCCAUCAAGGGACCUUUAGUCUGCUAAGUCCAUGACUGGUCAGAGAAGAAUGGAUGGAGGCAGGAUCCAGUGAAAGCAAGCCAGAUCUUUAUUUUGCUACUGCUAAAGAAUACACCCCGCUUCUUGCCAGGAAGUGAGGAUCCAGAACAAAGGUGUGCAAGAACUUUUAAAGUCUUUAGAAAUUGCCCAACCCCUUAGCCAAAGACCACCCUAAAAGCAUCAUACAUACAUCACAGAGAGAGGUGGUCUACAACAGACAUUUGAGAGUGGGGUUUCUCUCCUGUCUGCCAGGAUACCAGAUAAUGGUCACUGAGUACAUUACCUGGCCAGUCUAGGCUAUACUUUUGAGAUGCUCAAUACCUUAGUUCUUGAAUCCAGGUCACAGGCCAACCCUACUCAUACAACAAAUAUUACAUUGAGACAGGAUCUGAAGGAUUUGGAAGUGAAAGAACUAUUGGGAGAGGUUUUCCCAAGAUAUUUCCUUCUGCAGAGGAAUAGUUGGGGUCACUAAAGAGUCAAGAUGGCUUCAGAACUGUUGAUCUGUACUAUUUCAGACAUGUGGUUUAAGUGUGUUUAGCUUGUGCACUUAGGAAUAUUCAGAUUAUUUAGGACACCUUAGAAUUCUCAUCCCACUGGGAGUCCUCUUGCAUGCAGAAGGCUGCAGGUUCAAUUCCAGACACCCCCACUUUCGACAAAGGUAGUGGUGGGAGACCUCUCUUGUCUGAGACUCUGGAAGGCCAUUGUUGGUCAGUGUAGAUAGUGGACUGUAGAAUCAUAGGACUGUAGAGUUGGAAGGGACCCCGGGGGUCAUCUAGUCCAACCCUCCGCAAUGCAGGGAUCUCAGCUACAGCACCCUUGACAGAUGACCCUCCAACCUCUGCCCAAUGGCCUGAGACUCAGCAUUCAACCUCACCCCGUUCAGAUAUACGUGAUGGAGAGUUCAGCUCAAAUGCGAGAGCUGUAGAAAGCAUUUCCUAAUCCGCUAUGAGGACGUUCAGUCCUUUUCAUUCUUCCCAAGAGCUAUCAAGGUUAUUUGGUGAGAAAACAUCCCUUUUUGUCAUUCUCCUACAACAGGAGCACCGAUUAGCCUGCAGAGUGCUUCCUUAUCAAUUAAUAGCUAAAACCCAGUUGAGCUGGCUGUCUGCGGCCAUCGUCUUUAUUAUUAAUGCCUUCCAAAAACCCUCCCAACACCUAAAUCCUCUGGGCGUUUUUUGUAAAAAAAUAAAACCUACGCAGCCCAGUCUGUAAAAUUGCAGCUCUGUCAUCUUGUGAAGAUGAGCAUGAAACUAUUCCAAGACUUGUGAGGUUUCUGUGAAUUGCCGUUAAUUGGGGCAGCGUUGGGGGAGAGAGUUGGGGGAGGAUUUGUUUCAAACGAAAACCGAGGCCAUUUAUGGUGGAUUAGGAGGGGGCAAUGGAGGAGAGUUUUGGGGUUAUUUCUUGUUCCACCAGUCUAGACCAUCUUUGGGUGUGAGAAAAUCCCCCAGGUCAUCUCCCCGCUCCUCAUUCCCUCCCGCUUCCCUCCCUGCUUUCUCCUUUCCCCCGCAACUUCGCUUGUUUGCAAAAGCCAGCCAACGCCUGCAUUUCUUAACAGCCCAGCCUGCGCACACCAAAUUAGCCAAAAAUCAAUAGGAGGAUGUCAACAAGGAGAGCUGCGUGGAUGUACGUCUCUCCGCUGCCCCAGCCCAAGUUGACAUGCCAAGCAAAUUAAUGCAAGCUGAGGCAGCGCCGUUUUGAAACCAGCCCCUUCCAGGAUUGAACCCCCCUUUGCCAAUCGGUUGUAUACUUGCUCGCCCCGAGGCUGCUCUGGUGAAAUGAAAGUUGCGUUUCCUUGGGUAUGAAAGGAAACUUUGGAUGCAAAGGACUCUAGGCAUCUGCAGAGUCGCAAAGUUUUACUGGCAGAACAGUGGAAGAAGAAAGAGGAGAUUGCCAGGGACUUUCGUUGAAAAGCUUGCAGUCCAAGCUUAGCGGGAACACCUGUAAAUCGUGGUUCAUUCAGGGCUUCUCUUUUGGGAAGCAGGUAUAUCUGUAACGUCACACAGCAUCACAAAACUGAGUUGGAAGGGGUCCCCCAAGGUCAUCCAGCCCAACCCCCUGGAAUGCAGGGAUCACAGCAAAAUAAUCCCUUGCAGAUGGCCUCCCGACUUGGGCUUGAAAACCUCCAGCCAAAGAGAGCGAGGACGUCUGCUGUCAUUUGAGGGUCCGUCUUGCAACUCCUAGUUGAGCAUCGCUCCAAAUCCUUGGAGUUGGGCUGAUGGUUUUCUGACAGCGCCCUGACAGAAUCCGACGUUUCAUAUGCCAGCAGCUCAUUCAGGCUCCUUACAGGCUGGGAAGACGUGACUCUCUCGCCUGCCUUGAUAGCUUUGUGGGCUGCGCUAUAAAUUAUACAUGCCUCACCAUUUUCCCGCGGAGGAGGCCCCCACCUUGGGCUGAGAGCACGUGGGAGCAAUUUCAUGCACACGCCUAGCAGGAGAGAGAGAAAGGGAGAGAGAGAGCUCCAGAUCUUCCUCCUUAACAGUUUCCUCCACCUUUCCCUGGCCUGGAUUGCUGAUGCCAAAGAAAGAAGGGCGGCUCUGGGGGCAGGAGGUGGUGGGUGCAUGAGAGCAAGCGGCGCUCCCUGAGAAGGCAGCGCAAGGCAGUGCGCAUGCGCAAAUGGGUUUGAACAGAGCUGCCUCAUUUAGGGCGAAGGAGGGUCGGCACACCUGACAGGAGGCCUCGUGCUUUUUGAAAUCUUUUAUUGUCACUUGUACAACUUGUAUACAGUGAGAUUACACAAGCAUCCCCCACUCAGCUCUCUUAGUCUUAAUUCCCCUCGUUUACUGACGCACACCCACCAAACCCAAAAGUUAGUCGCCCUGUUGUUCUCUUUUCAUUCAGCAGCCCACGGAUAGAAGCUGUUCUUUACCCUGUUGGUGCGACUAGUCAUGCUUCUAUAGCUUCUGCCCGAGAGCAAGAGAUCAAGAAAGUGCCGGCCAGGGUGUGAAUCAUCCCUGAGAAUUUUCCUCACUCUCCUGAGUCAAACUUCUUCUGCUAUUUCAUCCAGCAGAUUCACGGGACAGCCCAUAAUAUCUUGUGCUGUAUUUACCACCCUCUGUAGGCACUUCUUAUCAGUUGAUGUCAAUACCUGUCAAGUGGCUGUUGCAGUUGCUCGAGAGUAACCAGGCAGGACUCCAACCUGUGGUUUACAGGCUUUAUUAUGGUGCAAACUAUUUACAGUGAAGAGCCCCAAAGCUCAUGUCUGGCUCAAUCGCUAGCAGAAUCCGGGAGUGGUCUCUUUUUGGACCUCCCCCAACAUAAGAGUUUCGUUACCCCCAAACAUCUCCUCCCCUCUCUGCGCUCCAAACUGCUGUGCAAGAUGGGAGAUGGCAAGGGCGUGUUUCCCUCCUGUCUGGUUUGCCCAGGAGCGGUGUGAAGGCUCCCACCAGCAUCCUCUGGUCCUUGCACCUCUUCCCCACUGAAGGUGGGGCUUUCCUCCUGCCCGGAAGAGGAACUGCUUCGCAAGAUUUUCAGAGGCUCCCUGUAACACAACUGUCCUUCUAUUUCUCGCCUCUGAGCCAAUGGCAGUUCCCUGACAAUACCCAAGAGUCUCCUGGCACUUAUGAGUUGCACACAUAGCAGACCAUUGACCAUUUGCACAGAGCUAUAUUAAGCUCCCUUGUGCAGGAGUCAGCGAUGGCCACAAACUUGGAUGGCUUUAAAGGACAAACUCAUGGAGGUGAGGGCUAUUCUUGAGGGCUCCUAGCCAGGAUGGCUGCGCUCUGCCCCCGCGGUCUGAGGCAGUGAUGCUUCUGAAUGACAGUUGCUGGAAAUUUCAGGCGGAGAGUGUGUGCUUUUGCUCUCGGGUCCCUGCUUGUGGGGUUUCCAUUUGGGCAGCUGGUUUGCUACCGUGAGAAGAGGGUGCUGGACUAUUAGAUAGGCUCCAUUCAGCCCAAUCCACCAGACUGUUCUUAAGUUCUUAUGGCCUCUGCUUCAAGGCUGCUUCCUGGGGGCCUAAUUUUUGGUAUUUUAAAAGCCUAUAAUCUACAUUUUCCAAGACCAGAAGAGUUUCCACAAAUUAAAACAGCACAGAUAAAACACAAAAAAGAUAACAACAUGUUAAAGAUAAUUGUUUAAAAGUAAUUAAAUUCUGAACAGAACCAAAAACAUAAAAGCCAGGUAUAUUAAAAUUCAGAUCAUAAAAACAGCAUUGCACUAUUAAAAGCUCUUUCCUUAAAAAACAGUCAGUCAGAAUAAAACUGUCUCCAGUUGCCGGCAGACGGACAACAAGGAGGCAUGAAGUCUGGCUUCCCUAGGCAGGGAGUUCCAAAGCUGCCUGGGAGCAGCCACCACUGAGAAGGCCCUCUCACCGUGUCCCCCCCAAGCAUCCCUCUGAGGGUGGCAGGACCGAGAGAAGGGCCUCCUCUGAAGAUCUCAGAGCCCAGGCAGGUUCAUCUGGGAGAAUGUGGUCCUUCAGAGAUCCUGGGCCUGAACCAUAUUGUGCUUUCUACCCUGUGUCCUCUUCUCCCCAUGUUUGCCAGGAGGAUGUGGCUGAGACAGUGGAAAGUUCUUUCUUCUCCUGGAAAUCAGCCAGGAAUAUUGAUUGCCCUGACAGUGAGCGUUUUGCUUCUCCAGCCAAGUAGGACCUGACUUCUGUGGGAGGGACUUGGAAUGUCCAGUUCUCCAGGCACACCAUCAAAAACAAUUACGUCUUUUCUUCCUGAAACCAUGUGCUGUUUUGGGGUCCCCUUUAGAUUAAAAGAUGAGAAUAAUUGAAAGGUUUUGGGGAACCCCUCCCAGGGAUCUAGGGGGCCUAAGUCUUUUCCCUUUUGCAUUUUGAAAUUGCUGGAGUUAUUAAAAAGCAAAUUCAGUCCUAGUCUGCAUCAACAGAAGUGUCCAGAUCAAGGGAAGUCAUGUUGUUGUUGAUGAGUCGUUUAGUCGUGUCCGCCUCUCCGUGACCCCCUGGACUAGAGCAUGCCAGGCACUCCUGUCUUCCACUGCCUCCCGCAGUUUGGUCAAACUCAUGCUGGCAGCUUCUAUGACACUGUCCCACCAUCUCGUCCUCCGUCGUCCCCUUCUCCUUGUGCCCUCCAUCUUUCCCAACAUCAGGGUCUUUUCCAGGGAGUCUUCUCUUCUCAGGAGGUGGCCAAAGUCUUGGAGCCUCAGCUUCAGGAUCUGUCCUUCCAGUGAGCACUCAGGGCUGAUUUCCUUCAGAAUGGAUAGGCUGGAUCUUCUUGCAGUCCAUCUCUAUUCCACCUUGAUCAGACCCCACCUGGCGUCCUGUGUCCAGUUCUGGGCGCCUCAAUUUAAGAAGGAUGUUGACAAGCUGGAAGGUGUGCAGAGGAAGGUGACCAAGAUGAUCAAAGGUCUGGAAACCAAACCUGGUGAGGAAUCGUUGAGGGAGUUGGGUAUCUUUAGCCUGGAAAAGAAGAGACCGAGAGGCGAUAUGAGAGCCAUCUUCAAAUAUCUGAAGGGCUGUCACAUGGAAGAAGGGAGCAAGCUUGUUUUCUCCUGUUCUGCACGUUAGGGCCCAAACCAAUGGUUUCAAAUGACAAGAAAGGAGAUUUUGACUAAACAUCAGGAAGAGUUUUCUGAUAGUAAGAGCCAUUCGAUGGAGGAAUGGACUCCCUUAGAAGGAGGUUUUUAAGUUGAGGUCAGAUGGCCAGGGAUUCUGUAGCUGUAACUCCUGCAUUGCCGGGGGUUGGGCUAGAUGGCCCCUGGAGUCCCUUCCAAACCUACAAUUCCGUGAUCGUUUAAUUAAUCAGAAUGGAUACAAAUCAACUGCACAGCACUGGAUCAGCUUGGGAAUGUUACACCGGCUCCUCCCUCUCCUGAGCAAGGCUGUCAUUCCCCUUUAAAACGAUCGCCUACUUAUUUUCCCACUCAGCACACAAGCCCAGCGAGUACAAAUUCAUUACCGCGGCUUUCCCUCAAAGGUUAAAAACUGAGCCAAAAAUCAAUUCAGGUUUGCUGACAAAAAAGCAGAAAUGCUAAUGCCGGUGUCGAGGCAGCCAGAAUGGGAUCCCUCGGAAUCUGCAUGAAUAUUUAUGGUUUUUACAUAAUACUGCCUCCCCUGCCCUCCCACCGAGCGAAAAGCACCCUCUGGGAUUAAUUUAGGGGGCAGAGGAAGAACGGUGGCUUCGGGAGGGAGGGAACGACUUCGAGGUGCACCAGCCAACCCCCGUCCCCAAUUAACUGUGGUGCAAGGAAUACGCUGUACCGUUCUGGUCGCCUCGCCUCAGAGAGGAUAUUGUAGGAUUGGAAAAGGUUCAGAAAAGGGCAGCUAAAAUGUCUGAGGGCGUGGAGUGACUCCCUUAAGAGGAAAGGUUGCAGCAUCUGGCACUUUUUAGUUUGAAAGCAAUUCAACCAAGUGAUGACAUGAUAGAAAUUUAUUUUUAAAAUAUAUAUGCAUGGCCUGGAGAAAAUGGAUAAAGAGAGGUUUUCCACCCUGACUCCUAACUCUAGAACUUAUGGACAUCCAAGGAAGCUGACCAUUGGAAGACUCAGGUUAGGUCAGGCAUAGGCCAACUCGGCCCUCUAGAUGUUUUGGGACUACAACUCCCAUCAUCCCUGACCACUGGUCCUGUUAGCUAGGGAUGAUGGGAGUUGUAGUCCCAAAACAUCUGGAGGGCCGAGUUGGCCUAUGCCUGGGUUAGAUAAAAGAAAGUUCUCCUUUAAGCAGCACAAACUAUGGAACUCCCUCCCACAGUGAUGGCCACCAACCUCGAUGGCUUAAAUUGAGGAUUGGAUGAAUCCCUAGAGGAGGAUAGGACGGUCGAUGGCUCCUAGCCAGGGUGGCUCAGCUCUGCCUCCACUUCUGAACCCCAGUGCCUCCGACACUGGUGUUAAACUGUAGCCAUCUUGCCUAGUAGGCACCGAGAGCUUCAUCUUUCACGAAUGUGUCUCAAUUUCUUCUAGAGCCAUUCCAGUUGGUGGCCAUCAUUGCCACCUGGGCAGCAAUUCCUCAGUCUGACCAUGUGCCAUGUGAAGAUUUGCAUUCUUCCAUCCAUCCUGAACUUUCAUCCAUCAUUCAGCUUUGUUGGGACUGUUAGUUUCUGUUAUCACUGUGCAGCUGCGUGGAGUCACAGGAAUCUGUUUACAUUCCAGAGACCUUGCAGUCUCACGGGAAAGGGAGACGGGAUGUGACGUUAGUGGUUUCCUGGUUCCUUUGUUCCUUUGUUUCAGUUGCUCUCUGCUUUCAUAGAGAGAGGAUGUCUUUUCUGUUCUGCGUAGUUUAGAAAUAAAACUCUUUACAAUGUAGCCAAACCUCUCGUCUCUUCCCUGUGCCGGGAACCCUGCUGGAUAGAAUGUGCUUGAGGCCUUAUCAAAGGCUCAGGUCAUUAAACACGUCGGCGAUUUCAAAGGCUCAGCUCAGAGGAAGAUGAGGCCUUAUCGGCUUGGCCGAGCGAAGUUCUGACAGGGACCAUGGCUAGUCUGGAACUAAGGGACCUUGUGAAGGAGAGAUUCAUCCAGAGUGCCACUAGCCAGCUCGGGGCAAAUGAAGAUCUGCACAGAGACAGAUGUGGGUUUGCUUGAGCCAUCCUUGCUAAUCUGUUUGCAUCUAUCAUAUCAGAUUUCUUCUUUUUUUAAAUAAAAAGUCCAUGAACUUGCUAGGGAGGCUGUUUGCUCGUUUUGCAAGGGGUCCUCUUGCUAAUAGAGAAGAGGAUUUAAUGUGACGUGCUCCCAGGAAAGCUCCCAGGUCUGUCUUGCUCCUCAGGCUCAGCUACGGAAGCACCAUGUUUCCCUGAACAGACAGUUUUCUCCUCACGAGGAAUCAGAGCCAAUGGUAUUUUAACAGAAAACUCCACAAUCAAUGCAAAUAAUUCCACUUGAAGAAAUGGGAACAGUUUUGUUUUGAUAUUGUAGGUUCACUUAUUUUAGCUGGCCCUCCCUCUGAGUUCUUUUAAGUGGUGCUCAUGGUUCUUUUGCUCCCCCACCCAUUCUGGCUUCACAACAACCCUGCGAGGUGGAAAUGGGGAGAGAGAGAGAGAGAGAGAGAGAGAGAGAGAGAGAGAGAGAUUGGCUCAGCAAACUUCACAACUCAGUGUAGAUUUGGUGGCAAAGGGACGUGGGUGGCGCUGUGGGUUAAACCACAGAGCCUAGGACUUGCUGAUCAGAAGGUCAGCGGUUCGAAUCCCCGCGAUGUCACCCCAUUGCUCGGUCCCUGCUCCUGCCAACCUAGCAGUUCAAAAGCACGUCAAAGUGCAGGUGGAUAAAUAGGUACCGCUCCGGCGGGAAGGUAAACGGCGUUUCCGUGCGCUGCUCUGGUUCGCCAGAAGCGGCUUAGUCAUGCUGGCCACAUGACCCGGGAGCUAUACACCGGCUCCCUCGGCCAAUAAAGCGAGAUGAGCGCUGCAACCCCAGAGUCGGCCACGACUGGACCUAAUGGUCAGGGGUCCCUUUACCUCUACCUUUACCUUUACCUUUGUCCAGCACAUUCCACAUCACAGAAUCAUAGAACAGCAGAGUUGGAAGGGACCCUGACGGUCAUCUAGUCCAACCCCUGCAAUGCAGGAACCAUAGCUAAAGAACCCUUGACAGAAGGCCACCCGACCUCUGUGUAAAAACCCACAACCAAAGACUCCUUGUGAGGGAGUCCCUUCUGAAUCAGCGUCAGACAGAGGGACUCAAGCAAACCACAGGCCUGCUUCUUUCCACACCAGUAAUGUUCAGAUUCUGCAGAACUUGCCUGCCCUUUAUCGACUUUAUCUGGCAAGUCUAAUGGCCAGGUGAAGUCCCUGUGCCACAGACCAAAAUUGAUCCAAGUCAGAUCCCGAUGCUCUAAGGUUAAGAGUCUGGUUCUGGAAAUGGCCUGGGCAGUGGCCAAAAGGAAAAGGUCAGGCCAUUUCUGCACCAGCAGGAAAAAAAUAGGAAGGUGCAAGGCAUGCUUUGUAGGCAUGAAGAUCGGACUACGAAUAUUCAAAACAAACCCCGAAACAAAAGAAGUUUGGAAGAGCUCUUGAAUGCACCUUUCAAUCCUUUGCAAAACCUACCGUGUGCACAACAGACUGAGGUUGAAUCCUGACAAGACAGAAGUACUGUUUUUGGGGGAAAGGGGGCAGGUGUGGGGGGGGGGGACUCCCUGGUCCUGAAUGGGGCAACUGUGCCCCUGAAGGACCAGGUGCGCAGCCUGGGAGUCAUUUUGGACUCACAGCUGUCCAUGGAGGUGCAGGUCAAUUCUCUCUCCAGGGCAGCUGUCUACCAGCUCCACCUGGUAUGCAGGAUGAGACCCUACCUGCCUGCGGACUGUCUGGCCAGAGUGGUGCGUGCUCUGGUUAUCUCUCGCUUGGACUACUGCAAUGCGCUCUAUGUGGGGCUACCUUUGAAGGUGACCCGGUAACUGCAACUAAUCCACAAUGCGGCAGCUAGACUGGUGAAUGGGAGCGGCUGCCGAGACCACAUAACACUGGUCCUGAGAGAUCUGCAUUGGCUCCCAGUACGUUUCUGAGUACAAUUCAAAGUGUUGGUGCUAACCUUUAAAGCCCUAAACGGCCUCCGUCCAGUAUAUCUGAAGGAGUGUCUCCACCCCCAUCAUUCAGCUCAGACACUGAAGUCCAGCACCGAGGGCCUUCUGGGGGUUCCCUCAUUGUGAGAAGUGAGGUUACAGGGAACCAGGCAGAGGGCCUUCUCGGUAGUGGCACCCGCCCUGUGGAACGCCCUCCCAUCAGAUGUCAAGGAAAUAAGCAGCUAUCCUAUCUUUAAGAGAUAUCUGAAGGCAGCCCUGUUUAGGGAAGUUUUUAAUAUUUAAUGCUGUAUUGUUUUUAACACUCGAUUGGAAGCCGCCCAGAGGGGCUGGGGAAACUCAGCCAGAUGGGCGGGGUAUAAAUAAUAAAUUAUUAUUAUUAUUAUUAUUACUCAUUUGUCUACCUGCAACAGAUCAGAUCUGCCUGCCUCUCCUACCCCAAAAAGGGCCGUUUCUAAGCCUAACCAGCAUUAUACGGUAGUGGCAAAGAGGAACGCUAAUAGGAUUCAGGAAUGUUAAUUAACCUGCAAUAUAAUUGUAGGAAGAGCAUUCCAAGUGGCGCCCCUCCUGCUGCCACCUCGAGUCGCUUUUGGUUUCCUAACGCAAGUUUUGAUCUUGAAAUAGAUGCUUUUUGUGAGCCCAAGGCUGGUUGAGAUUUCAGAUGCCUCCCACUCCCACGCUCGGCAAGCCAUUCCCACCCCCCUCGCCCCCUGUUCCUCCGAGUUGGCAGAUAUUUAUUUUUUCCCGCAGCUGGAAGAUGAAAGGGGUGGCUUGUUCCCAGGGCAAAGCUGUCUCGCGUGUUUUGAAGACAGGAAGGGAUUGCUAUCGGUGGAAGGCCUCAGUUUUCUAAAGCCGUGUUCAUCAAAUGGGUGAAUUGUUCUGGGGCGGCAAGAAGAGAGCAGUCAGUGCAAGUUGGCUGAUAAAUCAUGUCCUGAUGAUGCGGCUUGCUUUGUCAGGCCAGGGAGCAGCAGAAGGAAGCAUGUUUUCCAAAGCCACAACCAUACCCUCCAACAUUUCUCCACUGAAAAUAGGGGUGUUAAUAAUAAUAAUAAUAAUAAUAAUAAUAAUAAUAUUCCACCCAUCUUACUGGGUUGCCCCAGCCACUCUGGGCACGGCUUCCAACAUAUAUAUAAAAACAUAAUAUGUUGUUAUUUAGUCGUUUAGUCCUGUCCGCCUCUUCGUGACCCCCCUGGACCAGAGCACACCAGGCACUCCUGUCUUCCACUGCCUCCGGCAGUUUGGUCAAACUCAUGCUGGUAGCUUCGAGAACACUGUCCCACCAUCUCGUCCUCUGUCGUCCCCUUCUCCUUGUGCCCUCCAUCUUUCCCAGCACCAGGGUCUAUUCCAGGGAGUCUUCUCUUCUCAUGAGGUGGCCAAAGUCUUGGAGCCUCAGCUUCAGGAUCUGUCCUUCCAGUGAGCACUCAGGGCUGAUUUCCUUCAGAAUGGAGAGGUUGGAUCUUCUUGCAGUCCAUGGGACUCUCAAGAGUCUCCUCCAGCACCAGAAUUCAAACGCAUCAAUUCUUCGGCGAUCAGCCUUCUUGAUGGUCCAGCUCUCACUUCCAUACAUCACUACUGAGAAAACCAGAGCUUUCACUAUGCAGACCUUUGUUGGCAAGGUGAUGUCUCUGCUUUUUAAGAUGCUGUCUAGGUUUGUCAUUGCUUUUCUCCCAAGAAGCAGGCGUCUUUUAAUUUCGUGACUGCUGUCACCGUCUGCAGUGAUCAUGGAGCACAAGAAAGUAAAAUCUCUCACUGCCUCCAUUUCUUCCCCUUCUAUUUGCCAGGAGGUGAUGGGACCAGUGGCCACAAUCUUCUCUUUUAUUUUUAUUUUAUUUAUUUAUUUUGAUGUUCAGCUUCAAACCAUAUUUUGCACUCUCCUCAUAACAUUAAACAUUUAAAAACUUCCCUUCAGAUGGGUUGGUGGGGGCAGAUGACUCCAUACCCUCCAACAUUUCUCCAAUGAAAAUAGGGAGGUCCUAAGGAAAAGUGUGACAUUCCAGGGUCAAAUCGGAAACUGGGACGGCUUCGGUAAAUCCAGGGCUGUCCCUGGAAAAUAGAGACAUUUGGGAGGUCUGCAUGACUGGGCUCAGCAGCAAGUGAAUGUUUCCUCCCAUCAGCCCCGACCAGAAGACGGGGAAUAUGUUUUGAUGCUUUUGUUUUUUAAAAUGUACAGUGGUACCUCAGGUUAAGAACUUAAUUCAUUCUGGAGGUCCGUUCUUAACCUGAAACAAUUCUUAACCUGAAGCACCACUUUAGCUAAUGGGGCUUCCUGCUGCCGCUGCGUGAUUUCUGUUCUCAUCCUGAAGCAAAGUUCUUAACCCGAGGUACCACUGUACAGUGGUACCUCGGGUUACAUAGUCUUCAGGUUACAUACACUUCAGGUUACAGACUCCGCUAACCCAGAAAUCGUACCUCGGGUUAAGAACUUUGCUUCAGGAUGAGAACAGAAAUUGUGCUCUGGUGGCGCGGCAGCAGCAGGCGGCCCCAUUAGCUAAAGUGGUGCUUCAGGUUAAGAACAGUUUCAGGUUAAGAAUGGAUCUCUGGAACGAAUUAAGUACUUAACCCGAGGUACCACUGUAUAUAGGAAGCCUUCUUCUGAGGAGAACAGGAAUCGUUGCCAUGGAAUCAUUGUCUUGUGUGUACAGAAAAGGGCAACCCAAGUGAAGCUGAAUGCUGGGAGAAAAUCCAGGACAGAUAAAUGGAAGGAUUUCAUCCUGUGUUAAACUAUGGAACUGCCUGCCACAGGAGGCAGUGAUGGCCACCAACUUGGAUGGCUGUGAAAGGGGGUUAGACAAAUUCAUGGCAGGGGAGACGGCUAUCGAUGGCUCCUCGCCACAGUGACCAAGCUCUGCCUCCACAGUUGGGACGGCAAUGCUUCUGAAUGCCAGUUGCUGGAGGCCACAGUUGCUGUGUGGCUUUGGUCUUGCUUGGGGGUUUCUCCUAAUGGGCAUCUGGUUUUCGACUGUGAGAACAGAAUGCUGGACUAGAUGGACCACUGGCCUGAUCCAGCAGGAUCUUCUUAGGUUCUUAAGGGCCUUUCUGGAUCAGGCCAGUGGCCCUUCCAGUCCCACACGGAUCAAGUUUACCCUGGAGAAGAGAAGUCGGAGAGGUGGAAUGAGAGCCACCUUCAGAUAUCUGAAGAGCCAUCACAUGGAGGAUGGAACAAGCUGGCCUUCAGGUCCUUUUCAGGAGAUUCCUGUGAUGGCCUGGGACUCGGACCCAGAGGAGUCUCAGUCCGCACUGGAUCCUUUGCCUCAGGCAUCAUCUGAACCAAGUCUGGGGCCUGAUCCUGAAGAGCCCCAGUCUGCACAGGUUCCCCUACAACAAGCACCAGCUGGGCCGAGUCCGGGCCCUGAGCCUGCCCUGGCUCCAGAUGCGGGGAUGACCUUGUUGCCUCCAGCUGGGCCAUCACUUACAGCUGCUCCAGAGGAGGCUGAGGUGGCCCCUGGGUCUAGUCACCCACCGACGUCUCCCGAGCUGCAGAGACUCAGGUCUGAGAGAAGGAGAGACCUGAGUACUCGCAGGAGGAGUGCUCACCUUUGGGCGAAACAGGGAGGUGAGUCGCCGGGGGAUCAGGACCGGCCGUUACCCCGUCAGAGAUAAAAGGCUGUCAGACCCCACCGCAGGUUGCGGGAGCAACAUUGCUGCAUGCUAGAUCCUGCCUGAGAUCCUGCGCCUGUCCUUGCCUGGUUUCCUGCCUCGUGUCCUGCCUUGGCCCUGUCAGACUGACUCCCAGCAGUACCUACAGAUUCUGGACCAGUCCUGGACUGCGUUUCAUAGGUUACCCCGGGCCCAGCACAAUUCCUACUCAACACCAGGAGGAACGUUCUGACAGUAAGAGCCUUUUGAUGGUGGAACAGGCUCCCUCGGGAGGUUGUGGGCUCGCCUUCUUUGGAUGUUCCUAAACAGAGGUUGGGUGGCCAUCAGCCAGGGAUGCUUUAGUUGAGAUUCUUGCAAUGCAGGGGGUUGAGCUAGAUGACCCCUGAGGUUCCCUUCCAACUCUGAUUCUAUGAGAUGCAGGCCCUGGUACCUUGAGCUGCCAUCAGGAAGGAAGGAAUCGCUUUUGAAAGUGACCUUGGCUCCCUCUGGCUCACUGCGAAAAAUCACUCCCGCCGGCAAAACCCACCCGGCAGUUUGGAGAAAACCUUGACGCUAAGCCUCUUUUGAUCGCAGAUUGGUUUCCAUGCCAUGUGCCUCAGCGUGGUGGGGUUUUUUUGGGAGUGUGUGUGUGAAAAAGGAAGAAGCAGAAGUGGUGAGGGGGAGAUUGGAGAAGGAAGUUGUAUUUCUGUCCAAUUAAAGUAGCAGCCAGAGAUCCAUCCCUAAAGUGUGGAGACGAGUAUCGAAAGAACCUGGGGAAGGAGCCAAGUCUUGUUCCAGCUCAAAGCAGCGGGGGGGGGGGGGGAUUUGGUGCACGUCUGGCAUUUUGCAGGGCGGGGGGACAGCUUAAAAUGGUGGGAGGUGAAAGACAGAUUGAGUGAGAUCCCCUUUCUGUGGGAAGCAGAUGGUCCUGUCCAGAGCAGGAGGGACGGUAUCUUCGUUUUAAAAAAACUGAGCAGCUUCUGGGGAUGCAUCCAGCACUUGAGAACAUAAGAAGAUCAGCUGCAGGAUGAGGCCAAGGGCCCACCUAGUCCAGCAUCCUGUGACUGACCAGAUGCCUCAGUGGAAAAAUUGGCAGGGGAGGUCCCAGAACAGAUAAUUCCACCGUCGGUCUGCGAGCGUUAAGAAAAGGAUCCUAAAGGGGGAAAAGAAGAAUAUUCUUAUAUGCUGCAAGAGCGGCGAGAAUACUGGUCGCCAAAAAAUGGAAAGGCGAAAUGAUACCAUCGAAAGCGGAACGGCAGGAGAAAUUGUUUGAAUAUCUCGAAUUAGCAAAAUGGACAAGAGACAAUGAGGAGACAGCCAACUCAAAGGUAUAGAAAAGAAUGGGGGAUUUGUAAAGGAUAUUUAAUUAAACAUUGUCCACCAGUGAAAACAUGGACAUGCUUUGGGUAAACCCCGCAAUUUGCAAGUUAGAUAAAGAAUAUAUGAGAUAGAAUAAAGAAAGGAAUGGAGAUAAGGAAUAUGAAAGUAAUAAUAAUAAUAACAAUAAUAAUAAUAAAAGAUGAACUGAGAUUUGGAAGCAUUUCUGCCUGCAACUGUUGAAGCAGAGCCCCGUCAUCCAUAGUCCUUUCCUCCUCCCUGAAUUGGUCUAAUCCUCUUUCAAAGCCAUCCAAGUUGGUGGCCAUCACUGCCUCCUGUGGCAGGGAGUUCCAUAGUUUAACUAUGUGCCGCAUGCUGAAAUCCUUCCAUUUAUCCGCCCUGAAUCUUCUUCCAGCGUUCAGCUUCAUUUGGGCUGCCCUUUUCUGAAUAUACAAUACAAUGAUUCUAUAGCAACGAUUCCUGUUCUCCUCGGAUGAAGGGUUGCUAUAUACAUUUUAAAAAAUAAAAGCAUCAAAACGUAUUCUUUUUUAUCUCCUUACGCCCCAGCAAGUGCUGGUCUGAAUUUAAGGUCUUGCGUAGUGUAAUGUCAGAAUCAUUCCUGCCUCCCUUUGCUCUCACCAAAACUCAGCAGUCGUGCACAGAAAUCUUGAAAGGAGGCGCACCUCUUACACGGCGUGCAAUGUGUGCGAUUGCGCACCCCCAACAAAAACGGGCUGUCAGAUGGUGUGUUAUUUCUCUUUGCUUUAGAGCCCCACGUCCAGCCCCGGAGAACCAUCCCCUGCCCCAUCCGGAGCUUUCAACCCAAAGGCCACCAGUUAAUUGGUCCAACGUGGCCAUCUUGUCAGCGGGUUGUCAAAAUUUUAAUAAUCUGAACGCAGCAAGGAGGGGUUGGGCGGGGGUUGGGGGGUGAAAGUUUCAGUGACAGGGAAAAUUGAAUCCCCAGUUCUGCUCCUGACAGCUCUGAAAUUGGGCUUCGAGGCUGGCAGUGCUGGGGGAGGAAGAGAAUGAAUUUGCGAAAAAGAAAGGCUCUCCUCUCCAGCUUGUGGUUUGGAGAGAAGCCAGGAGGCCUCUGGUCGGCUAACUCCAGUCUAUCAGAAGCUGAUGGGCCAAAAUUGCGGCCUGGCAGGCAGCCUGGUCUCUUGCCACAAAUGUCAUAGGAUCAUAUAACUGUCGAGUUGGAAGGGACCCAAAGGUCAUCUAGCCCAACCCCCUGCAAUGCAGGAGUCACGGGUCAAGAAUCCCUGACAGAUGGCCAUCCAAAACCCCCAAUGAAGGAGAGUUCGUCACCUUCUGAAGGAGUCCAUUCCCCUGUGAAACAGUCCUGACCAACCAGAAAUUCAUCCUGAUGUUUAUAUUCAGAAUCUCUUUUCUUGUCCUUUGGGUGCCAAUCCCUGGAGCAGCAGAAAACAAGCUUGCUCCAUCUUCCAGGCGGUUUUUGUGUGAUUCUCGGCCAUGACCUCGUGGCAUAAAGCCAAGUUUCCACUGCCGAGAAAGCUCACGCAAAAAUCCAAAAUCUCAAGGUGUCGUCAUAGUGGUAGAACCCAUGAAACUCACUGCCACCAGAGGCAAUGGUGGCCAUCAACUUGGCUGGCUUUAAAAGAGGAUUAGGCCAAUUUGUGAAGGAGAUGGCUAUCGAUGGCUAAUAGCCAAUGUCGCUUUGCUCUGCCUCCAUAGUUGCUGGAAUCCGCAGGAAGUGGGAGUUGCUCUUGCGUUCGAAUCCUGCUUGCAGGUUUUCCGCAGGCAGCUGUUCAGGAAGCUGGACUAGAUGGGCCAUUGGCCUGAUCCAGCAGUCUGUGCCCAGCUUCUGUGGCUAGUCCAGGGCGGUGCCUGGUGUUUUCUCCACCUUGGAAACUAGAGCUGAUUCUGCCAAUUUUCCUCCAGACAUCUGUGCAGUAAAUGGGAUCUAUAAGCAGGGUGCAGAUGGGAGCAAUCGAACAAUAGGUGGAUCUCUCCUGGGGUUGUAAACCAAACAGCUUGUGGUCUGAAAUGAGACAGAAAGAGAAAAGGGGAUUGUUGGGACCUUAUGGGUUCCAGGCAAAGAGGAAUUUUAAGCAGUGUCCAUUUUCAAACUGUCUCCACCUAUUAAAUUUAACUGCAAACUGCAUUCCUUUAAAUCAAGGGAUAUAAAAUAAGCCAGGGGAGCUGCUGUGUCCCAGCGGUCAUUUCGUGGUUGAAACCGAGCCGUCCUUCAGCUUGCAAAUUUCCUUGGGCCUGGGGCAGGACUGCCCAGCAGCAGAGAGAUCCGGGUUCAAAUCCUUUCUCAGCCACAAAGCUGAACUGUGUGACUUUGGGUUUGUUGAUCUUUUUCUUCCCCCGACCUGCCGCGCAGGGUCGUUGUGAGGCCAAAGGGAAGAGGGAAUUAUGAAGACCGCUCUGAGUUCCUUGGAGGAAGUUUUCAAUAAACCCUCAAGGCCUGUCCCACGGAAGAUGGAGUGAGCUUGUUUUCUCACGUUCCAGAGGGCAGGACCCAAACGAAUGGCUUCGUCUUAUAAGAAAGGAGAUGGUGAAUUUCUAAAGCCCAACAUUAAAUGCUAUUUGUGACGUGGAAAGAGAGCCUAUGAUAAUUCAGGCAAGACUUAGAUCUGUGCAGUCUGGAAACAGAGAAUUGUAGGGUCAGAAGGGACCCCAAAUGUGAGGUUUACUUUUGGGGAAAUGAUUCCGCUCAUGUCAAGCUUGACAUUCCCCCCACCCCAGUCCAAGGGGGGCUGUUAUAUAGAAACACCCAUUAAAAUGGAGUCUCAUGGCCGUUUCAUUCAAUGCACUCAGGAUUAUGAUGUGAAACGGUAAAAAAUAAAUAAAAUGCUUGCUUUUAAUUGGCUGUGUAUACAGUCCUGAGUGCAUUGUGUGAAGCGACAAUGGGAGCAAUUAUUCUGCCUUCCUGUGCAGUUUUGCGUUCUCGUGCUUUUUAGGGUGGGGAGGGGCACAGCAGAAAGGAGAGAACUGCAAAGCUCAAUAAUGUGCCAGGCCGUUUUUCUAAACAGAAAACAUCUUUGCUAAAAAGCUGGGCUCUCUGCUCAGAAAUUUGUUUCCUUGGUACGGAGGGAGCUUUGCAUUGUUGGCUACCGAAACCCUCUCAGAAAGAAAACCCGUUUCCUGCAGCACAUGCUCUUCUCGUUGCUACAAUUCUGUUUACGCGUUUGCAAAGCUAAGCAGGGUCUGGUGGGGUUUCAGACUGGAUGGGAGCCCUCAUGCUGAGAGUCCUGCAUUUCAGGGGGUUGGGCUAGAUGACCCUCUGGGUCCCUUCCAACUCUACCGUUCUAGGAUUCACCUCUUACUUGCCACUUCUCUAAACUAAAAAGUCCCUCAAAGGGGAGUAGCUCCGUUCCCUCCAUCAUUUUGGUUGCCCUUAUCUUUUUUCUAAUUUUUUUAUUUAUUUAAAUAUUUUCAUGAAUGACAAAGGUCUAUAGAACAUCUCCUUUUUCAGUUCAUAGGAGUCCUUUCCGCAUGUCAGUUACAUUCUGUGUGAGACAUUGUUAUCACAGGCACUGUGAGGUUUAUGGGGAGAGAGAACUGGGGAGAAAGAUCUUUCAUUCUUUUUCUGAACCCUUCCAAACCCUAAAAUCUCCUUUUUGAGGCAAGGCCACCAGAACCGCACACAGGAUUCCAAAUGCGGUUGCACCAUAGAUUUGUACAACAGCAUUAUGAUAUUGGCAGUUUUGUUUUCAAUUCAUUUCCUGAUGGUCCCUGGCAUGGAAUUUGCCUUUUUUCACCCAGCCAAGGUGGUGUUUGGGGCGGUGUGUGUGUGUGUGUAAAGUCAAUCCUGGUACAUCUGAUGCCUUUUAGAUUAUGUUUUUUUUAAACUAUACCCUGCCACUUGUAGACCUCCAGUUUUUUAACUGGUAGAUUAAUCACAUAUAAAGCUUAAAUUGCUUAGCUGGCGUUAUUCCAUUUUAAUCAGUGGGGCUGCAAGUUUAUGGGCACCUUAAAAAACGCUGCUUUGCUUCUAGCGUGUACUUGGGAUAAGAGAGAGCCCCCCCUCCUUUCUACGAUAAAUUGUUUGCUUAAAUUGCCUGUUAUCUCGCACUUUUGUCUCUAAAAAGCUCCCUGGAUUGAAGCUUUGAGCGAAAUGCAAAUUAAUUUCUGUUUAAUCAAUUCCAUCAGUCGAUUGGUUAAGUGGCAGGCCAUCAAUCAACUGAGAAGUCUCAAACAGGUUGACAGCUCUAGCAGUUCUGCUUGUUGGAGAGCAGGCUUUGGGGGCUGCAGUGAGAAGGAUUUUUUCAGGGGAUCUGCAAAUCUACUUGCCUGCUUUCUCUGGGGACAAAAUAAUAAUAAUAAUAAUAAUAAUAAUAAUAAUAAUUAUUAUUAUUUGGGGGGUGGGGACUGGACUACUGCAAUGUGCUCUGUGUGGAGCUUCCCUUGUGCUUGAUCCAGUGCUUGCAGUUAGUGCAGAAUGCUGCAGCGCGAUUGCUGACAGGAGGGAGGCCUUGUCAGCAAAUGACACCUGCGCUCAGAGUCCUGCGCUGGUUUCCAAAUUGCUACCGGGCCAAGUUCAAGGUGUUGCUGUUGGGGUCAACAUCCCACAUGCGUCCACUGCACUGCUUGGGUGGGUGGAAUUAGCACUGCCACAGCUGCCACGUAAUUCCCAUUCCACAUCUGUAAGGAACUUGUUCUUUUAGUCUGGCAGCCCCUGCCUAUACUCUGGAACUCCCUGCCUAUUGAUAUCAAGCAGCCGCCUUUGCCUGCUCUCUUUUUGGCUCCUGCUAAAAUUCUUGUUUCGACGACCCUGUCCCGGUGCUGAAACAAUUGAUGUGAAUUUUAACCUGUUUUAGCAUUUUCAUGCUUUCUGUGUGUUUUAAGCUGUUGUGAACUUUUCUUGAGUUUCCUGCUUCGUUGUUGUUAUUUAUUUAUUUGUGUAUUUGUUUAUUUUUACGAUCUCGUGGUGUAUAAAUCGAAACACCCUUGAUGGAUUCAUAGCUGUCAACUUUCAGAUUUGAAAAUAAGGGAUCAGCAGCCUCACCUGCCCCGGGGACAGUCUACGGGAUAUCUAACAAUCCGGGAUAGCAGUGGGAAGCACCGGGAAAUGGCGCUGGAAUAAGGGAAUUUCCUGCAAAAAAAGGGAAGUGUCAGAGCUGGCUCCAGGUCCCAGCUCACAGAGGACCAACGCUAGCCGGCAGUAAUGUACAAAAGUCUUUAUUGAAGUACAGUUUCCAUUUUCAAGCCGCAGCGCCCCAGCUCUACGUCUAGGGGUUAGAUCGGCGAAGCUCCAUCUGAGUCUCCGCCCCUUGUACACCAGUUUAAGAUUCUAGCCUUACUCCACCUCUUACGUCUCUCCUUUCUCCUCUGGGUCCUGCUACCCACCGGGGUCCCUUCCUUCCUGGAUUCUUCUGACGCUGUCCCCCCUGGGUCCUUGGGCCUCUUUUCGGCGGGCUUUGGGACCUGGCUCCCUAUCCGGGCUGCCAACUGCGCCGCCCUCCUGUACAUUUGAACUUGGCGCGCGCGCCCAGCCUUCAACCUUCCUCUCGACCGUUCCUCGCUCCCCGAUGGAGGCGUGGCCAAUCCUGACUCAUGUCCUCCCACUGGCAGUGCGCCGCCUGAUCCCGAUGCCUGGGACCCCUCCCCCCUACUGCACUCUGGUGUGGACGCUGGUCCUGAUUUCCAACUGCUGCUCUCUGAGUCCCUCUGGGGCCUUCUUCCUGGGGUGUCCCCCUCGGCACCCCCUUGCUCUGACCAAGGGAGCCCCUUUCUGUGAAUCUUCCGAUUCGCUGGAAAGACUCAGAGACCUCGGACCGCUGUCAUCGCUAACAUUUCCUUCGGACUCCUCCCCCUCGCUCUCUAUUUCCUCCCUUUCCUGUGCCUCUGCUCCUGAACCCCUGACAGGAAGGUUGACAGCUAUGCUUGAAUUGCAGCUGGGAACGACCACAGCAUUGGGGAUAGAAUAUCUGCUUUGUGAACAGAAGGUCCCGGGUUCAGCCCCCCCCACUUUAUUCCAUUUUAUUGCAUGCAUGUUCCGCCUUUUCCUCCCAAGGAUCUCAAAGUGGCGUCCGUGGUUCUCCUCUUCCUCCCCCUUCCAUCCCCACAACGACCCUGUGAGGCAGGCUAGGCUAAGAGAUAGCGACUGGCCCAAGGUCACCCCCUGAGUGGCACCUCCAGGCAGACUCUGGGGGCUCCUGCCUGAAACCCAGUGGGCUAGAUGGACCAAAUGGUCUGACAGCAGAAGGCAGCAGAAGGCAGCUUCUUAUGUCCCUGUACAGGUGCGCGGCAUCCCGAUUCUGGAUAGCUCAGUUGGUUAGAGUGUGGUGCUUCUAAUGCCAAGGUUGCAGCGGGUUGGGCUAGAUGACCCUCAGGGUCCCUUUACAAUUCUAUGAUUCUCUCACCUCUGAGCAGUGAGAGACUCUGGGGGUCCUGGCCCUCUCUCCCACCACAAGAAUUUGCGAACAUGCGAUGGAGCCGAACGCUGCAUCUUUCAAGCGACUGGUUCUUGAGAUGCUGCUCAUCGGCUGGCGGCUGGGGCUGCCUCUUUUAAUUUUAUUUUCUGUUCAUUAAAGAGAUUACGCUAAGAGGUACACAGAUUAUCUCUUGGCCGGCGCCUGCUCUGGAGCGACUCUGCAUUAAUCCCUCUCCCCCUCUUUUGUUCUCUUCCCUCGCUGCAGGACAUCUUCACGCCAGAGUGCAAAUUUAAGGAGUCCGUUUUUGAAAACUACUACGUUAUAUAUUCCUCUACGCUGUACCGGCAGCAGGAAUCCGGGAGAGCCUGGUUCUUGGGGCUCAAUAAAGAAGGGCAGAUUAUGAAGGGGAACCGGGUGAAAAAGACCAAACCAUCAUCACAUUUUGUACCGAAACCCAUAGAAGGUAGGUUGGGGCGGAGUCCCCAGUUUUGCUUUCUCUGCAUUUGGGUGGUGGUGGUGGUGUUUGGUGAAGAAGUUGUGUUUCCUUUUGGGGUGGGAGGGAUGCUGAGCAAAAUCAGAUUGCUCCCCAGGCUCUCUUUCGCUCUCUUGUGCAAAAUGCAGCUGGGCUCACUUGCCCGAGAGACCUGGCGUCCAUUUCUUGGGGAGCUUCUUUGGCAUAAUGCAUUUUGUUUGGUCCUGCUCUUUGCUUGUGACCUGUUGCGACUAUAAAAUGAUGAAGGUGGGGAGAGACAUAUAUUUAGGACCUUGCCAUGAAAAGAGGGAGGGAAACAUCACUGAUAAAGUUCCAUUAUUAGCUGGCUUAUGGAGGUAUGUUUUGGUCAGGCUUUAUGGAUAGCCCACCCCCAAUUUCACAUCUAUUCAGAGGGAUAAAGCUGAGCUCUGUUUGCAUAUGUAGUAUUAAAUUUGGGAACGGCUCAUCAUAAGAAUUCCAGAUCACAAUGCAACCCUAACUGGAUCAAACCAAGCUGGCCAGGGGGCCUCAGUCCUAAGUCUGGUUAAGGGAGCAUUCCCUUACAAAGGCACAGAGGAUAAAUCUGAUGCAACCAUGCUGCUUGCCAAAUGGCAUUUGUUGGGGUGCGUAGCCUGGUCUGAUUUCACAUUGCAUUUUGGGCUGAAUAAUAAUAAUAAUAAUAAUAAUAAUAAUAAUAAUAUUUCUACCCCGACCAUCUGGCUGGGUUUCCCCAGCCACUCUGGGCAGCUCCCCACAGAAGGUUAAAAAUACAUUAAAAAUUGUGUACACAAUAUACCUUCAAAGUUCGUUUUUUCACCCAGAGAAUUCUGGACAUUACCACACGCAGAGUUGCAAUUCCCAGCAACCCUUAACAAAGUACAGGGCCCAGAAUUCUCUGUGAACUUUGCACGUGCUUGAAAUGUGUGAAACAUAGAAAUAGUAUCAGAACAUAGUCUUGCACAAUAUUUUUUUUAAAAAACACACAUUGUGUUUAAAACAACUUAAAAUUUCAAAAAUAAGAUGGUUCCUAAAAACCAUACACCUGAGGUGUCAUAAGCCUGGUGCGAACAGGUGUACCUUCAGCAUCCUCUGGAAGCUGUGCAAUGAAGGUGCCAGGCGCGCCUCUGUGUGGAGGGAGUCAUACAGCUUAGGGGCCACCACAGAGAAGGCCCUCUCCACACACACACACACACACACACACACACACCGAGCCUCUGAGGGCGAAGGGACAACUAAGAAGGCACCCUCUGCUCAUCUUCGCACCCAAGAUGCCUCUGCUCUGCCCCCACAGUUUCGGGGAGCAAUGCUUCUGAAUGCCAGUUGCUGGAAACCACCAGCGGGGGCAGGGGGCAGAGAGCUCUUGGGCUUGGGUCCUGCCGGCAGGUUUCCCAUAAUGGGCCUCCUGUGAGGAUGCUGGACUUGAUGGACCACCAGCCUCAUCUAGGAGGCCCUUCUUUUGUUCUGCAUCCUGCAGAAACAGACCUUGCACCUGUGGUGUUGGGUUCACACACCCCUGCCACCUAGGUCCCGGGUGCCAGAGGGGAAAAAUCUGGAUGGCAUUGAUGCCUUCGGGUGGGCAUGUGUGGUUUCUCUGUAAGCAGGGCAGCUGUCUUCCUUCUGCCUCGUCUGCAAAGGGCUGAGCAUCCCUGUCCCCCUGCUCUGACUGCUAGGAGACUGGCUCUCUCUUUCACUCUUCCCUCCCAACGUCUGUGAUAAACAGGCUCUAGGCAUCCCUUUCCGGGAGACAGACAUGGGUCAGCGUCUCUCUCUCUCUCUCUGCAAUCCCCUUAAACAGAUGGCAGGCAGAGGAGGAAGCAAAAGCUCCCAGAUGCUGUACAAACUGGCCUCAAUAUCCCACCUUCCGCUGCAUCCUCAAGGUUACAGCUACAGACACAACCUUGAUGGCAGAAAGUGAGGAGGAAUUAAAGAACCUUUUACUGAGGGUGAAAGAGGAGAGCGCAGAAUAUGGUCUGAAGCUCAACAUCAAAAGAAAAACGAAGAUCAUGGCCACUGGUCCCAUCACCUCCUGGCAAACAGAAGGGGAAGAAGUGGGGGCAGUGAGAGAUUUUACUUUCUUGGGCUCCAUGAUCACUGCAGACGGUGACAGCAGUCACAAAAUUAAAAGACGCCUGCUUCUUGGGAGGAAAGCAAUGACAAACCUAGACAGCAUCUUUAAAAGCAGAGACAUCACCUUGCCAACAAAGGCCCGUUUAGUAAAAGCUAUGGUUUUCCCAGUAGUGAUGUAUGGAAGUGAGAGCUGGACCAUAAAGAAGGCUGAUCGCCAAAGAAUUGAUGCUUUUGAAUUGUGGUGCUAGAGGAGACUCUUGAGAGUCCCAUGGACUGCAAGAAGAUCCAACCUCUCCAUUCUGAAGGAAAUCAGCCCUGAGUGCUCACUGGAAGGACAGAUCCUGAAGCUGAGGCUCCAAGACUUUGGCCACCUCAUGAGAAGAGAAGACUCCCUGGAAAAGACCCUGAUGUUGGGAAAGAUGGAGGGCACAAGGAGCAGGAGAGAACGGAGGACGAGAUGGUUGGACAGUGUUCUCGAAGCUACCAGCAUGAGUUUGACCAAACUGUGGGAGGCAGUGGAAGACAGGAGUGCCUGGCGUGCUCUGGUCCAGGGGGUCACGAAGAGUCGGACACGACUAAACGACUAAACAACAACAUGUGGAGCCGUGUAGGAACAGUGUCCCGUCUUGUCCAGCAUCCUGUUCUCACAGUGGCCAACCAAAAGCAGGACUCGAGCACAAGAGAAUUAUUACUAGGAGCCAUGGAUAGCCCUCUCCUCUCCAUGAAUUGGUCUAUUAUUAUUUUUUUGAAGCCACCCAAGUUGAUGGCCAUCACUGUGUCCUGUGACAGAGAGUUCCAUUAUUCACUUCCAUAGUUUAAACUGUGCUACAUAAAGGACUUUAUUUUAUCUGUCCCCAAUCUUCCAACAUUCAGCUUUAUUAGAUGCCUAUGAGUGUAGACACUGAAGACUGUGCACUGCUGAAAAGGUCUCACUUUCAGAAUUUUCUAGAAACGAGGGUGUGUGGGAUUAUAUAUAUAUAUUAGUUUUUAAAUAUAAAAUUAUAAAACAUACCACACAAUUCAUCACAAAUACCCUCUUAUUAGACUUCCGUCAGCACCUCUGACAAUCCUCCGUCUUAAUCACUUCUUACGCAUUUCCUAACUUAAUAUUGCCUUUACAUUUUUAACACAACUCAUCUCCUUCUUCAUUUUUGCAAUAUUUCUAAUAUUAGUCCUCACAGAGCUUCUUGCAAACCUACAAACAUCGUCUGGUCUUCGCAAAUACUUUUCAAAUAAUCCAUAAAUUUACUCCAGUCCUCGGUAAACUUCUGGUCCCGCUGGUUUCGGAUCCUUCCCAUUAGCUUAUCAAGUUCCGCAUAGUCCAUUAAUUUCAUUCUCCAUUCUUCAAUCGUUGGUAAUUCUUCUUGCUUCCAAUAGUAUUCUUGCUGCUGUUACUGCAUAUAAAAAAAGCUUACAUUCCUUUUUAUUUAUAUCAUUUCCAACAAUUCCCAAAAGAAACGCUUCUGGUUUCUUUAUAAAUGUAUAUUUCAACAUUUUUUUCAAUUCGUUAUAUAUCAUCUCCCAGAAGCCUUUCACCUUUUUACAUUCCCACCACAUGUGAGAAAAUGUUCCCUCUUUUUCCUUACAUUUCCAACAUUUAUUACUUACUUUAUACAUUUUUGCUAACUUUACUGGUGUAAUAUACCAUCUAUACAUCAUUUUCAUCACAUUUUCUUUUAACGCAGUACUUGCAGUAAAUUUUAAACCUUCUUUCCAUAAUUUUAUCCAAUCACUCAACUGUAUAUUAGGGUAUGUUGGAUUUCAUGGAUGCCAAAUGGCCGCUUUCCGGGUGCCAAUGGCCCCUGGCCAUUCUGUGCAAGAAUCCUAGCAAAUGGAAGACAUGGUCUACAUUCUCACCGUGCAUUCAAAGCGCUACUGUUCCCCUUCAAACAGUUAUGGCUUCUCCCUGAGAAUGCUGGGAACUGUAGUUUGUUAAGGGUGCAGAGAUUUGGUUGGAGGCCUCCCCAUUCCCCUUGCAGAGACGCAAUUCCUAGAGCUGCCUGUGAAGAGGGAUUGGUUGUCAAACCGCUUUUGGAAUUGCAAGGGGGUUGGACUAGAUAGCCGUUGGUGAUCCCUUCCAACUCUACAGUUCUGUGGUUCUGUGAAAGGAGGCAGUGCCCCACCAACCGCAGCCAGCCCCCAGCCCCUGCCUUCUUCCUUACAACCAGACGGGGGGCUCCAGUACGUUUCCGAGCACAAUUCAAAGUGUUGGUGCUGACCUUGAAAGCCCUAAACGGCCUCAGUCCAGGAUAUCUGAAGGAACGUCUCCACCCCCAUUGUUCUACCCGGACACUGAGGUCCAGUGCCGAGGGCCUUCUGGCGGUUCCCUCAUUGCGAGAAGCAAGGUUACAGGGAAUCUGGCAGAGGGCCUUCUCAGUAGUGGCACCCGCCCUGUGGAACGCCCUCCCAUCAGAUGUCAAAUAGAACAACUACCAGACUUUUAGAAGACAUCUGAAGGCAGCCCUAUUUAGGGAAGCUUUUAAUGUUUGAUGCAUUACUGUAUUUUAAUAUUGUGUUGGAAGCUGCCCAGAGUGGCUGGGGAAAUCCAGCCAGAUGGGCGUUGUAUAAAUUAUAAAUUAUUAUUAUUAUUAUUAUUUAUUAUUACUCCUCCUGUUGGACUCCCUGCCUGCCAUUCCAUUGGGCACAAGCCAUUCUCCUCGCUUGCCCUGGCUUACUCUCGCCUGCUCGCCCCAAAUCCACUUUUGCAAUUCAAGCAGCUCCUUCGAACCAAUGUCCCGUUUUUGAGAAAGGCACUUGGCAGCAGGGUGGGCAAGUGGGAAGUGCAUUAGGCAGCAGGGAGAAGAACAAACAGCGGCAAGUCUUUUUGCUUUUAAGAAACACAGAGCAUGCACACAAACUGUGUGGAUUUUACUCCUCUGCAGCGAAAAGCUCCCCACCCAGCCUGCCUGCAGUUUGGAUGUUCCAACAGUACGAAUAGCUUGCAAGUUGGGGAGGCGUCCCCCACCCCUGCCCACAGUGCUGCUUUGGAGAAGCAGCAGCAUGCAAGACCUGGCGUUGUAAAAUGCUCUUUAGUCCCAUAAACCAGCUCAGUACAUUGAGCCCUGGGAUCCUUACUCCAGAGAUUCUCCCGCAUUUACUUAUUUGUUGCUAUUAAACAAAAUAAACCAAAGAGCAUAAAGGAAUAAUGUUACAGCAGGUGGAAAACUGCCUUAGGUUGGACUUUAUCACUGAUGUUGUUCCAGAACAUUGCAAAAAAUAAUAAUAAUUACCCAUUUCCUCCAUAAACCUGUUAGGCUGGUUUGUAUGCAUUCUUCUGUAGUAAGUUAGGCUUAACCAUCGUUACUGUGCCCCAGAUUUUCUGAGGCCGUUCAGAUACAGUAGGCAACAUGCUCCCCCACAAUUUUUAGCUAUUAAAAUCUUAGCAACAGUUAUAACUAUUUCUUUAUCAUUUACUGGAAUAGCAUCUUUCAGAUGAACAAACAUAAAUGCUUUAGGUACCAGAGGUUAGGCUAUCCUACCAUAUCAGACAUAUCCACCUGAUUUCCAUAAUAUAUAUAUUUUUAGAACAAUUCUAAAAGGUGAUUUGCUUUAUUCCACCUCUCCAGCUUCUGUCCGAUCCUAACAGAUAUUAAAUUAGAUUUAUAAGGCGUUAAAUACCACUGACAGAGGGUUUUGAAAUGGUUCUCCUUUAGGAAAUUGUAUGAGAAUGGAAGUUGUCCCAAAUUCAUUUCCAUCUCCCCGCUGAGUCCCUUCCUGGGGUUCCUUUCUGCCUGGAUGAGCCUGGCGCCUUCUGCAUGAAAAGCAGCCUUGCCACCCCUGAGCUUCGGUGGGCCUUGCAUGGAGCUGGAGAGAUCCCUGGCGCCUCAUCCCUCUGGCACCUGGGAAAGGCUGGUCCUGCCCCCACCCACAGACCUCCAGCCCUGACCUGAAAUGAACCCACAAGGCUCUGGCUCAAGCUAGGAAGACAGAGCUGGGUCUUCGCCUCAGACAGCUGAGAUCAAAGGCCUUGGCAAUCCAGGUCACUGGGCGGGGGGCACCCGAGCCCCCUGGCUUGGUGCUGCCUGAGUCCUCUGUUGUUUGGGGCUGAUAAGAAACGGGAGCCCAAGGAAGGGGGACCUCCCCAACCUCUUAAAGCCAGAUGGAUCCGUUCCGGGAGCAACCAGGGCGGACUGGGGCUCCUCCUUUGUGCGUCUGGCAUCUAAGGCUCCAAGUCGAAAAAUAGCUCUGAGGGGACUGGAAAGAGCCUUAUCUGUUGGAGACCAGACCCCCCUCCCCUCCCCGCCUCCCCCUCCGUGCUUUGGGAAGGCCUUGGCUUGAAAGGGACAUGAGCUGGGAGCUUAACAGAAGCCCUUCAAAGGGAAAGUGGAGAUGGCUUUUUGGAGAGAUGCGUUUUCCUCUUGCAAGGAAGCUUUGCCCUGCGUGUGUCUCGUGCUUCCGACUUGCUCAGUAGGGAUUUUCAGAACGAGAGAGGCACUGGAGCUGGGUUGAUUUUGCUCAGUGUGGGAGACAGGUGUUCUGCACGUGCCCAGAGGCAUUGUGAAACAGAACAGACGAGGUCACUGCUGCAUUCGAAAUUUGCCAGGUGCAUUUUGCACCUGGCUCUUGGCCACCUGUGACCAGGUGAAGAUGCCUGGACGCCAGGAGGGAGCUGCAUGCCUGGGGAUCCUCGGAUCUUGACAGCUUUCACACACCAGCAACACACCUGGCAGAAUUCUGUCCGUUAUAGCUUAUCUGCACAAUCAGAAUGGAUUUCAGGAAACAAAAAGUCGUAUUGAAAAAUGUGACUUUCGAGACGCCUGGUCCCAAAAUGGCAACUAGGCAUUCUGCUUUGGCAACUGCAGCCUUGGUUUAAGGAGCCCAAAGGUAAAAUGGGGCAUUAGGGGAGUUACACUGUACUUCACGGAUUGGUUCACUUGCUAGAGCAAUCAAACCAGUCCACAAAUUAAUAAGAUAUUGUUGGCACAGAACAGCCUUUUUUAGGCCCCUCUGUUUGCAGGAUUUGCUUGGAAAUUUAUUGUUAUUUGUGCAUUUAUAUCCCACCUUCCUCUCCAAGGAGCUCAAGGUGGUAUUAACGACUCCCCCCCCCCCCAAUUUAAUUCCCAAAACAACCCUGUUGAGAGGCAAUGACUGGCCCCACCCAGUGAGAUUCAUGGCCAAGAGGAGAUUAGAAGCCUGGUCUCCCAGGUCAGUAUCACUGACCCUCAGAUCAGACCAUACAUUGAUCUGUUUGCUGCAGACAUCUGAUCAGCCACCAUGAGAACAGGCUGCUUGGCUAAAUGGGCCUCUGGCCUGAUCCAGUUGGGCUUGCCAUAUGUUCUUAUGGAUUCCAGGAGGGAUCUAAAUGCAUUAAAUCAGGGGUCAGAAAACUUUUUCAGCAGGGGGCUGUCCCCUCUGACCUUGUGGGGGGGCCGGACUAUAUUUUGAAGGGGGGGGGGGAAUGAACGAAUUCCUAUGCCCCACAAAUAACCCAAAGAUGCAUUUUAAAUAAAAGGACACAUUCUACUCAUGAAAAACACGCUGAUUCCCAGAUCCGGCCCCCGGGUCUUAGUAGGUCUACUCAUGCAUUAAAUAAUAUCUGUGACAUUUUUGCAGAAUGCAUGCGCCCCCAGUUUGGAGAGGCCCUGGGAGGCCCUUGCCUCUAGCCCAGGGGUCAGCAACCUUUUUCAGCCAUGGGGCAGUCCACCGUCCCUCAGACCACGUGGUGGGCCGGACUACAUUUCAAAGGGGGUGGGGAAUGAAUGAAUUCCUAUGCCCCACAAAUAACCCACAGAUGCAUUAUAAAUAAAAGGACACAUUCUACUCAUGUCAAAACAUGUCUGCGGGCCGGAUUUAGAAGGUGAUGAUAAUAACAACAACAACAACAACAACAACUUAUACAACAACAACAAUUUAUUUAUACCCCGCCCAUCUGGCUGAGUUUCCCCAGCCACUAUGGGCGGCUCCCAAUUGAGUGUUAAAAACUAUACAGUGUUAAAUAUUAAAAACUUCCCUAAACAGGGCUGCCUUCAGAAGUCUUUUAAAGAUAGGAUAGCUGCUUAUCUCCUUCACAUCUGAAGGGAGGGUGUUCCACAGGGCGGGUGCCACUACCGAGAAGGCCCUCUGCCUGGUUCCCUGUAACUUGGCUUCUCGCAGGGAGGUAACCGCCAGAAGGCCCUCAGCGCUGGACUUCAGUGUCCAGGCAGAACGAUGGGGGUGGAUACGCUCCUUCAAGUCUACUGGACUGAGGCCGUUUAGGGCUUGAAAGGUCAGCACCGACACUUUGAAUUGUGCUCGGAAACGUACUGGGCUGGAUCUGGGCCUUAGGUUGCCGACCCCUGUUCAAGCCACAUGCAGCCCUUUCCACUAACGCCAGCUCCAUUUUUUCUCUUUCCAGUGUGCAUGUACAGAGAGCCAUCGCUGCAUGAAAUUGGAGAGAAGCAAGGCCGCUCCAGGAAAAGUUCGGGGACACCCACCAUGAACGGAGGCAAAGUCGUCAACCAGGACUCGACAUAGCUGAGAGGACAGACACCCGCCCAUCCCUGCAUCCGAGGCCUUUCCCACCCUCCCACCCUCCCACCCACCCACUCAUCCCACCCAGCGAACCCUCACCGAGACAGCGGCAGGCGGAGGAGCAAGGCAGGAGCUUCCAGUAGCGGCUAAGAUUCUGAACUCAACCCUUUUUUCCUUUGUGUAGGAUGAGGAGAUCUUGCCUGUUGCAACGUUUUAGAGUACAAAACACACACCCAGCCACACAUGCCCAAAGCCAAGGGGGGAAGGGGAGAAAGGAUAUAUGUGGAUAUAUAUAUAGAGUUAUAUAUAUAUAUAUAAAUAUAUUUUCAAUCGGGACUCCAUUAACAUUUUAAAAAAAUAAUAACAACAGAUAAAAGCAGCAAAACCGUUUGCUCCGUGAUCCAAGGGGGAGGGGAAUUGUUCAUCUCUGCAUAAUAACGACUAACAAUAAUUAUAACAGAUUAUUAUCUAACAAAUAAUAAAUGACUAAAUAAAUAAAGGUGUUAUCUUUAAAAAAUAAAA